AUGGCGGACCUUGAGCCCAACUUUAGUCUCGAGGAUGCCCUAACCGAUGCUCCACCACAGAUUGAACCAGAGAUAAAGCGGGAUUUUAUCAGCUCGCUGGAGGCGGAGCCUUAUGACGAUGUCGUUGGUGAGACAUGUGAUAAAGCAGACUAUGUACCUCUGCUGGAUGAUGAUGAAACAAAGGAGCCAGGUGACGGUAAGCCUGACAGAUUGUAUAAAGUGUAUUCGCAAUGGCGCUGGUAAAUGUGGCUCAUUAAAUAAUCCCCUACAGAUCUCCUAUAUAAAUCUCAAUAUCUAUACCUGGGCUUAACAUAUCUCGCCCUACACUACUAGCCCGGUCUGAACAGUUACUGGCCACUGUAAAGCUGGGAGAUCCAUGGCACCCUUACUACUCACCAGUGACAUCUGCUUGACAGGGCUGAAUUUUCACUCACUGGUGGAAACGUUGAACCCUGUCUAAACCCUUCUCAUCUAAAGAUUCUCCUGAUUCAUCAAUGGGGCGAUACAGGCAUUUAUCCUACUCCACACACUGGUAGUUGCACGCUUGCAUAUUCCACCAAUGCACUUCAUUUCUUAAAAUGGAACCAUGUUGGCAUCAUGCUUUGUGCCAAUAAGGCCAGUUUUAAAAUUUGCAUAGAAUAUAACUAUUAUACUCCCUUGUAACCUCUCUGGCUUCUCUUAUUGGUACAAAGUAGGACGCUCCUCUCAGAGAGUGCAAGGUGUCGAAGACAGCUGGAACACAGCAUCCCUACCCCUUUAUAGCCUUAUAGACACCUUACACUCUGUUAUAAGGCUGUAAGGGGCGGGAUGCUGUUACAGAGUGUAAGGUGGCUAUAAAGGGGUAGGGAUACUGUGUUAGAGUGUAAGGUGUCUGUUAUAAUGCUGUAAGGGGGGAUGCUGUGUUACAGAGACUGUAAAGUGUCUGUGUAACACAGCUCCCCCCUCCCUUUACAACCUUAUAACAAAGUGUAAGGUGUCUGUUAUAAGGCUGUAAGGGGGGAAUGCUCUCACCCCCCGCCCCCCUUACAGCGUUAGAGACACCUUACACUCUCUGUAACACAGCUCCCCCGUUACUGCCUUAUUACAGACACCUUACACUUUCUGUAACUCUCUUCUCUUACCCCCCUUACAGCCUUAUAACAGACCCUUUACACUCUGUAACACGGCAUCGCCCCCUUACAGCCUUAUAACACACCUUACACUCGCUGUAACACAGCAGCUUCCCCCCCCCCACCCACCCUUACAGACCUAUAACAGACACUUUAAACCCUGUAGCACGGCUCUCCCCUCCUAUACAGAUGAUUAAUAAAAUGCAUUUAAUGGUAGGAGGGAGAGAGCAUGUCCUGCAAGGUGAGUAAUGGUUCCGUAUUGUGGGAUUAGUGAGUAAAUUAAAAGGUUCCUGGUUUGGCACGCACGUUGCUCACUGGUGUCAAAUCAUGAUCUGCCUAAAGUGUAAUUAACCGGUUUAGUUCUUGCUGACCUAUAUGAUUUAAUGCACUCACAACUUAUUUAUUUUUGGCUCUUCUCCAGGAUAGGCGUUUUAUUUCAGGUUAAUUAAGGAUGUAAUUUACCAGGUGUUAGAUGUAUAAAUGAUGUAACCUUGGCAGUCAUUUUGACCAGCCUAGGACACGCCAUCCUAACUGCGUGACACUAUUCCUGUGUCUUUAACUCUACUCUUUAGAACUUUGUUUAUUUUUUUCCUGUGAUGUUUAUGAUUUAACAUUAACCGAACAUUUUAGACCCCUAAAGCAUUUCAGCUUGUGUAAAGAGUGUUCUAUAGAAAUUGUUACUUUUUAUAAAAUAACCCUGGCUGUUAAUCAGGCACCUGAUCCUGUUACUUCCUGGUUUGUUUAGCUCAGUGGAGUUCAACGCAAGGGACAGCAAUUGAUCAGAGCCACCUGCCUUGCAAAGACUUCAUUGAGCUACAUUGGAAAGCCUGUGAUUGGACAGCCACAGAAAGGCUGGACGGGGUUAGAGGGGGAGGAAAGGCUGAAUAAAUGUUCAGUAUUUUUUAAUUGAAACAUUAUUUCCACCUUGGGCAUGGAACAUCAGAGAAUUAUGGCUUCUUACCCUGUGGAAAGCCAGGAGCUGCUCUGUAAACUAGGAGCUGCUCGUCACUUCCAAGCUCACUCCCCUUAGUACUGCAGAAUAGAUUUGAUUUAAUUGAUAAUGCAGAAUUUACAGUUCUUUAUCAGUUCAGCUGUGAAGGGUGCAGUGAAGUGCCCUAUUUCUUGUCAAACUGCCUGGAAACAGACUGUGAUAGGACACCUGCAACUAUUGGCAGCAUCACUUCUACAAAAGGAGAUAAAUCUUCUCCAGAACAAAUUCCAUCCUAUAGGUCUGUCGAUUGGUUUUGAAAUGGUGAUGCAGCUGAACGAUGUUUGCCUCCACUCUGACAAAGGAUCAGAUUUUAUGUCCGGCACUGCCAAACGUACCAUCGCCUGAUUAGAUAGAAAGAUCCAUCUGCUUGGAAUCUUGGUAAAAGUGACAUCACUGCUUUAAAAUGUACAGUUAUCCGUAAAUGCGGGAUCUAUAAAUAACCCCAUUUAUUGUCUAACCCAUUAAUAUAGUGUUCCAUAUUUAUUUGUUUAGACAGGGAGAUGGCACUUAAAUCGAUUCUGUUUUUUUUCAGGUUCCCAGACGUCUGUGCUGGAAAAUGGCGAACAUGUUGGAGAAGGCGACGCACCUAGUAAGUAGCUUUAAGCUGAGGCUUCAGCCUGAGCGUCUUAUUUAUAUUGUAUUUUCUUUGAGAUUGAAUGGAAAUCAAUGCAUAUUUCCGUAUCUCUUUACUUUGUUUGAUGUCCCAGUUGGUAGCCGCCAUCUGGUGCCCACCUUGCUUGUAGCGUUCUAGAUUCUAAACGCGGUUAAACAGGCUGGUCAUAGGAUAGAACCGUUCAUAGCUCCUGUGAUGCAGGUUACAUGAACUUUAUGGUGUGUGUGCUACAAUUCGGAGCCCUGAAAAUAUUCUAUAUAUUCUGUCUUAGGGCAUAUUUCUGACCUUUUCUGGAUCAGCUGCCAGUUUUGGGGCAUAUUCGACUUACUUUGGCAUGAGAAUGGGGGCUAGUGGGAGGCGGUUAUUUUCUGCGAGUGUUCGAGAUUAUUAUAAUGAUGCUGUGUUUGCUGUAGCUUAGUAACCUACUAAUACCGUGAUCUGGAAAUCACCAGCAAAUGGCAUUGGGUUUAUGUGUAGUCUGCUUCCUGGAUAGAUAAUGGUAGCGAGGAGCCGCAAUGCUUAGCACUCGGCAGUUUGUUGGUGAUCAUAGGAAUUCGGAUAUAUCUGUAUGCUGUCUGCAUUGUGAUACACUAUCCAUUCCAGAACGGUGUAUACAUCCAAUGUUAGUCUGUAACGGGUUAAACAGAAAGAUGUCUUUCUGCACCGUGUUUACUGUCUAACCUGUAUCUGGGAUCCGAGACCUCUCAUUAUAGUCAAUAGUUUCAUGCUAUGAAUAGAGUUUUUCACUACACGUUUUACAACAAAAUAGCAAAUUGCAAAAAUUCUCCCACUUGGCAAACUUUAAGCCAAAAUAGUGAAAGCGGUGAAAACAAACUUGUUUCCUGGUCACGUCUGCACAUGUUCUAAUGGUAAAUCUGGAAGUUUCAAUAAUCUGUGAUCUGAAAUGCCUGUUAUAUCACAUGUCCCGUUCUUUCCAUUUGCAUUUUGUAACCGCUGUAUAGACCCAGUGAGCUUCCUUUAUUCUGAAUCUGACCCAGUCCCUGAACGUCCCCCAAGGAAUCCCGUGUUAACCGCGACUAGGUGUUCCUGUGAUAAGGGAUCCCUGGAGAACGCAGCUCAGAAACCAGCAACACUUUUCAGGUGUUUUGGUCACAUAUAGGCCCAGUUACAGUGUAAUAGUCUGACUUAAAGACUGCAGAUUAUUUACUCUGUAAUCUGUUUUAUACAGCAUUUCACCUCUUCUGUCUUGAUGUUUGGAACACUCACACGCAUGGUGAUGCAGUCGCCAUGGUAACCAGUAGAAUGUUCCUGUAUAUUGAUCCACAUUUAGCAUUUUCCUGACACUUUAUAAAUUUUCUUCGAAGCCUCCAUUUCUCUUGUUGUAUAGGAAAUGUAGGCUUUGUGCCUUUAAGAAGAUAUUUCUGUAGUAUACCAUAGCAUUGUGUGGUCUAGUUACAUAAUGUUUAUGUGAAAAAUCAGUUUAACCAGUUUACCUUGAUGCAUGUUUAUAACCCUUCCUGCCUGCUGGUGGCGCCAGAGCUAUACAGUCUGAUUUAUUUCAAAGCACUACUACGGUGUCGGUCUGCACACAUCAGAAUCCCUUCCCUGUAGUUAUUUUUAUUUAACCGAUAAAGCUCAUGGGUUUAUUUACUGAACAAUCAAGGCUUUUUUGUUUGUUUUUAUUAAUUUUUUUUUUUUUUUUGAGGCAUGUUGGUAGCAGAGAUACAAUAAUAUAAAGGCAUCAACAGUAGUGUACUUUUUUUUUUUUUUUUUUAAGCAUGUACAAUUAGAGAGAAGGAGUAAAGGGAUAAACAAGGAUAAGGCAGGUAUACAUCAUAGAGCGAAGACCGGUAUACAUAAGCUACAACAUAGCAGUGAGGCUUCGCUACCCUUCUCAAACCUACGUGUCUUGGAGUAGCCAAGUAAUAAGUGGUUCACUCCUUGUCUAGUAUGGGGGAACAAUCAAGUUUUUAAUUGACAAAGACAAAAUUGCAUUUUUCUGUCACACAAUACAGCAGUGUUUAAUUUUUUUAAAUUGGGUUUUCUUGUUUUUUAUAAUUUGAGUGGCCUUCCCAAGCAGGGGAGGAUAGUGAUCAGUAUGUAACAUUCAACAAAAUCAUAUGCCACCCAUACACGUUUCAGAUAAAUUAACCGGUAAAGAACAUCCUCGUGAAACGGCACCUUUAUAUUCUGAGAAAUCAUUUUUCCAGAUGGGCAAGAUAACUCCCAAUCAGGCAUUUGGAGGUAACAUGAGCCUGUGUGAAAUGUAAAUAGUUGCAUUCAAAGCUCCGUUAAGGGAAGUACGUUACAGUAAAUGAAAAUCUAAUCUCUGUGUACGACCAUCAAAAAUGAAGCUGUUGUGACCGAGCAUAGCCUUAGUUGGCGUAAAGCAGCAUUAGGCUCUAACGGUAAUAUAUCCUAUAUUAUGAGACUUAAACCUUUUUAACAGACACCGCAAUGAGCUAGAUAUCGAUAUCUCAUUUUUUUUAUAGGUUAUCUCUAAACGAUGCUCUGUUCACAAGGUUAACAUUUCCUUGCAACUCUUAACACCCAGGCCCAUUUGAAUUUCUGUUCCAGGAAUCUAGAAUUUGGAGACCUGACAUCUGAUAUGAUCAGGAUUUGAAGGUCAGAAUGGGCCAGAAUAAAACGCACAGUGCCUUUCCUAUUCUGGUAGUUCCAUUGUUAAACCGUAGCAAGGUACCUGUCACUCGUGGUUUUCCAGCAGUACCACUGAUUGCUGCGUGGGUUAGAGCUGUGCAGAGUUAGUGACGUGAAGGCACUGUAAUCGCUGUCAAAACACCGUAAGAUGAGAAAAUUGCAUCUCAAUACACCCCUUUCCGUCUCACCAGAGACCUGUCACAACAAGACAUGUAGGACUUAUUUUAAGGAGUAAUAACCCCGUUGUUAUAAUGUCACUUUUAUUAUACAAUUUCACUUCUCAGCCCGGUGUCUUUCCAUCAGGUCUGUAACUGCACACCGCUCUAAUUAGCGACUCGAUUUCCUUCCUUGUAAUGUAUUACUGGAUAAAAUAAAACCCAAACUGUCUUUUAUAUAUCGCUAAAAUUUAUUGUUCUAGGUAACUGGCUGGCAGUAGAUGGAUCUGUUGUAUGAUCUAACACACACAUAAUGCAACUAACCCAGGAAAAUGUUUUUUUUUUGUCGUCUGUCCCCUUUGCUGUGAUUUUGUAGAUGUAUGAACUGUGCAGUGUGCUUGGGGGGAAGGGGUUAUAUAUUCAUAAAGAUGGCAGCCUAUCCGCACCCAGCUGGCAUCGGAGGAUGAUUAGUUUGGGUUUUCUCUGGGCCUGGGACACCCAUGGAGAGAGACAUAUAAUGAACAAUUUGGCAGUGAUUUGCCCUAAAUCUGUCCCUGAUCUGUCCGUUUCCACCUAGUGGAUGUCUUGUAUGUGUUGCACGCCAUGAGAGCUAGUCUACAUAGGGAAAAUCUUGUGUCCCAGAAAAUGACAGAGGUGAAAUGUAUGGCAUCUCAUUGUGCAUUAUCAGUUUGACUUUUACUCUUUAUGACUUUCUGAUGCAUUGUGCAUUCAUUCCCAUAAUUGUGUGUGCAUGCUUUUACUUUCAUUUACAUUGCAACAUGAAAUUUAGCCCAUAAAGCCUUCCAUACCUCCAUUUAUAUUCCACAAUGGAUUAAAACCCUGAGUGUAGAGGAACAGAAUCCACUUGUUUAACUUGAGCAAUGAUCUCAAAAUGACAAGUCCCACACUCCUAAACACUGAAGGUAGUUUUUAUGGGUCAUACCAUUCUGUAUAGUCAGGGAGGGAGAGGAGUGCAUUGGCUCUCCCAUUUCACAUUCCGGAGAUUGAUGACGUUUGCAAUAGUACUUUUUAAAUAUCCUUUUAUUUUAGAAAUCUGAUUUAUCUGUAUUUGCUAUAUGUGGGCAUUGUUCACCGCAGACAGUCUUUUUACACAGCUAGUAAAACCUUGCAAAUCCCAAUAAGAAUAAUAUUUAACUAUUUUGUAUUUGUAUACUUUUUCACACCUACUGUGUCAGAGAAAUUGUGUGUGUAUGUAUAUUACCAUUUCACACUUUUUUGUACUUGUACUUUUAAAGCAAAGAUGUGGUCAGUGUUUGCUGUGUAUACAACAAAAAUAUCAUCCAUUACGGAUGUGUUUUUGUUGUUGGUCUUUUUUUUUAUAUUUCAGUACAGUUAAAGAAACCAUAAGAUUCAGUAGACAUGCAGCUAUUAUGCAGUUAAAUAAACACCAUCUAAUCCUGUGUAAAAUAAUGUUUUAUGUGUUCUACAUCCAGAGGAGAACAGGGGGCAACAAAGGGGCAGGUUAGGAUACAGAGAGCACAAAAAGAUAGGGGGGAAUAAUAUUCACUUUCAUAUGAAAGUGAAUAUUAUGUGCUCACAGGUCAGUACGUUUUAUACUUCAGUUCUAAAAGGCUACAGCUCUGCUUGUUACCUAUUGAAGGCUGAAAAUGGCAGUUUUUGAAAAAAGGUAUUUUUUUUUCCCUAUAUAUUCCUUUUAAUUUAUCACAUAUGGAGUUUAUCCUACAGUAAAUGAGAAGUUUGUUUCCUGGGAUUGUCCAUGGUGAUAAUGUUCUGGGGGUGUUGGCUUUUCCAGUGGGGUGCAUGUAGAGCGAUUGCUAGGAUUACAGACUUCCUGCUGGAAUAAAAUGGUGUCUGGGCUGCUUUGUACAUGUCUCUUACUAACCACUUGUGCUUUUUGCUUUUUUCUUCUCCUCCUCUCCUUCCUUUUUCCUGAUAUGUUCGCCCCUUUCCCUGUCUCCCUCUAGAAAACUAGCGUGUUCCUUCUCUUACUCUGGAAUUAGCGCUAACCUCCCAGCGAUCUGCUUCCUGCUCUAACUCAAUGCUUUCCUCUGGGCACUGCUGAAUAGAAGAAGUCCUCCGUCCCAUCCUCUUCCUCACGCUGAGCCCUCCUCUCUCUGCGUAAGCGCACACAAUGGACUGCUUUUCGCAAUCAAACAGAUUAUUUUUAACUUUUUUUUUUUUUUCACAUGCCUUAUUUACUUUUUUGUCUUUUACAUUGACCAUUAAAGAACAUUUACUCCCUAAAUACUGUAUUCUUCACUGGGACAUGGAUUCACCAUUUUCUGCCAUUUUUGUUUCUCCUUCCUGGCACAGAGUAAAGUAAAAUUUGUGGAGUUAUAUACCUGAUAUGGCGGGAAGCCUACUUAUAAACCAUAGCAAGAUUAAAUUUCAGCGCUAACUCAGCGCCAUAGAACUACACACAGGCAAUCCUCACAUUCACGCAGUGCACCCCGCAGUGCCGGUAAUCUACAUUCACGCAGUGCACCCCGCAGUGCCGGUAAUCUACAUUCACGCAGUGAACCCCGCAGUGCCGGUAAUCUACAUUCACGCAGUGCACCGCGCAGUGCCGGUAAUCUACAUUCACGCAGUAGUACUGGCAGUCCACACUCUAAAGUUUAGAGAGCAAACGGCACACCUUACUUGAUACCUGAUAUAUUUUAUCUAAAACCAGCCAUUUUAUCAACAUACUCGUACUGAUUAGUGUUAGUUUAUCAUAUGUCAUUUAUAUACUUGCAAUAUUGUCAAGCACUACGGAAUAUGCUGGCGCUAUAUAGAUACCAGUAAUAAUAUACUUGUACUGACCAGUCAUACAUACGAAGACUGUCCGCUACUAAUAAAAUGAAUGACAUAAGAUAUAGCUUUGUUGUCCGUAUACUAGUACUGAUCAGUCAUGGUAUGAUGUUAUGAUCCAUAGAUUAGUACUGACCUCUUUAAUAAGUGGUGUAUUUAUUAACCAUACCAUGCUUUCCUCUGUGCCAAACCUAAUGGCAUUCACCGGUCUAUAUUCUGGGUUUGGGCUUCACGUCUCAUGUAACUGAAUAACCUGCAAUAAAUAAUGUUACUGUAUCUAGUUCUCUUGUGGUGGUGUUUGUGUGCCGAUGGCAGCUAUACGCGGUGAAUGUUGGAUAGACUGGUUAUUAAUAUAGAAGCUGCAUGGUGUGUAUGUAGUAUGAAACUUCCCGUGUAAAGGCCGGGCCUAGCAGUAACAGCUUGUGGUAACAAAACUACUCUAGUUAUGUAAAGAUUGGGAGCUCUCGAACCGUUACUGUAACCACACACGAACGCAGAGCAGGAGUUUAGAAACCUGCAUGCUUUGUCUAUAAUGCAGUGCCCUGAACCCACCAUUCAUGGUAAAAUAACCCAAAUCUGAGCUCCAAGAGGGUUUUAUUUUUUUUUUAUUACUUUUGUUCAAGUUAAAUUAGGUUUUUGCACUUAUCUUCAAAGGAUUAAACGUCUGUCCAAUUAAAGGUGAAACUGACUUUCUAAAUGUUUUUAACUUGGAAAGUUGCACACUUGCACUUGUGUGUGUGGGGGGUGAUGUGCGUCAAUAUAAGCCAGCAAUGGAGACUGCAUGGGGUGGCAUAUAGGCUAAAGGCCGGGGGGAGGGGGGCAUAGCCAGAGUUGUUGGCCGGUGUAGGGGUCAUAGCUUGGGGUAUAGGUCAGUGGUAGGGUGGGGAGUGCAUUGUAGGUUUGCUGGCCAAAUACCAUGUGGGUUGUGAAUGCCAGUCGAGGAAAUACAUUUAACUAUAGUAAAAAUUAGUGGGGUGUUUCUAUUUUUUAAUUUGUAGUUUUAUUUAACCGGUAGCCAGUCGUUUAAAUAUCUGAAACCUGUAACUAGGUGUGGUCACGUGGUUCUUUUGUGUUUGUGUUUACUGGGAAGCUUUCUCAUUGCUGGCAUAGAGCAGUGUAUAUUUUGGGGUGUCCCAUGUGAUGUGCGUGGUGACUAGAUAAAACCCACAGAGAUAUAUUCAGCCUUUUUGCACCAUCUAUUAGGGUAACCUGCUUGCCAUGCCUUCUUGCUGACUGGUAACCACACCCCUGAGAGAGAGCGGAGCACAGCUGGCAUGGCUCUGCAGUGUUAUUGUCGGUGACUUGGCACCGCUCGGCCUUCUGGGAAGUGAUGAACAAUCUGCAAAACCCAAGGAUAUCAGCAUUCUCUGCUUCGGGUGAGUGACCUACUUAGCGGGCCUGCUGCACAGCUUGCACAGAUUAUAUAAAUAGCUCAUGGAAGAACUGAAUCCUGUGCUGGAAAAAGCACCUUUCAAAAGAUUAACUCUGUAACCGCUUGCUCCCCUCCAGGAAUAACGGGGUCACUGUACCCCACGGACCCCUAGUGUUUAAAAGGGGUGAAUGGAUUUUGGAUUACUCAGCUGUGAUCCAAUGAUUACACAAGAUUCACUGCUUCUAUAUUCUAGAAUAGAUUGAAGAUGUGAAUGGGUAAUGUUUGUCACUAAAAUGGAUGUCAGAAAUCUAUUUUUAAAGUGGUAAUAACUGGGUAACUGCUAUUUUCCGAGAUGUUACCAUGGGGAGAUUAUAGGGAUAAAGGCUUUACUUGUCCUGGCCCCCUGUCCCCACCCUUCCAGUCCCAUAACAAGCCAUGCAGUCCUUCCAUAACCAUCCACCAUUGUAUACAUUGCUCUCAAACUCUUAGGACUCUCCUUCAAUACAAUGUCGGUACGCUGCGCUACAGACAACUUGCCCUAAUUCUAGCAGCAGCCACUCCCAUGGAAAACAGUGUGUGGUCGUGUGUAUUAAAUCUAUCUAUUUCUAGAUAUGGGAAAUACUUUGUAACACAGUGUGCCUGUAUUAGGAAUGCUGAUUAGUCGUUGGCUGUCCCCCCUCUGUAUCUGGUUGAAGGCUCUGUAUAUCCUGGAGAGAAGUAAACUCCUAACCCACCCAACCGUUACACCCCCCUCAAUCAGUGAGGGCAGAGGCUCUGUGUCGCUUCAGAGGAAUUGUCGUGAAAAUAGACAUGUACACAUGCACACAUUGACACGGAAAAAUCUUUCAUAAAGUGGAAUUUAGUUCUACUUCCUGGCUCUCUGCUGCUGAGGGUCAUGGGAGUUAUACUCUCACUGAACCCAUACCUGAGGCACCCCCCUUUUAUAAAUAAGAAACCGUGUCAAACCAAGUGAAGGGGUGUAGAGUGUUACAGGGCUUUGUUCCUUCUGGAAGACUGUGAGAAAUGUCUGCACCUUCUUUGAAAUUGUCAGAUACAUGUAAUGGGGCGUAUUGUGUCUAGACCAACUCCGAGUCGGGGGCUUACAGCUGUGUGACCAGCAGACAAGACUUAGAAAUGGAACGCUGACUUUUCUGCCAGUUGCUUGCAGCAAUUCUCAUGAUCCGUAACUAAAUGUGACACGGAUGACUGCAAGCUUCCUCCAUAACAUGGCAAGGAUGCAUCUAUUCUGGGAUAUGACCUACACGCCGGCCCGGGAGCUAAAAACCCAGAAAUAUGGAAACUCUAUCAGAAUAUCUCACCAACUUUACUGCUCAGAAACCAGACUGGAGCCUUCUCAGAGUAACCAUAGUAAAAACAACUGCUUACUUUGCUUAAUCCUGGCCAUUCUCUGGGUAAUCUAGAGAGGCGAUUUUAAACUGAUAAUAAAGAAUGUGUUCUACAUACAGUUUGGGAAUAAUCUGCCACCUUGUUUGGACAGCACCGAUGUAUUGCAGGAGAUAUUGGCAUCUUAUUGUUAGGACCAGCACCUGACAGGCUGUGAUGCCAAGUUCUGCCACCAAAGCAAGAAUUGUGGGAUUUAGUCUCUGACUUGCUGGGAAGAUGGUGGAACUCCACAAUUUGCCCCUCACAAAUAUAUUGAAUUUGUAUAUAUUUUUUGAUAUCUCAUUUUCAAUGUGCCAAGGUAAAUUAUAUGAACCAGUUGGCAGAACUUGUGCUAUCCUUAUAGUAUAAAAGGGUAGCUGCACUCUGUGUUUUAGUGUCUGGGCUUAAUGCAGUGCCGAGCAUCAAGCGGAAGACAGGGAUCCAACAUUAUACAAGAACUUAAUGCCGUAUACAGAGUACAGUACAUAGCUCAGGAUAGUCCAACAAGCCAAGUCGCUGUACCUGAGAAACAUGCCAAAGAAAUCACGCACUACUGAAAUUUCGACACAGAGCUCUGUGCAGACCUUUAUACAGCCAUGGGGAAAGAAAGUACACGCUUUGAAAAUCUAUGGUUUUAACGAUCAGGAGAUAAUAAUCUGUUUCUUAGCAGACCUUAAAACUAGAUAAAUACAACCUCAUGUGAACAACACACGACAUAUCACACCAUUCAAUAAAUUAUUAAAGAAAAAUGAAGCCAAAAUCGAGAAACCGUGUGUUAAAAACAAAGUAAACCUUAGUGUACACCAAUAGUUUGUAGAACCACCUUUAGCAGUAAUAACGUGCAGUACCGUAAUCUUUUUCUGUAUUUACGAGGUUCUAUUUUAAGACCUGCUAAGGAACCAAUAAUUGUUAUUACGUCCAGAUAUGUAAAACCAUAGAAUUCAAGGAGGGUGUACUUUCCUUUCCCAUGACUGUAGGUAGCCAGGCCUGCCAAGGAUUGUCAGCUUGUGGGCUAUCUCACUAAUAAAUUAAUAGAGAGCUACAGGUAGCCUUACCCCAAUUAAUCAUUGCCCUAUAUGUUUGUUAAAGGAAACCAUUGCAUACCAUUUAUGAAUCGAAUUAUUAUAUAAAUACAGUUUUGCAAAUUAUUAUGUUUGUUCUUCAACUGUUUGAAUUGACCCUAUCUAAAAACGCUGUUAUUUAAAGCAGGUGCUGUGCAGAUGGCGCCUGCUUGAAUGGUUGCAAUAUGUUUUGCAGAGUAUGAAUAAUGUAAUGAGGACAGUUCCACGCAAGUCGCUGCUUUAAUCGAGUUAAAAUAAGUUUUUUUGCAGGCAGCCUUUGCUGAUUGAUGGCAUUUGUACUGAGAUUCCACAGUAACUGCAAGCUGUCCGCAUGAUUAAAAAAAUUGCCCUAAUUCCAGCACUCUGUAUUGGAGAUAAGCUGACAGCAGUCAGGCCGCUUCUCUGCUGUGUAAAUCCCUCUGUAGAAAGCAGGCCUAUAGAGAGGGUGUUAAUGAGGUUUCAAUCCCAGGCUUCCGAUACCUGGGACCACACCUCGAGCCAAGUCUUACUUUACCGGCCAUCAUGUCAGCUGCAGGUUUUGGGGUACGGCUGCACCCCUUGCAUGGGCUCACCUUUACCCAGUGCGAGUGUUUGUAUGCCUUUACUAGUAAGAGUUCUCCCUGCAAAUAUGCCAGAAACCGAGUAAUACGGAUUCCCCAUUUAAACUAGCAACAGUUCUCCUCACCCUCUCAAUCCAGGCUAGUAACACUGCCCUGCCCCCCAUCCAGACUAGUAACACUGCGCCCUUCUCCCUCCCAUGUCCAGGCCAGUAACGCAGCCCCUCCCUCCCAUGUCCAGGGUAGUAAUGCUGCCCCCCUCCAUCCCUCCCAUGUCCAGGCCCGUAACACUGACUCCCUGCCUCUUUCCCCUCCCUCCCCCCCAUGUCCAGGCCCGUAAUGCUGCCUCCCUGCCUCUUUCCCCCCCCCCCCCCCAUGUCCAGGCCAGUAAUGCUGUCCCCCUCCCUCCCAUGUCCCGGCCAGUAAUCCAAUAUACGGUAUAGCGAACGCAGCCUGUAACUAUGUUUGGCCCCACCUGAGAUAUGGACAGUGGGAGAGCCAAGUGUUUUCACCAUAACUGGCUCUCUGCUUUGAGGCAUAUCAUGAAGCUAUUUCCAGUUCAGGUUGCUCCCUUGCUCCCUUACUACUUUAGAUAGAUUGAUCUUUGGGCCUUACAGUGACACACCAGACCUCUGAAGUUAAUCAGCUCUCUAAAGUGCUUCAUGUGUGAAGAGUGUUUCGUUUCCUUCCUUUGUUUUUUUUAAAUUUGUUUUUAUUUUCUCCUUUUACACAAAGUGCAGAUCUCAGUAGAAAUUGGCACUUUUCUAAAUUAACCUUGUUACACACCCUGGCUGCCAAUCAGACAACCCAGAUCUGUUACUUAAUGGUUUGUUUAGCUCAAUGAAGUUAAACCCAGAGGCCGCAAUUGCCCAGAGAACCUGCCUUGCAAAGACUUCUCAUUGAGCUGCAUUGGGAAGUCUGUGAUUGGACAGCCACAAAGUCUGGGCGGGGUUAGAAGGGGAGGGUUUGCAGAGGCAACAGACAAGAGAUCUGCAGCUUUUACAAGCUGUUUUUUAGAUAUACCCAAAUGAAAAAAAAAAGCAUAAUUAAUGCAUGUUUAUAGCAUCUGUCUCUGAACUUUAAAGGCUUUUAUAACUAUAUUUCAUGGUUAGAACACAUUUAAAGUUCUAUGUUGGACUUUGUGUGUGUGUGUAUAUCUCAUAUGUUCAAAUAACGCUUCCUGCCUGUGGUAUCUACAUGUAAAUUAUGUGAAUUAAUUACGAUGCCUUCUGGAGAUUCUGUUUUAAUGUAAACUGUCCCAUUUUGUUCCUGUAAGUUUUCUUGUAAUUGUCAUAUUUAUAGCUAAAUCCCCCCUCAUAUAAUAUUGUAAAGUGCUACGAAAUCUGUUGGCGCUAUAUAAAUGGCAAUAAUAAUUUGAACUAGACCCUGUCGUUGGAAGGAAUACUGCUGAUUGCCAGCACACUAACGUCUACGUUUUUAUUUACUCCCAGCCGUGACCUUAGACCUACUUGUUUUUUUUUUCUCUUAGUGGUUUGCACUUAUUUUGGCUUUUAUUGAGAUUCUUGUCUGACAGAAAUGGCUUGCUCUACAGACAUCCCCUCGGUGCCUUGUUCAGUGAUGCGAGAGAUAUCCCUAGCGUUCAUUAAGAGAUGGUUCCCAAAGAGUCAGCAGGCUUCAACCUAAAUGGAUCAGACUGUGAAUAAUAGGGAGCAGUUCUGGCAGAGUUUGCCACCUUUUACAUAACCCAAGUGCGCUCCGUUUACAGUCUAAGUAGGUCACACAGAUUUUGGAAAUACAUCAUAGUCUGCCACAUAUUACAUGUGAGAAGGAGGAAGAUUUUUAUAAAGAAAGGGCUGUGUUCUCCCCAUAUAUAACCUUUUAUUUGUCUCUUUACUGAUCUUUUUCUGGGUGUCCAGUGGCUGUAAUGGUGAGCUCCACUUUGUGUAAUAUUUAGUUAACUAGAGUUGUUUACUAACUUCAAAUUGAAGGCCAGAGUAGCUGAUUGGGAAUAGUUAGAGGCCAGUUUGGCUAUUUUAACCUUAAAGGAACACUAUAGUCACCUAAACUACUUUAGCUAAAUAAAGCAGUUUUAGUGUAUAGAUCAUUCCCCUGCAAUUUCACUGCUCAAUUCUCUGUCAUUUAGGAGUUAAAUCACUUUGUUUCUGUUUAUGCAGCCCUAGCCACACCUCCCCUGGCUAUGAUUGACAGAGCCUGCAUGAAAAAAAAAAUGGUUUCACUUUCAAACCGAUGUAAUUUACCUUUAAUUGUAUCUCAAUAUCUAAAUUGAACAUUAAUCACAUACAGGAGGCUCUUGCAGGGUCUAGCAAGCUAUUAACAUAGCAGGGAUAAGAAAAUAUUAAUUAAACAGAACUUGCAAUAAAGAAAGCCUAAAUAGGGCUCUCUUUACAGGAAGUGUUUAUGGAAGGCUGUGCAAGUCACAUGCAGGGAGGUGUGACUAGGGUUCAUAAACAAAGGAAUUUAACUCCUAAAUGGCAGAGGAUUGAGCAGUGAGGCUGCAGGGGCAUGUUUUAUACACCAAAACUGCUUCAUUAAGCUAAAGUUGUUCAGGUGACUAUAGUGUCCCUUAAAAGGGACACUCUACUGCCCACAUACAAAUAAUCACUGUUUUGUAGAUAUAACCCAAAUAAAAACUUGCAUGCAUUUAAUUAUGCAUGUUUUCGUUGGAGAUCUAUCCAAAAUCUUGCAAAACCUGCAGUCAUCUUGUCUGCUGCCUUUACAAACCCUCCCCUUUUAACCCUGCCCAGACUUGCUAUUGCUGUCCAAUCAGACUUCCCAAUGCAGCUCAAUAAGAAGUCUUUGUAAGUCAGGUGCUCUGGGCAAUUGCUGCCUCUUGAGGUCAGCUGCAUUGAGCUAAUGAAACCAGGAAGUAACUUUACCUGUUGUCUGCUUGAAAGCCAACAGGGUGUAACCAGGUUAAUUUAGGAAAGUGUAAAUUUCUAUUGAAAUCUGAACUUUUUGGAAAAUUAAAAAGAGAACACACUCUUUACACGUAAAGCUUUUCAGCAAGCGAAGUUAAAGGACCACUAUAGUGCCAGGAAAACACACUAUAGUGCCUUGGCGCUGGGGCUCUCCUCCCUCUUCCGACGUCAUCAUCCGAGUGGGCAUGCACGGCAAGAGCCGCACACGCAUUCAGUCAGUCUAUAGGAAAGCAUUACUCAAUGCUUUCGUAUGGACGCUGGCGACUUCUCACUGUGGAAAUCAAUGAGACAGCCACUAGAGGCUGGAUUAACCCAUAGGUAAACAUAGCAGUUUCUCUGAAACUAUGUUUACAGCUGCGGGGUUAACCCAGACACUUCAUUGAGCUUUAAUGGGUCUCGAGUGACCCUUUCAUUUAAAAUUCACUUUGAAUUCUCACUUGAGUGAAUAAAUGGAGGUUUUGGCUUUGUGUGGGCACCAAAGCGCUCUCUUCAGUACCAGAGCUCUAACUAUAUUUUAUAAUACUCCUUAUAGUCUGUUCAAAUGUACAGAAGCUGUGUAAGUCUCUGCAUGAAUUUCCUUAAAUGUCCCUUAAUUCAGCACAUUAACCCACUUUUAGUUUCUCUUGUAGUUGUUUAUUGCCAUUAAAGAUGUGUUUUCCCUUAUUUGAGGUUCAAGGAGCAGCCAUAUUGUCAAUGACGUGACUUUGAUAUUUUUACAUAUCUUUAAAAACACACAUUGCUUGGAUCAUGCAUUAGUCCAGAUUAAAGAAGCCCAUGUACUCCCACAGAGUUGAUACUGAUGUAGGGGGAGGAUUUAAGGCCAAAAUAAACCUAAAGCGCUUUCCUAAUCUGCAUUCCUAUAUUCAAACUGUCUGAGAGCCCACGUUCCAACACUCUUGGUGUUACCGUCUGCUUUAUGAAGUACUCUGCUAUUUACCUGGGGCUGUAAUAUGCAGUACUCUAUUUACCAGGGGCUGUAAUAUGAAGUACUCUGCUAUUUACCUGGGGCUGUAAUAUGAAGUACUCUGCUAUUUACCUGGGGCUGUAAUAUGAAGUACUUGGCUAUUUACCUGGGGCUGUAAUAUGAAGUACUUGGCUAUUUACCUGGGGCUGUAAUAUGAAGUACUUGGCUAUUUACCUGGGGCUGUAAUAUGAAGUACUUGGCUAUUUACCUGGGGCUGUAAUAUGAAGUACUUGGCUAUUUACCUGGGGCUGUAAUAUGAAGUACUCUGCUAUUUACCAGGGGCUGUAAUAUGAAGUACUCUGCUAUUUACCUUGGCAAGAACUUUGAAAUUGGACACAGGUUUUUAUAAAGUGUUUAUUAAAUAUAAAAACAACAGAUUUUAUACAAUAGCAUUUCUUUAAUUGCACAGAUCAAUUUGCGAUAAUAUAUACAGUGAUUGAGCAUCGAAGACAGAUUUUAGAGGACCGUGAUAAUCAAAUUGUUUUCACUUCUCAUUUAAUGAGUUAUAGAUUUCUAUUUUUUUUAAUUUAUUUUUUUUAAAUGAUAUUUAUUUAUUUAGAAAAUGUCACUUUAUCUAGCUGAGCGGUGAUAUUGGGGCAGACUGCAUGGUUAUCUGACCGAUUCUCAAUCUAACUGGUUCACACAGAACAAUCACAGCAGCAGGGAGUUGGGCUGAGCGACUGUCGGAUAUCUGCCAGAUAGUGACAUUUUCUUUAAAUUGGUUAUUAUUUUUAUUUAUUUUUUUUUAUCAAUAUCAUUUAGCUUCAUUAAAUGGGAGGGAAAAAAGAGAGAAGUGAAAUUUUGAUGACCUAAUGCACAAGAAUAGUGAAUUCCAUGCGUAAGAUUAAAUAGGUCAUCAAUACCCAAGGAUUGACUGAAUCCUUGCACCUUUUGGAUUUCUUGGAUCCCAGCAUGAUGAGACUUGGUGGUGUAAUCUCUGAAGUCUGAUCCUAGACUCCUUCCUGUACUUUUUUCACAUUCGAACUGGGUGAAAUCCAUGAUUAGAGGACUUCUUGAGCUGAUCCUUUCAUGUUUUGAAGUGGUCAUGUUGCCUGGAGUCUCUAUGUGCUUUGUUUCACUGUGGAAUCCUGCACAUACAGAGUGUAACCCCUUUGCUGCCGAAUGUGUAACUCCAGCACCAUCAUUGCGGCACAAUUAACUAGCCACCGAGCAAGUGACUGUCAAUUCUGUUCAUAUUUGGCAUCUGUCAUCAACAUGCUGGCCACAAGUGUCCAGUGGUGCCCACUCUGCACCCCCAUGUCCUCUCUGAAGCGAGGACAAGUGAUGUCAACGAAGCAGGAUGAGGCUGCAAGUAGAACUUGGUCUCAGCGUUGGUCUUCAGCUUUGUUAACAGAAAGGGUAACGCUAACCAAAAACAGUGUUUCAUCAAACACACUUUUGUGAGUGAAGUAACCCUUUAUGGUCUUCGUAUUAGCAGCGUGGUUGUACCGUGCUGAAUCUGUGGCUAAACCACUUAUUGAUCAGCAGCUAUCACAAUUAACUCUUUAUAUUAUUGGUAAACAGGAUCUGUACUGUAUGGCUCUUUAAAUGUGUCUAGCAAAAUGAUCCAUUGUACAUCCAAAUAAAAGUGCAAAUUAAAUACUGGCCUUACAGAAAGUGGACAAAUUUUAGCAUCUUAGCACGGCCUUGGAUGUAUCUAGUCACACAAAACAGUAACUAAAACAUUGAACAACUGUAACCGUGGGAGUCCUUGGGUCUUUAAAUAAUGUUCUAGUGGGAGGGAUGUGAUUGGGGAGAUACUAUAGUUUGUCUCUGGUCCUGAUCUCCUUGGUUGUAUUUGGUGUGGGAGCCAGAAUUCCGAACUUUCUUCUAGAAUGCUGAAAAACCGUGUGUUUGUCGAUGGUUUAACCGGCUUUGCAGGCAGGUGCUUUUUAUUAUUGAUGUUCUCAUAUGGCACGUUUAUGAACAGGUUUGUUAAUGCAGCUAACUGGGCACAGGCAUAGCACAGCCUAGACGUUCCCCUUCACUAAUCUGUAAGUACUCUGCCAGUCCAUCAUUGUUGUUCAGGCUGCUCCAGUUUGUCCAAUAUGUGCGUUUCAUCCCCCAAAGUGUGGCUGAAAAUGGACUUCUAUUUUCACCCCCCCAGUUAGUAUUUUAAUCUUACAUUCUUACAUUUCAGAUCCAUUUGAGCCAAACCAGGAUGAAAAGGCUGGUUCUGAUAUUCUGCUGCUGCCAUGUGAUAACACAAGCCACCAUUCGUUCACGGAGCCCUUCGGAGAGGCAGAGCUGCAGCACGGUAUGAAGAGUUUCCUGUAUCGGAGUCUAUUUAUAUCAUAUGACCCAGCUGGAACGCUUAUUCAUCAUCCAGCCUCUGUAAUGCCUGUGUCUCUGCUGGCUGGCAGGUGCUGGCAAUAAAUCAUAGAGUAACAGACAUGAUACAAACAGGCACUUCUGAGGGGCCUAUUCCGGCUCCCAGAAAUGUAAUCUAUGGCAGCCUUUCUGAUAUCGACAGGCUGCAGUUCACCCCCUCUGUUAAUGUCGUGUUUGUACCUGGAAUAGUUUAGUGAAUAGUUUUCGAUUCUCUGACUUGUUACAGGGCAUUGUUAGACCUUAAAUGUCAUUGAAGUUAUGGAGAGCCAAUCAUUCAGUGCAGGAUAUUGCUGUGAUCACACAGGUGGAUUUGGUAGAGGCUCUGGUGAAGCCGUGACAUUAUAUUCCGUAUGAUUUGGUGUCUGUCAGCACAUUUUCUGCCCAGCUUUCACUCUUGCAGCUAUUUCCUUUAUGUAGUCGCUUGCUGAAGACUUGUAAAUGGUUUUAUGUACCCCUGGUAUUUAUAGGGAUAGACGAUAUUCAACAUUUUACCGAUCGGAAUCAGCCUUAUAUUUGUAACUUGCCUCUCCCAGUCACCACACUGUGCCUUCUGCAUCCGGAAACUCCAGCCGCCGACCAAUGAAGUGUGGGGACUCACAUCACGCCUUUCUGAGAGUCCCCACAUGCAGAGCUCCGCUGAAGGCAGGGAAUAAUGUGCUGUAAUUUACUGAGCCGGCUGAUCGUGAUAGGAGUGUGACUGCUGCCAGUAGUUAUACUCCAAACAGUAACAGCACUGUACAUGUUGAUCUCAAUAUGCACUGGCUGCCUGAGUGUGAUGAGUAUGAUCGCGGCCAUUGUGCUUAGUUAAUACCAGAUUUGUGUAGAAAUGUUUACUUUUUCAAAACUUUAAAUGUACAGAAUAUCAGCACCAGUUAAAUGCAGUUGGCCUGAAAGGCGACUGGUUAUCGGCAUCAGCUCUGGGAAUUGAUAUUUGUCAAUCCCUAGUAUGUAAUCUGCAGGCUGUGUAGAUAAUGACUUUCAGUUGCCUGCCGGAAGGAGUAACUUUUAUCUGUAAAAAUGUCAGUCAGUCUUGGUUUGAUUGUCAUGAUCUGUUUCCAGAGCAUCCUACAGGGGUCCGUCGCAUGCUGACCACUAAUCUUCUCUGUAUCUACCUGAAUAGCUGUCACUGGCUCCGUUCUGGAAAUUAUAAAGAUUACUCCAUCUUUAUAACUCUGAAUAGCAAUUAGUGAUCCAAGGGAUUCAUAGGAUUACAUCUAGGAGAAAUGCAUUGGUUGGAUUGUUUAUAGCAGUGUGUGUUUAAGGGUUAAUGGAUUUAUUAGUAAUCCGCUUCUAUAAAUGUCCUGCCUGGUUUGGGUGUCUAAUCUUUGUGACUGCAUUUUGCUCCUUGGGCCCCGGCUGUUAAUUUUAACCCCUCGGGGUGUGGGUUCAGGUGCUUCUAGGACAGGGGUAGGCAACCUACGGCACUCAAGGCUGCUAGAGCCAAACAGGCUCUGGCCUAUCAGAAGUCCUGUUGAAACUUCAGAUAUCUGCUAAUACGAAAAGGUGGUGAAGGACAAUCCUCAAUUUAUGCAUUGCAGCACAUAGAGGAAGUGAUCUCAGAUCACUUCCUCCAAGCACUUGUGAAUGGGAAUCCACACAGUAGUAGAGCAGCCUGUAGCUGCUGUUACUGCUCCUGUCCUUGGCCAGCCAGGUCCCCACUGGAACCCAGGGAAGCCACCCACACUGCUAGAUAUACACAGAAAUGCAAAAUAACCCUCCCCUCAUACAAAUAAUAGGAACAGCCCACACACAAACAUACACACAAUCCGCACAAACAUAACCCGCUAACAAUCCACAUACAUGCACACAACCCCACAUGCAGCCUCUCACAUGCAAUACCCCAAACAGCCCCACACACACUACUAAACACACAAUGUGACAUAUCCACACACAAUUCCACAAGCAGCCCUCAUACACAGCCCACAUUUAUAUGUAUCAUACACGAUACCAUAAACUACUAAUGAACAUAUUCAAUCUAAUAGCUCAUAUACACACAAAUACAAUACAAUUACAGUAUAACACAAGCAACAUACGGCAGUUUAAAAAAAAAAAAAUAGGAUCGGCACGCUAUGGGACAUCACAAUCCUUUAUCUGCACAGUGCUGCUAAAAGGUUGCCUACCCCUGUUCUAGGAUAUCUGUAUUGCUUUAACAAUUAAUCAUUGUCUGUUAAUACACUUGUAAUCUGUCAUUUGUGUAACUGUACACUGCACUUUAUGCUACACAAAGCAUUAGUAGCAAAUAAACUAUGGACCCACAAUCCUAGAACGUUGGUGUGUAACGAAAGGCACUAUUACAUACACUAUAUAAUAUGUGUUAAAUAUUGUAUACUUUUUACUGAUGGUCUGUCCUGAUGGAUCAGUACGUUUUUACACUGGGAGCUACUGUGAAUUGACCUUAUUCUCAACAGAUGGAGAGACCUAUAUAAUGUGAUAAUGCUUUUCUUUCACAGAAGCCAUAUCUAGAGAAUGUUUAUUGGAUCUCACCGAACCAGCACAGCCAGCUGACAUAGAUCUCCUAUCAAAACAGCCAGUGGCUCCAGGUCCUAACCAUACAGGUGAGUUUUAAUGUGAAGAGGAGACUUCAUGUUCACUGUUCUUGCACCAUAUUUAUAAUUUUGUAUUUUAUAUCCAUUUUGCAAUUCUAUGACUUCACUUAAAUGAGUAAUUAAAACUGGUGGCCCCAUGUAGCCACAAUGCCAGAUGUGCAGUGUAAAAUCUCUGUGGAACUGAACAUACACACGUGUAAGAUACAUCCUAUGUAGCUGGUUUGGGGUACGUUUUAUGUGUAGGCCAGAGUAAGAUAUAUCCUACAUAACCUGGGUCGGGGUGUGUUUGUGUAGGACACAUCCUAUCUAGCUGGACUUUGGUACGUUUCUAUGAAGGACACAGUAAGAUAUGUUGAACGUAGCCAGGGCUGGGGUAUGUUGCUGUGUAGGACAUAGUAAGAUGUAUCCUAUGUAGCUGGGGCUGGGGUACGUUUUAUGUGUAGGAAGCAGAGCAAACUGGAUAGGUACUGUUUUUGUUUUUAACCCUCUCUUGUUUCUUUGCAGGCUUUUCUCAAGGUGCCUUCGAUGAGGAGUGGCUCACUGGUUACCCUAAAGCAGGGGACACAGAUACUCCAAGUGACAAGAAUGAGGACCAAGGACAUGGUAUGAGUAUCUGCUACUGUGGAUGAUUUGUAGGGUUCUCUAUAUAUGCGUGUGGUAAAUGUUUGUUGCAUGUUGUCAUAGAUACAGGCAAUAAUCCAUGCUGGAGACCUGCUCUGAUUAGGCUGUUCUGCAUUCGCGGUGUAGUGGGACUGUAACGGGCAAUGGCUGCUCUAGAAUUAGAUCCAUGUUAGCAGUUUCAGAGAGCAGUGACGGCAUUGGAAGGGGGUCACAUCUCUCUCUCUCUUGGCCAGCACUCAGAGAACAUUGGACAGCAGAGUAUGGAAAUGAGGACUCUGUGUCAGUGUGGCCGUGUGCUAACCCUUGUGUCCUAGCGUCAGCAAGUGGCCACCUUAUGAGGCAAGUGUUAGAACACAGCCGCACUGACAAAGUCCUAAUUCCCAAGUGUUGGCCAUUCGCGGCAAGGGUUACACUUGCUAGCACUUGCCUCAUUCCAUGGCCAAGUGCUACAUAUUUGUGACUACAUUUCGGGGGUGGGAGGGUGUGUGUGUCUCUACUUCAUCUUUUCAAAACUGUCUGCUUUUCAGCCAUCCUUUGUGAUGCAUCUAAUGACACGUUGGUCAAGCAUCCUUUUCAGAUUACAGAAGCAGACCCCAAUUCAGAUAUCUGGCAGCCGACCAUCGCGGAGCAGAUUGCGCUCGCUUCACAUCAUUCAGCAGGUGAACAUCCAAUCAGUUGCCAUUUUUUCUUUAGCACCAAUGUUUCUCAGUGACUCCGAGAUGCCAUGUUAAUAUUAAACACAAUAUUUGUACAUUGGUGACGCAUCUCCGUUGUUACAAAUACAUAUUGGGAUUUAGAAUGUGGGUGUUUCUGAUCCAUUGUAGAUUGUUGGACCCCUUUUACAUUAAAAAAAGUCAAAAUUUCCUUUUUAAUCCCCCUACAUAUGAGAUCUGGAUGGGUGAUCUCUGGCCAAUCCAGUAGCAUCUCUGCCCCGUAUAGUUACAUAGUCCAUCGAGUUCAGCCUUCCUCACAUAUGUUAUUGCUGUUGAUCCAAAUAUAUAAACCUUGCCAUUUAUCACAAAUACAGGGAUUGUAUUUAAACAUCAAGACCAGGACAUUAAGCGGUAGUAGUUUUGAUGCGUAAUGUCCUUAACGUACGUUUUUGUGGAUGACCAGUUUGCUUUUAAGUUGGUGUAGAACAAUGUAUAGCAGGAACUGCACUCAUUCAUAUGAGCAGAAAUUGGGUGCUAGCAGGCCAAGGGCAAUCACAAUCCCCCAAACAGGUUAAUUCAAAUGGAACAAACACGGUCCAGGCACUCCAAUGCAAAAUAUUGGGAACGUAGUGAAUCCAGCAAAGUUGUAUCUGUACCUCUGCUAGCCAUAUAGACAACACAGUGUAUAGUCCCAAGUUGGUUCAUAUUACUGGGGCAUUUUAAGCUUUGAGUAUGUGAUUAUUUAGCAUUUAAUCUUGGCCUAGCCAGAGCCAUUAACAAUGGCAAUCCCUCCUCUACCGAGAGAUAAAGAUCACAAAUUGGGUACUAUUUGGGUUCUCUCCGUGACACCUGCCUUGCACCUCGUGUUCCCCCGAAUAGUGAUCAUGGCUGAGUGACUAGCAGUGGGCACGUUUAUAGCCGGCUGUGUGCAGCUGUCGUGUCAUCUCAUUCAUUCUCAGUCAGUCGCUGUCUCUGGUUUGCGUUUAGAGCCCGUCGCAGUCCCUGAUGAAGUGGUGCUUAAUUUGCCGGAAGGUCCUGCCUCUGUGUGUGAUCUAACUGAGGUGACAGGGGACUCAAGAUUUGCUGACUCUCUUCACUCAGAGGAGAUGGGUAAGGGCGAGUCACGGAGCGACCUCUUUUCAUGCUUCCUUUAAAUUAUUUACCUUCUGCUUAAAAAAAGUUCUCUUCCAAGCAGGAUUUUAAGUAAACGUCUCCGGUUUCUCUAAUGUGCUUAGAUUUCUUAAUUCACAAUGUCUGGCUUUACAUGGUAAUAUAGCGGGGAGAAUCAGGAGUGGAAGGCACAUGGGUCUUCCAACUGGAGACUAGAAACUGAACUUAUUAACCCCUUAAACACAAGUGAUUAUCUAUGUCCUCAUUGCAGUCUGUUCUUUAACCCCUUAAGGACCAAACUUCUGGAAUAAAAGGGAAUCAUGACAUGUCACAAGUCAUGUGUCCUUAAGGGGUUAAAGAUCCUAUUCCCACUGUAACUUUCUGCUGAUUCACUCACAACCAUCUGUAUAGAGUAUCUCAUGCUAAAUAUGGCUGGCAUUCCAUGCUGGCACAGGGAAUUCACAGUAUUAUCACACAGAACAAGGCAGAAACCAGGAACUUUUAGCGUGAGUUCGGCUAUUAUUUUUGGUCCAUUUUAAAUUAUGAAGGUUUUGUUUAUUGUAUGCAAUAAUGGUUUAGGACCCUGUGCAAUCACUAAGAUUUCAGGAUAUUUCUUCAGUGUUAAUUAAAUGCUGAUUGGAGAGAUAAAGUGUUGCAGAGUUAGGGUUUAGCACUGGCACGGCUGAGCCCACCUUCAUUUCCUCUGUUUAUUACAUUGUGCUGUUAAAUGGUGUGGUUCUAGCUCUCAUUUCAUGUGGCUCUAAUUAGCCUACUACCGUGAAGUACCCUUGGCUCUGGACACAGACCGUGGAUUGUUCUAUAACAUUUGAUGGGAUUUUGUGUCACUACAUUUUAUUGGGCUUGAUGGAGAACUGUCUGCAAUCUCUGGGGUUGCUAUCAUCCGGCCAUGCUUUACUGUGAUGGGUGGGUACUGAAUCAGCCCACUUUGUGGUUGGUACAGUCUUGGCAUGCGAUGAAGUGGGUAGGUACUGACUGUAUACUCUAAUGGGUUGGGUGGGUUAGUACGGCUUUGGCAUGCUUUAGGGUAAGGUGUUACUAUACCGGUAUGCUUUUAUUGGGUGUGUGGAUAUUGCCUGAUCAGGGUUGGGGUUGUGUAGUUACUGUGUCUGCAUGCUUUGCAAAAAUGUGUGGCACUGAUUUUGGGAUUGUGUGUGCCAUGGGUGGGUGAAAUUGGUCAAUGUGCAAUAUUGAUGUUUCCUAUAGUGUGUGGCUUUCUCUGUACUGUUCUAGUUUGUAUUUUUUUUUUUUUUCUUCUGUUUCAACAUAAACUGUCUUUGUGCCUGGCAAAAACAGAAUAUUAAAAUAAAUAACCCAAUACAUACUUUCUAUCCAAGUACUGGAAGAUGAAGGACCAACAGAACCCAAACAGAGCGCUGCUUCAGCUUUGCCAGUAGAAUCUGCUGCUAGCACUGAUGUCCUAUCAUCCACAUUACAUGAACAGCAACCUGUGGCACAAAACCAGGGUAAGAACGGAUCUGGACAGGUUUAAAGCAGAAUCAAAAAUAGUUAGAACAAUCUUUCUACCGAGGACGCAGCACCCCUGGUGGCAGACUGGUUCCUUCCAGGUAUUGGCAUUGCUCCCCCUUAAUAAACGAGGAAUUGACAUUUAAAACGGAGUUUGGAAUUUAUCCAAUCUGUCCUGGAUAUAGCUCUGGGAUGACUUGGUUUCCCAUCCUACAUGGACCUUCACUACUCUGAAUCUGUUGUGUAUAUGAUACAGGAGAUUCAAAGGAUUCAGUUCAGCUCUUGGUUGAGCCAUUCUGUUAAUAUAACCUAGUUGCCAUGUGUAUAGAAGAUGUCGAGGUUAGAGGUCUGAAGUCUCCAUUUUACUGAUUGGUACUGUUUAACCGGCAGAGACGUCAUUGUGUUUUCUGGAUAAUACAGUUGAAAGCUGCAGGGUCACUGCCCGCAAUAUUCACUGCUUUCAAAGGCUUAUUCUGUUAACUGUCAGACCAAACCUCCUAAGUACAGUUAUUGCUUUAUUUACACAAAUACAGGGGUUUAUUUUACCCGGAGUAAUGGUUGAUCUUUUGUUUGCAUUAAACUUUGGUCUCGCUAGACACGUUCUGGUUACGUUAGAACACAAGUUUGUAAGAAAAUGCAUAAUUAUCUCCGAAGUAGACCUUUUCCAUUCUUCUCAAACUUUCAAUCCACACUUCCAAGACACAUUCUAGGCCAGCACUUUUUUGUGUACAAGAUUAUUCCUCCAAUAGAAAUAUAUUAAAGUGGUACUAUCUCUUUAUUCAGUCUAACAUUUUCAUCUAGGCAAGCUUUAAAAAAAACUUCAGCUGGAAUUUCUUCUUGUAGAAGUAGUUGCAUGUCUGUGUGGAGGCUGCCAAUUUGGAACUGCAUCACAAUUUCUAAAAUCUCAGAGACCGCUACAUGUAAACAAGGCGGCAGAGAACAGCCAAUCAGGACCUGUGAUUUUCUGAGUAGCUCCCAGCUUUCCAUUGACCCCUCUGAUGCUCUGUACCCAAAGAGAGAAAAUGUUGGCAAAAAAUGUCACUCUGCUGAACAGAUUUACAAAAACUGACAGAUCAUGGUUUUCAUCCUGUUUAUGUGAUGUGCACUUUAUUUUUCUCCAGAACAACCUGAUGUGAGUGCAACGGCUCCUGAAUACCUCGCAAUGGAAACACAAAUAGAAGGGUCUGAGGGAACGCCUGAGGCAUCCGACCAACCUGCAGGUAAGAAUGAUAUAAAGACUACUAGUUAACAGGACACUUCAGGCACCCAGACCACUUCUGCCCAUUGGAGUGGUAGUGGGUGCCAGCUCCCACUACCCUUAACCCUGCAACUGUAAUUAUUGCAGUUUUCAUAAACUGCAAUAAUUACCUUGCAGGGUUAAGUCCUCCCCUAGUGGCUGUCCACUAGACAGCCACUAGAGGGCACUUCCUGCUUCAUAGCACAGGUUUUCUGUGCUAGAGCGUCACUGGACGUCCUCACGCUGUGUGAGGACCUCCAUCGUCGCUCAAUUCCCCAUAGGAAAGCAUUGAAAAGCAUUUUUAAUGCUUUCCUAUGGAGAGCUCUAAUGCGCAUGCGCAUUAGGUCUCCUCAGCUGUGGGCGGGAUCAGUCUUCCCCGCCAGCUGACGUAAUGAAGGGGAGGAGCGGCGGCAACCCGAAACCAACGCCGAGAAACAUCGGCAGGGGUCUCCAGUAAGUCAUUGAAGGGGUUUUUACCACCCUCCCACCACCCGGGGAUGGGUGGUGGGAGGGAUAGGGGACCUGCAGUGCCAGGAAAACGGAUUGUUUUCCUGGCACUGGAGAGUCCCUUUAAGCAGUGACUGCGCCAUUUUCAUGUUGCAAUUUCGGCGCUGGCCUCUUACUGUGCGAGCUGUAGAACUGGCAGCAUGUAGUAGUUAGGAGGCUUAUUGUCUGGAAGAGGCUGUGUUGUGCUAGCAGAUUGUAUAUUAAAAGAAUGUGGCAUGCAUUCUCUCACUGAAAUACAAGCCCUGAAGUCGGGAUAAGUGUUCUGCUCAGUCCUGUAAUUGCUAAAUUAGGAGCACUUCCAUUCUAGUGUAAGGGUUAAUGCAAAGCAGAUUCCUGCCGUUCUUGUUGCUGUCUGCACAAUACAAAGCAAUGUGAACAUGUCAACUUUCCUGGGUCUCUCCGGGUGUCUUUGGCCUCAAGGUCCUUCUUCCUGGAUUCCCCUUCAGUGAAAUUGCCUGACCAUGUCAGCUGAGUGCUUUCAGCCAAUGGGCACAGUCCUUUAUCAGCUGUGCGUAGUCAGUGUACACCUCUGGCUUUCCUGUAGGAGAAGACUGGAUAUGGUGCGGCACCAAGGAGACCCAGGUGAGUUGUCAAACUGUUCUAAUAGAGUUGGAGAAAAAACUGGGAUGGUACUAGGGUAGCCCUGGGGAAUAGACAUUUACCCCUUAGCUAGAGAUAUAUAUUGUAAUGAGGUCCUCUGUCUCCCUGCACACAGUGUAUUAUAACUGCAGCUAUAAGGUUAUGGUGUAAGGAGGUCCCCUGUCUCCCAGCACACAGUGUAUUAUAACUGCAGCUAUAAGGUUAUGGUGUAAGGAGGUCCCCUGUCUCCCAGCACACAGUGUAUUAUAACUGCAGCUAUAAGGUUAUGGUGUAAGGAGGUCCCCUGACUCAGUCUCCCUGCACAUAUUGUAUUAUAACUGCAGCUUUAAUGUUAUAACUUAAACUGUCACAAGACUUUUUAAUACAGCAUUAUUUAUCCUCUUUAUGUGAUCUAUAUUUUUCUCUGUUAACAUUCACAUUUGUGUAACUAGUGGACAUAGAAUCUACUUCAUUCCGUGGUUAUGCUUUCCUAUAUAGAAUGUCUGUCCACUAAUUGAUUUGGUAUGUUCACUUCUGUUAUUUAAAUAUAAACGCUGCUUUUACUGAUAUGUUUCUUCUUGGAUACAGAACAAUUAAAAGCCGAUGAAGCAAUCCUUGAAGAAUCAAAGGUUCCAUCUAAUGAGAGACUUGUUACACUCAUUGAAGAUCAGGUGGUGACUCCAUUGUCUAUUGUGGAUGAACGUUCUGACGCACAUAUUGUUUCUGAUGACAAGACAAUAGAAGCAGCGGUUUCUGUGACAGACAUUGUCCAAUCAGACACUGCAGAACUUUGUCAAGGCAUCCAAUCAGACAUACUAGAAUAUCCUUCUGAAGAAAUUGAGCCUUCUCUAGCUAAUCCACAACGUGACCAGGAAACAGAGCCCGAUGUAACACCACAACCUCCUGUGGACAUAAAAUCUGCUGUACCACCACCACAGCUUGGUCAAGAAAUCGAAUACGAUGUAAUGCCACAAAUACCUAUGGCUACAGAAUCUGCUGUAACCCCACCACAGCUUGGUCAGGAAAUAGAAUACGAUGUAACACCACAAACCUCUCCAGGUUUAGAGUCCGGUGUUAUAGAAGAACCAAGUGAAGGAAUUCAGUCUGGUGUAACAGAACCAUACAGUGAAUAUAUACAGUCAGACUUAAUGGAACCCAAUAGCGAAGGAAUACCGUCUAAUAUAACAGAACCAUAUAGUGAAGGAGUCCAGUCAGAACCGCUUUCUCCUGUUGGAGAUGAAAGCAAUACCCAACAGCUGGGUGAAAUUCAGGCCGAGCUUCCAACACCAGAGAUGGUUCCAGUAGUAGAGUCAGCCCUGCCUCUGGAAACCUCCUCUGAGACAGAGCAAAUCAAGCUUCAGCCUCCUCCUUCUCCUCAGCAAGUGCAAGGUAAAAAAAAGUUGUUUUUUUUCAUAUUCUAGCAUCCUAAACUGGCACUGACCAUAUAAAACAGGAGUUUACAUUUAUUCAGACUGAUUUAAAGUGUGUUUUAUAAAAGAGCCUUCGUGUACUGUCAGUGCUAAGGGUUAUCUAUUUGAAGUUUGUAUUAUUCCAUAGAAUUUACAUUUUUAUUUAUGGGUGGUAGCGGCUAGUUUCUCCUUAUUCUUGGCCAGCUAUUUGUGGCUGGUUUGUUAUGCAUUCUGCAAAUCUCUGCUCACUCUUACUCGUUCCACUAUUCUCCCAUUGCUUUUUUAUUGAUUGAAUCUGCUAAUGUCCAUAACCUUUGUUUCCCUUCAGUUAGUCAUACCUCACAAUUCCCAAUCAGGCAGAAUGUUGGCUAUUGGCUAAUCCGAUAUCGGUGACUAUAACAAACUUAGCCUUCUAAAGGGGCAGUUAAAUCAUGUAUUCUUAAAGUUUGAAUAAAAAGCCUGGCUUGUUUUAGUUGGAGCAUUGCAGUAGCAUCCAAUGUCUGUAAGUGCAGUCUGACAUACCCUGCGUGAGUAUUUUAGUAUUUAGUGGAGCCUGUAGGAUAGCUCAGCUCAGACUGCUCAGUACGAACCUCAGGGCUACAGGUUCCAUUAUUGGCAGGGUUAACUCGUUUUAUUCUUCCAAAGACAAAGAGUACCUUUGACCUGGACAAUAAGUAAAUGUGUUAAUUUUAGUUAAAUAUUGUGAAAUUGUCAUCUGCUAUAGGUUGACUUUAACAUUUGUAAAGAGAGAAUUCCUGUCCAGUUCAUUAGGUAAUACUGCAAAGUCUCUGCAAUCCAUAUUGGCCUAGUUCACCUGGGGUGGAUCAUGCUAGCUUGAAUGUAAUCAUACAGGAAGGUCCUUGUUUGUUUUGAGGAUAGUUCUGGAAACCACGGAUCUAAAACCCAAACAUGAUCCUUUUGAAGUUGUGAUAAUCGUUAGUUCAGAAACUUUUUUGUAUUCCUGUUGUACCCACAGCACCCAUAAAGUCUUAUUACAAAACAAGUGACCGCAGGUCUGGUAGACCUAAAACUGCAGCGAUGCCAGUUUCAGAUGCCUUUGCGGAACCUCACUUAGGUAAUCCAAACCACACUGCAUUGGAAUCCACUGACGGUUUGUCCAAUCGAGCAAAAGCUUUACAUAAAAAAGCGCAUGAUAUGAUGGAGAGUCGGCGAGAAGUUGUAAAAGAUGGUGGGGAUUCUGAAUGUGCUCAGGCAACAAUGAAAAAGAAGAAGAAAAAAACAAGACCAAAGAGAGGAUUUUCAACAAAAGAAAGUGAAAUUGUGGGUGAAGUUGUCCAUUUGAAUACCAAACCUGAGACUCGGUCAUAUUAUGUUCCCCCUGCCCUGGCAGCUCGUGUUGAAGAGCAGAAGGGCUUUCCACAGGAAAGGGGACACAGCCCCACACAUGAUUUGGCCGUGGGGAAUUUUAAAAUCUCCUCUGAUGUUUCCCAGGUAGUAGAAAAAGGCAUAAAGGAUGCUGAAAUUCGAGAAGAUGGUGGCUCGAUUCUGCUCUCACCAAAGGUUCUCGAACCAUCUACUCAGAACCAGUUUUACCCUUCAGGGCCUUUCAGACCUUUACCUAAAAGAAUGGAGGAUGAGGAUAGAGUGCAUUUAGAAAGCAGUGUCAGGCUUUUAGAUAAAAACAGGAAAUCUGAAACGCCUCAAGAUGCUAAAAUUGGAUUUGCUGACACAGAUAUUACAAAGUGUCCGUAUUUGCAGCAAGAGCUAGCAUCCUCUCAUUUUACUGAAAAGGCUGCUAAGUCUGAGAGAGUGUCUGCGGAGGCCUUGUGGGUUUUAGAAAACACUGAUUUAAACAUAGCCGAAGAUUUAGGUUAUCAAGAAGCUGAUGCAGGGAAAUCACAGCUUGCAGCAAAGAAAAUGGAUAAGCCUAAAAAUAGAGAUAAGAGGACGAAUGAACAAACUAACGCCGGAUUAAAACUAGGUCCUUCCAAACUCCAGGCUGGUCAGAUGGAAAUGGUCUUUCCAGAGUAUGGUGGUUUCCUAGCAGAAAAGCCAGUUUUUCUAGACAAUAUAAGUGUCAGUGAUGAUCAAUUUUCCUUCAUAUCUGGUGAAAUCCCUACUGAUAAAGGUGACCGUAAAGGUGCUAUAUCUGAACGUAAAACAAAGGGCAAGACCAAUUCUAACCCUAGCCUUGUCGAACCACUACAAUCUGAUAUUUACCAGUGUCCAGCUGCCAAGCAAGAAUCUUCCCCAGAUACUGAGGUAGAUAAAUAUAAAGAAAUUAAAGGAAUUACUUUAAUUACUAGUAGUUCAGAUGUGGGAAGCUUUCCCUCUGUAGAAGAGGUUAAAAACAUUCACCAUGGCCUUUUGGUGAAACUUCCAGAUAGUGAAAGUCUGCACCCUCCUCAUAAUGUAGAAAAACGUGAGAAGCUCAAAAAAAGCGUUAAAGGAGCCAAGAGCUUGCGCUCCACGUUAGACGAUAACCCACCAGAGAUGAGUGAAUUAGAAUUAAAAGAAAGCUCACCCAAAUACAAAAUUAGUGACACAAGCCUUUCUCGUGGUCAACAGGGGAAACUUAAAAAAGGAAAGGCAAAGACGGAGUGUAAUAGUGCAGCAUGUAUAGAAAAUACUGCAGAGCCCCGGGCUUCAGCUGGCUCUAUUGAUCUGCUUCUACAAAAUGAGGUAAUGAACAAGCAUUCAGAGCCAGAAACAUUUAUCCAGGAACAAAUACUACACCUGGAAGACCGUACUCCAGAAUCCCCUGUUUCAGAGCGAACUGGUGGGGGACAAAAGGCUGAGCUCUUUAUUGGUGAUAAGGAUAGUUUAGAAAAAAUAUUUUCCUAUGGUCAGAAAGGCAAAAAUGUAAACCAGGACAAUUCUAGUAAGAUGAUGCCCACAGGAAAUGUUGAUAAUGGAGGUGACACUCAGAACAUUAUUUGUCCCUCGGGUACAGUGGCUCUUGCUGGACCUGAUGGUUCCAGUGUCCAAGAUGCCGCAAGUGCGUCUUUCAAACUAGAAUUAAAAGAAACUAGCCAGGAAGUUGAAACUCCGAUUUCCAACCAGACUAUUAACAUUGAUAAAUUCUCUGCCCCGAUUGUUAGUGUGACAGAGCGUCAAUACGAAAGCUUUUCCUAUCAGAAAAGCAAAAGUAGCAAAGUAAAGAUAAAGUCAUACAGUGCUCAGCCAGUAGGAAUGAUUAAUGCCGAUUUCAAGACAGAGUUUCAGGACAUUAGUGGUUCUGGUAACGUAUAUCUGGGAGCAGAUGUGAUUAGUAAGCCUGCCGAAACCAGCAUUGCCACUAUCUCCACAGCAGAGAGUGAACCUUUUAAACUGGGAUUGGAGGAACACAGAGUGGAACUUGAACCCUCUGUAAUAGACGAGAUAGCUACAGGAAAGGAUGCUCGGUUUCUUGGUGAUAUAGGUAGCCCUGAAGAAACCUUUUCCUAUUUGCAUAAAAAGAAAAACAAAAGUAUUAAAGGAAAGGCUAAGACAAAAAGUGCCACGCCUGGAAAUGUUGUCCAGAAAGUGGAUGAGGAAGAUCAGUACAGUGGUUGUCCACUUCCUAUCUUGAACCGUGAAAUGGAGUUAUGUUCCAACUCUUCUGAGCUCGAUGCUACCAAAAUCCAGGAAUCUGAGAGUUUGCCCCUUCUACUGAAAUAUGAACAAACCAGACUGAAAGAUAAAGCUCCUGUUUUCCAGCCGAUGUUUGGGGCAGAUAAAAAGUUUGCUCUAUUUGAAGGGGGCAACCAGGAGCCUCUUGCAGAUGAAAGAUCUUCUCAACUAAAAGGUAAAAAAGGAAGGCCAAAAGUGAAGCAAAGUAGUGUAGGAAACACAGAUGGUAUGAUCAUACUUGGUUCUGAUACAGGUGUCAAAGAGGUGUCGAUUUCCAAACUUACAGAAACCAUUGUAAAGAAAGCAGAUCGAGGGUCUUUAAAACGUCAACACAGUUCAGAAAAACAGAAAAAAUUACUGGAUGACAGAGAAGUGCACUCAAAAGAUGAAAGCAAAGUAAUUGAACGUAUUGGGUUAGAUGGUGUUCUCAGUCCAACGCAUGAGCCUGUAAGAACUCCUCAUACAGAAAAGCAAGAAAUACUUCUGUUUCCAGAAGAAAUGAGUGUUAAAGCAGACUUUUCAUCAACUCCCUCUGAAUACGUGUCUGAUCAGUUGGACACAGCAAGCAAACCAGAACAAUGCUUGUUGGAACAGCUUAGUCAUGAUAUUGAUAUACUAACCAGCAACGUUCUUACAAAACACCAGGGAGUGGCCACCACAGAUACCAACAGGCAAAUAGGCCAAGCUGAAGAGUCAAAAAUAGAGGUGUCUGUGCCUAAGGCUUCUCUAAAAGAGUUGCAGCUAGCCAAAGAAAAAAACAAAUUUAAUGAUAAACAAGAUUGUAUGUUGACAGACAUUCAAAAUAUCACCAAUACAUUUGAAACUGACAUUGUUAAAGAUCUGUCUGAAGUGAUCAGAUCUGAAACCAACAAAGACACUGAUGCUAUGCCAAAGACAGUGGACUCCUCUCUGCUCCCUGGUAAAUUGCACAAGGCGAGAGAUGUUGCAGUGGUCAAUUCUGUCCUCUUUACUGAAGCAUCAACAGAGGUCUCCAAAUUAGUAGGCAAAACAACUCAAACAAAUUCAGAAAAUGUGACUAAACAGCCCAAAGAUACUGUACCUCUUCUUGGUCAAGAAGAACUUGGCUUUGUAGAUCAGUUAAGUUUUUUUACAUUUGCUGUUUCUUCACUGCUUGACGAGGAGAGGGAAGUUGCAUCUCCAGUGUUGCAUAGUGAGAAAAUGACAGACCUGCAGUUGGAAGAGCGAUCACCGGCUCAAGGCAAUAAAUUGAAUGUAGAGCCAUCACCGGCUCAAGGCAAUAAAUUGAAUGUAGAGCCAUCACCGGCUCAAGGCAAUAAAUUGAAUGUAGAGCCAUCACCGGCUCAAGGCAAUAAAUUGAAUGUAGAGCCGUCACCGGCUCAAGGCAAUAAAUUGAAUGUAGAGCCGUCACCGGCUCAAGGCAAUAAAUUGAAUGUAGAGCAGUCACCGGCUCAAGGCAAUAAGUUGAAUGAAGAGCCAUCACCGGCUCAGGGCAAUAAGUUGAAUGAAGAGCCAUCACCGGCUCAAGGCAAUAAAUUGAAUGUAGAGCCAUCACCGGCUCAGGGCAAUAAGUUGAAUGAAGAGCCAUCACCGGCUCAGGGCAAUAAGUUGAAUGAAGAGCCAUCACCUGCUCAGGGCAAUAAGUUGAAUGAAGAGCCAUCACCGGCUCAGGGCAAUAAGUUGAAUGAAGAGCCAUCACCGGCUCAGGGCAAUAAGUUGAAUGAAGAGCCAUCACCGGCUCAGGGCAAUAAGUUGAAUGAAGAGCCAUCACCGGCUCAGGGCAAUAAGUUGAAUGAAGAGCCAUCACCUGCUCAGGGCAAUAAGUUGAAUGAAGAGCCAUCACCGGCUCAGGGCAAUAAGUUGAAUGAAGAGCCAUCACCGGCUCAGGGCAAUAAGUUGAAUGAAGAGCCAUCACCGGCUCAGGGCAAUAAGUUGAAUGAAGUUCAUGAGCCCAAGUCUGUAGCAGCAGGUGGAGAAGAACUUCCUGAAAAAAGUGAUUUGUCUACUUCAGAGAAAACAAACUUCAAAGAGAAAAUAAAACCUCCUGUCCAUAAGAGCAAAGGCCAGAUGGCACCUACUGAAAGAAACCAUCUUAAUAGAAAAACACAGAUGCAGACAGGAAUUCCACCGCAAACAAACCAUGGCAAUCCUGAGGAUAAGGCAAAGGCAUCUGCACCAUUAAAAGGUUACAUGAGACCUACCAAGUCUAGAGGGAUGACCCCACCACCUUUAAAGUCAGCUGCAGUGGAAAGCGAGAAGUCAAAGCCUUUGAAGGAUGUCCGUUUAAGUACUCAAAAGCCAGAUAAAGGUGUGUUUUGUGUGCAGCUCGCAACAGUUAAUGACAUCGGCUUGAAAUGAACAGCGUUCCUCUUACCAUGGGUUAACAAGCAUGAGUGUGCAGCACUAAAUUAAUAGCAUGACGUCUUGCCUGUUUCCCGAUGAUGAUGAUGAUGAUGCUUGCGUUUUUACACAAUGCUAAUCUAAUAGAACCAAGUAUAAACUGUUUUACUCGUAAACACAACCUACUGAGUGGUACAAAUGUAGUUUAUCACUAUGUAUAUGUGUGUAUAUUGUAUGCUCUGCAUUACUUUACUCAGGAGGACAGACCCACGUACACUGGUGAUUACACUUGACAGCAUCGAGUUUUGCCUGCCUUUCGUAUAACAUGGAUCAUUUCUACCUGGUGAAGGCAGUGCUAUUACACAUGGAAAGCCACUCAGUUUGCCAAAACACUCAGCAACAUUACCCUAAGCCUCUGCACCAAGACUCUGGUAGUUAGUAUUCCUUUAAGGUUUUAACGUUUAUAACAUCCGUAUACCAUCUGCAUUGAAAUAUAAUUUUGAGGUUAAUAAAUGUACCACUUUAUAGGGACUUUUAUUCCAAAUGACACUCCUUUCUUUACUGUACUCCAAAUGACUGUCACUUCCGUUCUGCCUUAUAGAGAAUCACUAUAGUGCCCUUUCUGGCCACAAUACUUGGGUAAAGUAGUAUUUUAUUCCAUAGCCAUCACAAUAUGUAUAUAUACACUCUGUAUACCCACCUAAAAGGGACCCUUUUUGUCCACAUUUGGGUCCGGUGUGAAAUGCGAGUCCUUAAGCCUGACCUGCUGGGCACAUAUGCAAUCUUGUCUGCCAGCCUGCUAUGGCAUCACUCAGAGGUGGAAGAAUAAAGGGGUGUAUUAUGAAUUGGACAGGAUGGAAGGGAGGAUGGUGGGUGGGUGGGGGGGAUAGUUCAAAAUGCUGUGCAUGCUCUUUACAUGUUGAACCUUCUGCCGUUUCUGAUUUGGUAUGGAAACCAUGCUAAUACUUACCACUCAUGUCACUGAGUGCAGAUUGAAAUCCCAGCUCACAAGUACCUCUCCAAAGGGAUUCAUUAUAUACAUCUUAAUGCUAUUAUUCUGGCAGGGGGACCAAUUCCCACAUUGUGCAUCCUGUGCUAGUGCUUGGCGAGUCUAUACUGCAACAUAUACAGAUAUUGGGGAUUUUCCACCAGGGAGUGUGACUAGUAAGAAAUUUGGUCACUUUUAGCAGUUUAUGAAAUGUUCCUAUUGAUUUAGAAAUCUACCGAGGAAAAUCCUUUCUUUACCGUUGUCGUGUUUCUGAUCCUCUACUUUAUUCAGUGAAAUAUUUCAAUACUUGCAUGAACACUUAUUGUGGACUGCAACAGAUCUCCUCAUUCUCAGGCAGACCUCUUAUUUUCAAGUAAUUUGAGAAAUGUAUGUUCUUCUGUAAUCAGGGAUUAAGGUUAUUGUAUGGAUGUAGCUAGUGUUUCUAUAGAUAAACGGUUAAUGUCUGUUUUCAGUGUUCUAUACACUGUAUACAAUGAGUUUGUUGUCCUAUUUAGAAUAGCUGCUAUUUUUGGCUUUUAAUACAGCAGCAUUAACUCUUCAAAUGUCAGUUGGGUUUUUAAUUCUUUUACAGGUUUCCUCCUGCAUGCAUUGAUCUGGCCAGAGCAGGCCUGGUGAUAUCAGUCAUUUAUUAAUGACUGUUAAUUAGUUGAUAUCGCUAGCUUUAAAUGUCUCAUUAUCCUGGUUUAAAGGUGUUGCCAUGGAAACCAGUUUGUCGUAGAAUAAGAUCAUGGUAAAAUGGUGUGAACCACUGGUGAGGAUGAGGUAGAGUAUAAAUAGACUGAAUGAAUCAUCCUCCACUGUGUGUCUCUCGAUGGGAAUUUAACCCUUCCUGUGCAGUAAUACUCCCCACCAGCCUAAAAUGGCUCCAGAGCACCAAAUAUUACACGUUUUAUUGGAGUCUCAUGCAAAGAAAUGGUGAAAUGUAACGUAUGAUGCACGCCUGUUUCUGUCCUUGUCAUGUGUUUGGGUUAAUGACACGGUGAACGUCUGUGCAGCCGAUCUCUUUUUAAAUCCAUGUCUGUGUAGCAGUGGUGGGGGUGCCCAGCAUCAUGGGUUCCUUCACAUCCCACCAUGAUAAACCUUGCUCUCCGCUGUCUUUGGACACAUUCUGCAGCCAGUAUCACAAGAAUAUAGUUUUAUUUGCAUUUAUAUAGUGCCAACAUAUUGUACCAGGUGACCCAUGAUAGAUUGGAAAGGGUUUGCCUUUCGGUUUCCAGCUUUUCACACACAUGGCAUUUUUCCUGCUUGGUAGUGAAUGAUGUUAGUCUGACUAUCUAAAGAAAACACAUUUAUAUGAGAAUAGGUUCUGGACAUUCUGCUACAAAUCUCCUGUCUGUCAUAAAUCCCAUCUAGGGUCGUGGGUUAAAUAAUACAGAGGGUGUGGCUUGGAGAAUAAUUGAAAACAAGAUAAACCUAAAAGCAUAAAAGGGAGAAAGAAAAACUCCUGGGGUAAUAGACUAAAUGAUGGUAAACCCCAGAAUUCAAGGUUUCACUCAGAGUGGCAGAACAUUUCAGGCUCCUCAAUCUGUAGAUUCCAACAGAUCCAGCAGUAUUCAGAUGUCCAAUGUUUUAUGCAAAAAGAAUUAAAAGGAACAUAGUGCAACACUGACAUAAAGUUUGAACAUACGCUUUAAUGGUUACACUUACAGAAUGCAAUGGAUAAAAAGCCCUUCAAUACAAUCCAGGUCUCCGUCGUUUGGGAUGUAGGAAUCCUAACCGGUACCACAAGCAGGCCUAGCAGUAUUUAAAAACCACAAUAAAAUAUAAAAAAAGUAAUGAAAGUGUUAUCUAGUGCACAGCACUUUAAUCUGCGCACUAGAUGUAUUCACCAUACAUACACUGCACCUGGGUGGUCUUAUAUUCUUAUUUCUUAAAGAAUAAUGAAAAAGUAACAAAUCAGAGAUUGUACGGGGUUUCCUAGCACUUUACAUUAAAUGGGAUUUUUAUCAGAUUAUACGCCUUGCAUAACAUCAUAAACCCUGAUUUCCACCCAUGAGGUCUGUGAGUCACUCGUCAGUCUUUGUGUGUUUUAAUAAAUAGGAAGGAUAGGAAUAAAUAGGAAGAUUUUAUUCUGAAUUUGAUGGAAGGCUUCUGUCUGCUCUCAAAUUAGUCCCAAGUUCCCCAUCCUACAAAUAGAAGCUUUUUGCAACAGGAUCGAGGAGGUAUUUGGCAGAGGGUGGCGUCUGUUGAUUUGUGGGCACAUCGCAACGCAGGUCUCUGCACACACUCCUGUCAUGGAGAGCCUCGCUGUCCAACCACAGAUUGCAGACUUGUCCCAGCAGCCUGGAUGGAACAUGUGACUUGUCUUAUUUAUCCAUUGGCCUACUGGGGGUACACCUUCCGAUUACCUACAUGUAAAGACUGGCCAAGCGUUAUAGGAGAUGCAGUUCAAAAUCCGGUGUGCUAAGAUUUGCAAUAAUUAUAAUAUGGAUGUUCGUCUACUGUUCCUAUUGCAGGUCUAACUUUAGAUUUACUUGCAAAUCCAAAACAGUAGAUAUGAGCAAAUAACCUCCCCCCCAAUAAUUCAGCUAUGUUUUAAUUUUGACUGCGUUGGGAAGUUAUGUGACUGCGUUGGGAAUUAUGAAGUUUAUUAAGUGUGUGCAUAAUACGCAAAUUAAAUGUUAUACACAAACUAAUUGUUAAAAAUGGACCUUAGGAGAGCAUAGUCUAAGUGAAAAGAGGCACACUCUUUGACCCCUAUAUAAUUAUCUAAACAAACACUGCAGCGUUCUGUUCUCCAUGUCACUUCAUGUUGACUAGCGGCUAAAAAAAAAAAAUCUUUGAUUUGCAUCCUUCGCAAGAUCUGCUGUGGGUCUUGUUCUCUAUCUGCUAGAGUGUUCUGGGUAUCCAGAGUCCCGUCUGUGGACAUUGUCAGAGAGAGCUUGGGGCUUUCAUUUCUCCCAUCACACAGUAAUGUAUCUCCAGUCUUUAAUGUCCUAGGGGAGAUUGUGUGAGCUGCCCUCUGUAAUACUCACUAGCCCUGCAUGCGGUCCCUCUGUAAUACUCACUAGCCCUGCGCGCGGUCCCUCUGUAAUACUCACUAGCCCUGCGCGCGGUCCCUCUGUAAUACUCACUAGCCCUGCGCGCUGUCCCUAUGUAAUCACUAGCCCUGCGCGCUGUCCCUCUGUAAUACUCAUUAGCCCUGCGCGCUGUCCCUCUGUAAUACUCAUUAGCCCUGCGUGCUGUCCCUCUGUAAUACUCACUAGCCCUGCGUGCUGUCCCUCUGUAAUACUCAGUAGCCCUGCGUGCUGUCCCUCUGUAAUACUCAGUAGCCCUGCGCGCUGUCCCUCUGUAAUACUCACUAGCCCUGUGCGCUGUCCCUCUGUAAUACACUCACUGGCCCUGCGCGCUGUCCCUCUAUAAUACACUCACUGGCCCUGCGCGCUGUCCCUCUGUAAUACACUCACUGGCCCUGCGCGCUGUCCCUCUGUAAUACACUCACUGGCCCUGCGCGCUGUCCCUCUGUAAUACACUCACUGGCCCUGCGCGCGGUCCCUCUGUAAUACACUUACUAGCCCUGCGUGCGGUCCCUCUAAUACUCACUCAGGGCUAGUGAGUAUAACAGAGGGACAACGCGCAGGGCUAGUGAGUAUUACAGGGGGGCAACGCGCAGGGCUAGUGAGUAUUACAGAGCAAGUGUAUUAAAUGAGGGACAGCGCGCAGGGCUAGCGAGUGUAUUAAAUGAGGGACAGCGCGCAGGGCUAGCGAGUGUAUUACAGAGGGACAGCGCGCAGGGCUAGUGAGUGUAUUAAAGAGGGACAGCGCGCAGGGCUAGUGAGUGUAUUAAAGAGGGACAGCGCACAGGGCUAGUGAGUGUAUUAAAGAGGGACAGCGCGCAGGGCUAGUGAGUGUAUUAAAGAGGGACAGCGCGCAGGGCUAGUGAGUGUAUUAAAGAGGGACAGCGCGCAGGGCUAGUGAGUGUAUUAAAGAGGGACAGCGCGCAGGGCUAGUGAGUGUAUUAAAGAGGGACAGCGCGCAGGGCUAGUGAGUGUAUUAAAGAGGGACAGCGCGCAGGGCUAGUGAGUGUAUUAAAGAGGGAGAGCGCGCAGGGCUAGUGAGUGUAUUAAAGAGGGACAGCGCGCAGGGCUAGUGAGUGUAUUACAGAGGGACAGCGCGCAGGGCUAGUGAGUGUAUUACAGAGGGACAGCGCGCAGGGCUAGUGAGUGUAUUACAGAGGGACAGCGCGCAGGGCUAGUGAGUGUAUUACAGAGGGACAGCGCGCAGGGCUAGUGAGUGUAUUACAGAGGGACAGCGCGCAGGGCUAGUGAGUGUAUUACAGAGGGACAGCGCGCAGGGCUAGUGAGUGUAUUACAGAGGGACAGCGCGCAGGGCUAGUGAGUGUUACAGGGGGCAGGGCUAGUGAGUAAUGCACUCACGAGCCCUGCGCGCGUCUCUCUGUAAUGCACUCACGAGCCCUGCGCGCUGUCUCUCUGUAAUGCACUCACGAGCCCUGCACGCUGUCUCUCUGUAAUGCACUCACGAGCCCUGCGCGCUGUCCCUCUGGAAUAUAAUAGUGAUCCAUAUUUAGUUAUACAGCCUACAGUCCAAUAAUAGAAUGCCACUUGAGUUACAUAAAAUGAAAACACAAUGCCGUGACACUUUAACCACCUAUACCACUUUAGCUUAAUGAAGCGUGUUUGGUGUAUAGAUCAGUCCCUGCAUUCACAUCGCUUAUUUCUCUGACAUUUAGGAGUUAAAUCACUUUAUAUUUACAUCCCCAGUCACGCCUUCCUGGCGGUCAAUCACACAGACUCCCUACACACUUCCUGGAAAACGUCCUCAUUUCUGUAGCUACCCUGCGAUUGAAAAUCAAAGUGUUUUUUUUCAUGGAGGCUGUGACCCUAGAGGGGCAUGAUCUAUACACCAUAAAAAUAAACUGCUUCAUAAAACUAAAAUUGUGUUGGUGUUUAGUGUCCCUCAUUACCAUGUCUUAAUUGGCCGCUCCAUGUCUAAUCUAUAUUCUGACAAAGAUAUGAGAACGGACAAAAGCUUGAUACCUCAGUAGCUUGCCUUUCGGUUAGUCCCCGGUCAGGUCUCAAUGUCUAGUGCCAACAGCGUUCUUAACCACACACUGAUCAUUUUACAACAUAGUUCUACAAAUAUCUAACCAGAACUUCCUAUUUUAUUAAAAAAUACAAAUUACGCCGACGCUUGUAACAAAAAACAAUAAGUCCAGAAAUACCAAGUUCUGGCUUUACGUUGCCCUCCUGGUAUGCCGUUUUUCAGUUUGUCGGUCCUGUUGGCACUGAUCUUUGUUGUAUUCGAUGUGAGCUCUGCCAGUUUCCCAUCAUGCUCUAGGUGCGUUCCAUGGGGGAGAUUAACAGCUGGCCAUGUUUCUGGUAUACAAUUUGAAUUGUCAGCAAUUACUAGAACGUUCCAGCUGCUCAGACCAGCGUUUGUACGGCUUAUAUGGUGACGCUAAGGCUGAAAUUGUUUUUGUAUUUUUUGUUUUGGUUUUCAGGUUGAAAGUCAGAGGUAAGGUAUGCCAAGUGUCACCAGUGUCAAACUGAAAAUAUUCCUCUACUUCAGUCAAAGGGAAAAACCUUGCUGAAUUUCAUAACCUAUUAAAGUAAAGCUCUGUUAUGUACCACUGAUAUAUCUGUAUCCACUGUCUCUGGGAUUUUGGGUUAGGUUAUCGAACUGUUACCAAUCUCAUCCCUAAUUGCAGUUAUCUAAAAUCUGUCAGGACAUCCGUCAUUGUUCUCCAGCUCCCAUGGCCCCAUUGAAUCAAUCUCCACAUAUAGCAUUCAGUGCUUUCAUUGAGGGCUUUGGAGGGGAGGGGGCUCAGUGUGGGGGAUUGAUUUCGAAGGACCAAUGUGAUGUCACUGAUGCAGGCAGACAGUCUCCGUUCGCUGCUCUCUUAGUAUAUACUGAGAAGGGGAACAGAGAGGCUGUGCAAAUAUGUCUUUCUCUAACCAGCAGCCACCUUCUCUUAGUGAGUAUACUCAGCUUUGUAAACCCAGGAAAGCAGAGGACUGUUCCGAGACUUUUCAGAGCCACGAGUCGCCCAAGGAAUGUGCGAAAGCAGAGUAUGAAUGGCACAGGACAGAGGGCAAGCUGCAUGAGAUCGGUCUCAAUGUCAAUACAGGGGCACAGAUUAAAGAUGGGCUGGGGAAAAAUGCUGGCUUCACCGAUGAAGAUAAGCUGUGUUUCUUUGAGGGGAAGCCAGACAAAAACCUUCAGCUGGCACCUAAGGAGAAAAAGGAGGUUGAUGAGUUCAAUCUCCUGUACCAGGCAAACUCGGGGAAUGGAAUUUCUGAGAGUCUUCCAAGAGCCGGAGAAAUGUUUUCCUGUCCCAAAGCCUCGGACUUCCUGGGGCAGGCUGGACCCCAGAGACAGUUUGACCAGAUCGAAGCAAUAACUGACCAAGAAAAGGCAGCCAAUAAAUCCAGCACAGAGUAUGAACGCCAGCAAGAACAAAGCCUGUUCUCUCUGCUGGAUUGUGGGAGCGAGGUGCAAGUAUUGAAUCCAAACUUUAAUCUCCUGUCUAAUCACUCCACUUCCAAAGAGGUUGGCGGAGUCACCAGCAGUUAUCUACACACUGAGCCGAAAGCCAAGAAGGACACACCAACAACAGUGGUGGAGCUUGCUUCCGAAGACUUUAAACCAGAUCUGUCCAGUAACCGGAGUGAUCUCGAUGAAGACGGUUUUAUCUUGGACAUGGAUGAUAGAAUUGGUAGCCCAGAUGAGUGCACAUUACUAAAUAGAGCAUCUUAUCAGAGAAAAGCUAUAAGGCGUGCAAUGUCUGAGUGCUCUCACUUGGCAGUCCCCCCAGCUGUCAACAUUCCAGAUAAAUAUCCUGAGUCUCCUGGAAUUAAAGAAAAAUCAGCCCUACUUUCACCACCCUGCAUUCUGGAUUCUAACGCAAGUUUCACACCAAAAAGAAAUGCUAGCUCAAUGAAAAGAUCUAUGACUGUGGCAGAGGAGCAGAGUACAGGCUAUGAAUUUACAAGCCCUUCCAAAGAUGCCGAAUUCCCUUUGCGCCUCACAUCCCAAGUGGGAACAUUGAAGGAUGAAAAAAGGGAGGGGGGUCCCCUUAUCAAGGAGGAACGAAUUGCUCCAGACAUAAAUCUGACCAAGCUCGAAAAGAUCCCAGAGGCAAACAGCAGCAGUUUACAAGGGGUUACUGCCAUUAUAAACUCCACCAAGUCUUCCAUUCCAUGCACGAAUGACCAGGACAAGAAUGGUGAACUCAAAAUCCUGGAAAAGCCAAGCAACCAUCACCAAGAGGAGAAAGAAACUAAAGCAGCACACUUGCAGACCCAGCAGCCAUCACUAGGAGAGGAGAGUCCUCUUCAUGGUAUGUGUCGUCUUAGCUUGGGCCCAACCACAAGAUCAGUACACCAGAGCCUUAAUCUCACAGGGCUUUGAGGCAGGGAUCUGGUAAAUGGAUGAUAUUUCAUUAUGUUCUGGAAAAAUUGAUUAAAUGUAACAGUUUUCGUUUGACACAACAGUAGGGUUUGUGAACUCUAACAAAGCCUGCUUGCUUACAACCUAAAGUUAACGUAUGGGUGAGAAAUCAUAAGGCAGGUCCUUAGAUCUUGUAGGACUACUCCCAACUGAAAAAUUUUAAUUUCACUUUCAUUUCACACUUUAGAGAGUAACCCAGAGAGUACACAUGUGUUUAAAAGACUGAGAAUUGCAGAUCUAGGCCGGUUAGAUUGCAGUUUUUAUAGGUAUUAUUAGUGUGACCCUGAGAAGCUGGAUUUGAUAACUUGGUCCUUUGGGAUUUCAUUCUGAGUGGAAUGUCCUUCAGUCAUUCAGUGACUGAGCUGGUAGGGUGACUUAAUAUAAUAAUUAACCCACAUAUGAACACUUAAAGGGGUUAAAUAAACGUAGAGUACUCAAAUUUCCAUAUUCUUAUGUCUGGAUCACAUAUUUCUUUGGAUAUUUUCUUGUGUAUUAAACGUUGGGAUUUUCAGAGACAUUCAGUAAAACCUUCUCCAAGGUUACUUCAUUGCUCUGUGAAGUUGCUGCCGGCCUUACGAAAGUGUCCGUUAAUGUCAAAGUAUAACCCGUAGACCAGUGGGAGACAGGAGAUUCAACCUGCCAGAUGUGUUGCAAGUGUCAAUAAAGACACUCCUGGCAUUUUUGGCACCUUUAGGAAUCACUUGAAUCCGUUUUAAUGGGUGCUCCCAAAAGCCAUCUCUUCAAUGCUGUUAGUCCGUAUCGUGCUCCCAUAUGUCAUCUCUUUAGUGACACUAGUCAAUAUAGCUUCUCCCAUACUCCAUCUCGUCAAUGCUGCCAGUCAAUAUGGCUGCUUCCCUUCUCCCUCAGUGGAGAAUAAGAGAUGGCCUGAUGCAGUAUUGAAAAAGCUAAAUCUUAAUGUGUUUCUGCUGCUGCGUAUUGCAUUGACAUGGCACUCUGUAAAACGAUUGAUCUUUAAUGUCUGGUGAUGGUGGUCUUUGGCAUGGAUUCCUUGUUUAUAUGAUAUCUGCAGGCCAUGACUGGAGCAGUGAGGGAUUCAGACAUGUCUUGUAUUAAGGUCAGACGGAGCGUGCAAUGUAGCUCUCGUAGACAGAGGCGCACUGUCACCUCUCAUUGUGCAUGUUGACUAUGGAGUUUUUGACCUUUUUAGCAUUCUGUGAAGUGGAAGGAAUUGUUUGUGACGAGCUCUUUGGUUAACGUUUAUUUUCCUUUUGUCUAACUCUGAUAGCACAUUGAGGGAAUGAACGUAUGUCUGUACGCAUGGUGUGUUAUACCCACACUGGCCGGCUUUCCUGUUAACUGACUGCAUUGAUUCACUCAAUCCAUUUCUAACUUCAUGCUUUGUAUGUUAACCCCACACACUCACCUUGGCCAGUUCUCCUGCUUGUCUUGUGAUCCUUCGUUUAUACAUUAAACCUCACAGAAGACCGGUUCCAUACUGAAUGGGUUGUUGGGGGACGUGACAUUUUGCCGUCCAUAAAUGCAUUAGAAAAAGGUGGAAUGAUUUACUUUUCGUGGUUAGAGACCAAUUGAUGGAUGACCUUUGGAGUUCUGUCCUCCUUUUAAUCAAACCUGAUCUUUUGAAAGUGACAGUGGCCACACUAGCACUAUCACAUUGUUAAUGCUGCCUGCUGUCAAAGUCCCGUUCUGGCCUGAUCAGUGUGUAUAGUGAAUGCAGAGUGUGUGUGACGGUUACCCCUAUGGAGUAGGGUAUCUACCAUCUGGGCGUCCUCCUUCCCAGUACUAGAGACCCCGGCAGAGCUCCAACUGAAGGUCCUUUAGAGUGGGUAGAGCGGGGCCCCCUCUGCCAGGAGGGUAUAGCUGGGGCUCUCUUUCCAGAAGGUGUAGCAGGGUAGCUGGAGAGAGCUCUUAUAAGAGCUAGUAGUGAUUAUAGCUGGCAAGCAGGCUUCCCCAGAGGCAAAUGGCAGUUUGGCACAUGGCAAGCCAGAGGAACAGGGCAGUUUGGCACAUGGCAAGCCAGAGGAACAGGGCAGUUUGGCACAUGGCAAGCCAGAGGAACAGGGCAGUUUGGCACAUGGCAAGCCAGAGGAACAGGGCAGUUUGGCACAUGGCAAGCCAGAGGAACAGGGCAGUUUGGCACAUGGCAAGCCAGAGAAACAGGGCAGUUUGGCACACCGGUUUUAAAAGGACAGAUUCUUUCCCAGCAGAGUUAAAGGGCCAGACAUAGUUUUUAACAUCCAAGAUGCAGAAAUGGAGUUUGUAACAGGUAAUGCACUCCAGAGGCCAUAGUCCCAGGGUAACCAGAGUCUAGGAGCGUGUUCUUGGUUGGAAUACAAUGCUAGUACCGUGAUCCACACCAUAGCCACUGUGAGAAAAAUCACCAUAGCAACAAGGGAUUUUGUUACAUCUUACCGUGUAGGAGAGUACAGUGUAUUCCGCUCCUCCAAACCCUCGGCGCUAGCAGAGGAAGCCAUUUAACUUGCUAUAUAGACUGGUCCCACACUGUGUGACAUUGUUUUAUUUGUAUGUGUUAGUGACGGUGUAUUUAUGUAUGUAACCCAGAUUAUAUAGUGUUAUAUGUACUGGUUGUGCUGGUGAUGGCCACAUGCAGUCUAUAUAACGCAGCACAAAACGAACGCUAACAUACACAUAAAGCUUCAUUUCAUUGCAGAGGGCAGGGUUUGAUCCUGACACAUGCAUGAACCAUUCUCUGCAUUAACCCUAUGAGUGCAAUGUUAAGCAUGUCUCUGGCCCAUAAUGAGGUAAAAAUAUACUUACCUGCGUCUGUUCACCAGUAUCCCUUUCUUACUAAAUUUGUUGUUUUCUUAGGAAAACCUGAAAUUGUUGAAACCCCUCCAGUUACUACAGCUAAUGACAUCACAGCGCCACCGAACAAGGAGCUCCCAGCAAGUCCAGAGAAAAAAGUGAAGGUUCGUCUGUCUAUAAUGCUUUAACGAUGAUAGUGUAUGCUAUGAUCCUUUAUUAAACAGCAGUGUGCUGGAUAGUCCUGGAAUAAUAAAAUACUGAUACGCUAGGCAUUAAGGAUCCUGUUUGAAAGCUAACUAUGGACCAUGUGCUAACAGUAUUUAAAGAACGGUUUGUGUUUAACGUGGACAGACCGGCUGAUAAGAGGGGAUCGGGCAGCAGUAAAGGAUUAGUUAGUAUUGUUGGUGUAAUACAAAUGCGAGUAGACUGAGCCUCCUGUUCUAUAGGGAACAUGACUAUAAGAGUGGACAGCUGUAGUUAGUAUAUAUAAUAGACAUGACCCGUAUAGGAGAUUGCUGUAGGAGACAGAAAUGGCUGUAGAGUUGUUGUGGACACAAGUGGUAAAUGUGCAUAUAGGAGAGAACCCACGAGCACUCACAAGCUAGAUGAAAAGUGGGUUAUUUGUAAAAAUAGGUUCUGUCUAAAGGAGUAAUUUGGUCCUGACACACAGCUGGAAUUCUUUCCCAGGUAAUUACAGUAUGAAAACAUGUUCAUAUUGUGUCCUAUAUGCCGUAUCUGCUAGCACUGAUGUUCCAUAAAGGGUUAUACUGCACAGAGUGCUGGAUUACAACCGUACCUGGCUUCUUCUAGUCUGAGUAUCUUGGACAAUGUUUACAUUCUGCUUAUUUUUGGUAGAGCCUGAUGGGUGUAAGAGUUCAGCUGUUUACCUUCGUGGGAGGCCUCUGCUUAAACACAAUUGAACUGUUGCACUUUGUUUAAAACCUUGAUAAUUAUAGUGUGUGUAUUGUUUUGUUUGUUAAUUUUGUUUUCUUAUCACAGCAUAAAUAUAAUAUUUUUGGGGGUGAUUGGUAUUGUAGCUCUGACGCCCACCAGACUCUACUAUUUAAAACCAUACAAUGCUUUACAUUCAUUUAAAAUACUUUCAAUUAUAUUACACAAUCACUGUUUAGUACUCCCCUGUAUUUGGUAUACACGCAAAACUAUUGGAGUAAAAAAAGUAAAUUUUUUUUUUUUUUAUAUAAAUGAAAUGCCAGUUUUAACUGGCAAAUUACACCCGAAAAUGAGAAAUGUGAAUUAAUUUUCCUGUUAGAAUUGUUUUCUCAUGGGAGAGACCAGCUGUAAAGACACUGUUUGCUAGCUGUACCUGGGAUGUAAUUCUAAAAAUGGACAAACAAACUACAUUAACUAUGCUUCCUAUGCUCUAACAUCACCUUCUCAGUAAUAAAUGGUUCGAGCCCUCCCUGGGCUAUUCCUCUCAGUAACCUGUGAUUAAAUCCCCCCAUUCCUGGGUUAUUCCUCUCUGUGACCUGUGAUUAAAUUCCCGGGUUAUUCCUCUCUGUGACCCAGGAUUAAAUUUCCCUUCCUGGGUUAUUCCUCUGUGACCUGUGAUACUCUUCCUGGGUUAGUUCCUCUCUGUGACCUGUGAUUAAAUUCCUCCCCUUCCUAAGUUAUUCUCUGUGACCUGUGAUUAAAUCCCCCCCUUUCCUGGGUUAUUCCUCUCUGUGACCUGUGAUUAAAUCCCCCCCUUUCCUGGGCUAUUCCUCUGUGACUUGUAAUUAAAUCCCCCCUUCCUCAGUUAUUCCCUCUGUGACCUGUGAUUAAAUCCCCCCUUCCUGGGUUAUUCCUCUGUGACCUGUGAUUAAUUCCCCCUCCCCUUCCUGGGUUAUUCCUCUCUGUGACCUGUGAUUAAUUCCCCCCUUCCUGGGUUAUUCCUCUCUGUGACCUGUGAUUAAAUCCCCCCUUCCUGGGUUAUUCUUCUCUGUGACCUGUGAUUAAAUCCCCCCUUCCUGGGUUAUUCCUCUCUGUGACCUGUGAUUAAAUCCCUCUUUCGAUUUGCCUCUAACAUCUACCUAUAAGGAUCUAUCUAUGAAUUAUCCUUCGGAUACCGCUCUGCUCUGGAACAUUUCCCAUGUUUUGCGGUCACACCAUUUGUUCUUUUUGUUUUGCUUUUUUACAGAAUACUCCUAGAAUUAUUCACCAAGGUGUCCUGGGAAUUCAAAGUGAAUUUCAGAUUUUAGGGCAAAAAAAAAUCUAUUUCCAAUUUGAGUCAAAAGAGGGGUAGUAAAAGGUCAGAAUAAACUGCCCUUGAAGUCAAAAAGAGGACUAGAUGGGUAAAUCAUUCAAGAGGAAAAAAUAAAAGUUCUUAAAGCAGGUUCAUUGAGCGCGAGAACCCAAGCGUCACCCAGAUACCAAAACCACCAAAGAUUUAGCCAUACGAGAAGUAAUGAACUUCAUCUAAAGUAUUUUAAUGUUUAUUCAGUAUUGUACGUUAGACACAUGAUUAUACACUCAACGUGAAACCAAAGAAAAAUGUGCAAGUGAUUUAAAAAAGAGAAGUCUGUGGAGCCUGCCUGAUAUGUCCUAUGUAUAGCUGCUAUAGAAUACCCAGGUACUAAUAGCUAUUCAGAUUCCCAAUGUUUUAAAUACAAAGGUAGCUACUAGGGCAAUUUUGUAACAACAUCAAUCAGGUCAGUCAAUAAAUACACGAGAUCUUAAAGUAUCUAUAGUAGCAAUGCAGCUAGAGCAGGUAUAAGGAUUGGAGUAGACCGCUACAGAAGGGCACAGAGUUGGGGUGUUGGAGAUGAAUUCCUAAUAAGUAUAAUAGCUGAAAGGAGGGAAUAGAAGGAAAAAUAGGGAGCAAAAGAUAAAUUGCCCCUCCCAACCUUAUCAAACAUGAAACUCAAAAAUCCGAGUGUGGGGGAGGUAAGGGUUACCAAUCUCCCCCUUUUUAUUUGAUUAUCUCUUAGAUAUAGCUUAGGUGUAAAGCAAAGUAUCUGGGAACAGUGUGGAGCCUAAGUGGGUGUAGUGAGACAGUAAUCUCCCCACCAGGACCAAAACCUGCCGUUUCACCAGUAAAAUACUAGAACACUGUGCGUGGGUAUUUCUCCCCACACUGCCUGAUAGUCAGAUUGCCAAACUACCCCAAUUACAAUGUCCAGUAUAGAGCAUUCCUAGACCAGCCCGGCAGUAAACUAGCUGUUCCAAAGCAGAAGUGUAGUAAUCCUGCUCCAUAGAAAACCCUAUAAAGUUAAAAAAAACGGCAGCGUCUUGGCUAUUUUUUUUUUUUUUUUUUAUUUUUUUUUAUAUUUCCAAUUUAACCUAAAAAUUUAGGCCAAUAUACCCAGUUUGAACUCUUUGAAUUCUCCACAAUUCCCACUUUUGUGAAUAACUGUUUACUCUAUAUAUUCUAGUCAUUUGUUUUCAGCUAAUAAUUGGUUCUGCUUUCUGUUUUAUUUUGUUCUGCAUUGCUUAAGCCUUGUGUUUGCUUCAACAUAUCGUUUUACGUUCUGAUUAGACAUUUCUUUUUGCAUGUGUUUGCUUGUGUUUUUGUUUGUUUUUUGCCAAUGUUAAGGUUUCCACUACAACACUCUCAAGCAAGUCUGCAGCAGCUAAAGGCAAACCCAGCACCGGGCCUAGCCCCAAGAAACCAGUGUCCUCCACACCCACCCCUAAAAAACCACCUAGCCCCGCUCUUGCUCAGGGCUCCACCUCCACCCCCAGGCGUCCCUUGGGAAGCGCAGGCCGGCCCUCAAGUCUCACCCCUAAAGACUCAAAAGAUAUAAAGCCAAAGGUAAGAAGGGCGAGGAGGGGGCUUAUACACUGUUUCAUAUUUCCGUUACACAAGUCCAUAAAAUGGACGUCUCAUUGCACUGGACUCUCUUCGUCUCCCACAAUUGUCAGCAGCCUCUUUAUAGUGUAACUGUUUAACCCUUUAACUCCUGUAAUGCAUUUUUAUUCUUUGCUUUUGGAUCCUGGUGUACCUUUAAACAGUCUGGCUGUCCGUGGCACUCGCAGUGUACAUUCAUCCAUUCUGUGGCUACAUUUAGCUGCCGUGCCACCAAUUUCCAACACUUUAUUGGGGCGAUGUUAAACCGGUAUGGAGUGCAUUAAAUCCAGGCUGCUUACUCUGUGUGCUCCUGCGACCUCUCAGAUUGGAACUGGAGCUGUGAAACCACUGGUUUCUGAGGAUUUGGAUUCUUUGUGAGAUACAACACAAGCCAGCAGUUCUAUUUAUAGAACGAUAUACUGCCACGACUUCCAUAAAGCUAUUCUGUUUUUUUUUUUUUUAACAUAUUCAUUGCGUUUAUGGCCGUGCAGGGCUUUCUCCAUGCCACACAGUAUACAGCCUGUAUGGAGAGUGUAUGGGCAUUUUGAUGGGUUAAUAUUGUAAUGCACGCCGUGUAUCCCAGAAACCAGAGGACAUUUUAAACGUUUUGUUUUUUUCCCUCGGUUUUCCAGGAUGACUGUUAGAGAAUUACACCCUUGAAUUAAACCGGUCACCAAUUCUGACCUCUCACAGAACAAACAGAAAUUGGUGGAAAGUUCUAAGUGAAACAAUCGUCUGGAAAAUUGACUUGGUUUCCAUGGAGACUGCUCAGGUUUGCUUAUUUUACGGAUCCUUCAUAGUCUAAGUGCAUUCUGUGAAUAAGUAAUUCAGUUUUCCUGACAAUUCUUUCACUAGAACAUUUCAGUAAACCGGACGACGUGGACAUUUUAUAAGCUAAUGGGAAAUUUAGUCCAAUGUAAAUGGGGGGGUGGAGAAUCACCAACUCCACUUUUUUCUGCUCUGCGGUUUUGGCCGUAACCGUUUAUAAUUCUGUAUAAUCUCCACAAUUCCCAUUUCAGAGGAUAAAUCCCAUUUAGUUCUGUGAGGUUUCUGUGGGUUCGGAUGGCACGUGCAUGUUCAACAGGCAACACAUAAUGUCAGCAGGGCCCAUAGCUGUAAGGUCUAAUAAUGUGCAGCACCCCCUGGGUGAAUAGUGCAGCUGCACUUACAGCCAAGCUGUCUUAGACUUGCUUUCUCUCCUGUGGUCAAAGGACCCUUGAAAGCAUUCCGAAUAACACAUAGCGCUACCUGCAGGAUCUUUCCUUGCUUUCUCUCAUGUGGUCGAAUGAUUCUUGGAAACAUUCUGAAUAACACACAGAGCUAUCUGCUGGAUUCCUAAUAAAACACAGCGCUACUUGCGGGAUCUUUCCUUGCUUUCUCUACUGUGGUCGAAUGACCCUUGGAAACAUUCCGAAUAACACACAGCGCUACCUGCGGGAUCUUUCCUUGCUUUCUCUCCUGUGGUCGAAUGACCCUUGGAAACAUUCCAAAUAACACACAGCGCUACCUGCGGGAUCUUUCCUUGCUUUCUUUCCUGUGGUCGAAUGACCCUUUGAAACAUUCCGAAUAACAGACAGCGCUACCUGCGGGAUCUUUCUUUGCUUUUACCCAGUUUUAGAUCCUUUCUAGAUCUCCUGGUGAGAGCGCAAUCUAUAAAUGAGAUUAUUGGCUAACACUGUUUUAUAGAAACAAAUCCACUUCUGCACAGAUUUCUCACCGAAGCCUCAAUGGAGCAGUCAUGCCCACUUCAUGCAAUUCACUGCAAGAAGCUGUCAUCCCCAGACAGAGAGCGCCAUUGUACAGCUGUAGUGUGUAUGGAACGAGUGUGGAGAUAUUAACAGGGUCCACUUAACACAUUAUGCCAAAUUAUUUUGCUCUUUGUACAAAUUGCCCAAUACAAAUCUAUUUUGUCAGAGCACUGAAUAUGCAUUUGACAUCACCCUAUAGGGAUUCCCUGCGUAGUUUUCACAGCCUGUGGGAUAACGCCUAAAACUUUUAUUUCGCAGAGUCCUGUGAAGAGUCCAGAUAAGAAACCAGCUACUACUAAACCUCUGACUUUAUCCACCCCUCGCUCUUCAGUGAAGGCCAGCCCUGCUACCACCAAGGUCACAUCAUCUGCACCUCCAGCAGACGGAACAGCAGCAACUAAACCGAAUGGCACCCCAAAACGACCAGUCGGUAAGUAACCUAUUGUAAUGACUUAACAUUGUCCAGGGGGGCACACUCACACAGAUAGUGGCUGUAUUCCCCAAAUUCCCGAAAUUAACUCCAAAAUCCUCCGCAAGCCUUUUCCUCCGUGAGCUUUAGGUGUUCUUACUGUUUAGCAAUCUAAAGCAAGGCGGACAUCACCUAGACUAUCAAACUGUGAUCCCUGCCUGCGCCACCAUAACUAUUAAUAUCCUUCUAUAUAAAACUCUCAAUAUUGUGUACAGCACUGACUAAUUUUAAACCAAUAAUGCUUUAAUAUUCUCUCCUCUUUUACAUAGAAACAUAGAAUGUGACGGCAGAUAAGAACCAUUCAGCCCAUCUAGUCUGCCCAAUUUUCUAAAUACUUUCAUUAGUCCCUGGCCUUAUCUUAUAGUUAGGAUAGCCUUAUGCCUAUCCCACGCAUGCUUAAACUCCUUUACUGUGUUAACCUCUACCACUUCAGCUGGAAGGCUAUUCCAUGCAUCCACUACCCUCUCAGUAAAAGUAAUACUUCCUGAUAUUAUUUUUAAACCUUUGUCCCUCUAAUUUAAGACUAUGUCCUCUUGUUGUGGUAGUUUUUCUUCUUUUUAAAUAUAGUCUCCUCCUUUACUGUGUUGAUUCCCUUUAUAUAUUUAAAUGUUUCUAUCAUAUCCCCCCUGUCUCGUCUUUCCUCCAAGCUAUACAUGUUAAUAUCCUUUAACCUUUCCUGGUAAGUUUUAUCCCGCAAUCCAUGAACCAGUUUAGUAGCUCUUCUCUGAACCCUCUCUAAGGUAUCAAUAUCCUUCUGAAGAUACGGUCUCCAGUACUGUGUACAAUACUCCAAGUGAGGUCUCACCAGUGUUCUGUAUAAUGACAUGAGCACUUCCCUCAUUCUACUGCUAAUACCUCUCCCUAUACAACCAAGCAUUCUGCUAGCAUUUCCUGCUGCUCUAUUACAUUGUCUGCCUACCUUUAAGUCAUCAGAAAUAAUCACCUCUAAAUCCCUUUCCUCAUAGGUUGAGGUUAGGACUCUAUCAAAUAUUCUGUACUCUGCCCUUGGGUUUUUACGUCCAAGAUGCAUUAUCUUGCACUUAUCCACAUUAAAUGUCAGUUACCACAAUUCUGACCAUUUUUCUAGUUUACCUAAAUCAUUUGGCUUAUCCCUCCUGGAACAUCAACCCUGUUACAUAUCUUAGUAUCAUCAGCAAAAGACAUACCUUACCAUCAAGACCUUCUGCAAUAUCACUAAUACAAAUAUUAAAGAGAAUGGGUCCAAGUACAGAUCCCUGAGGUACCCCACUGGUGACAAGUCCAAGCUUCAAAUAUAUUCCAUUAACUACAACCCUCUGUUGCCUGUCACUUAUCCACUGCCUUACCCAUUCAACAAUAUUGGAAUCCAAAGUUAAAGAUUGCAGUUUAUUGAUAAGCCGUCUAUCUGCAACAGUGUCAAAAGCCUUACUGAAAUCUAGGUAAGCAAUGUCUACUGCACUACCCUGAUCUAUAAUUUUAGUUACCCAAUCAAAAAAAAUCAAUAAGAUUAGUUUGGCAUGAUCUCCCUGAAGUAAACCCAUGUUGUCUCUGAUCUUGAAAUCCAUGUGUUUUUAGAUGUUCAACAAUCCUAUCCUUAACAUGGUUUCCAUCACUUUCCCCACUACUGAAGUAAGGCUUACUGGCCUAUAGUUGCCCGACUCCUCCCUAUUACCUUUCUUGUAAAUGGGCACAACAUUCGCUAACUUCCAACUCUUCUGGGACUACUCCUGUUAACAAUGAUUGGUUAAAUAAAUCUGUUAAUGGUUUUGCUAGUACACCACUAAGCUCUUUUAAUAGCUUUGGGUGUAUUCCAUCAGGUCCCAUUGACUUAUUUGUCUUUACUUUUGACAGUUGAAAUAGAACCUCUUCCUCUGUAAACUCACGCGUAAUAAAUGACUCAUUUAUCCUUUUUCUCAACUGAGGUCCUUUUCCUUCAUUUUCAUCUGUAAAUACAGAACAAAAAUAUUCAUUGAGGCAGUCAGCUAGACCUUUAUCCUCUUCUACAUACCUUCCUUAUUUUGUUUUUAAUCUAACUAAUCCUUGUUUUACUUUUCUUUUCUCAUUUAUGUAUCUAAAAAAUGUUUUAUCCCCCUUUUUUACUGACUGUGCUAUUUUGUCUUCUGUGUGUGAUUUGGAAGCUCUUAUAACUUGCUUAGCCUCUUUCUGCCUAAUCUUAUAGAUCAUUUUGUCUUCCUCACUCUGGGUUUUUUUUAUAAUUCCUAAAUGCUAACUUUUUGUUUUUAACUAUUUUGGCCACAUCUGCGGAGUACCACAGUGGUUUCUUGAAUUUUUUGCUUUUACUGACAAGCCUAAUGCAAUUUUCUGUUGCCUUCAAUAGUGCAACUUUUAAAUAAUCCCAUUUCUCUUUAUUUACCGUAUUUGUGUGACCUGCAUUUAUUUUAUGUGGUAUUUCUUUUCUACACUUUACCAAAUAUUUCCAUAUUCACAAAGAAACAAAACCUAAAAAAGCUAAACUGCUGGUCUGGAUAUACUGACCCUGCCUUUAUUAUUAGCUCAUACUUAAAAUGUUUAUCAAAUGAAACAUGGCUGUGAUUCCACUAGAAAACAUUCACCUGUUAACAUUUACAGCGUGAAGAAUGAGUUACUCAUUUUCAAUGGAUUUUGUGUAAUGUCUACAAUCGGACAUAUUGUGACUAGCCCAGCUAUGCUACAAGCAGCCUUUACUUUAGGUGUGAUUAGGAUCAAUUUCAGGUCAAUGAUGCUUUGAUAAGAGAUGCUUGGGUUUAUUAAAUUGGAACUAAAGGGAAUGGCUGAAUUCGCGUUUUUAUUUCUGAAUUGGCUAAUUUGACAUUAAAUGGAUACACUAAAACUGCUAAAGUUGGUGCUUGGUGUAUAGAUCAUGCCUCUCUAGUCUCACUGCUCAAUUCUCUGCCAUUAACCCCUUAAGACCGGAGGGCAUACUAUUACGCCCUAUUAUAGGCGGCUCUAAACGCCGCCGGGCGUUUAAUUUAGUUUUAAAUUAAGUUUUUAAGGGGUUAAUUCACUUUUGCUUUCGUUUAUGCAGCCCUAGCCAAACCUUCCCUGGCUGGGACACGCAUAACCUGCAUGAAAACAAAAUGGUUUCAUUUUCAACCAGAACUGACAGCACAGUGUGUUUACUUUUGACUUGUUUGUUGCUCCUAUGGGUUCUAGUAGUCUAUUAACUGGUCAGGUGAUAAGACAUUUUAAAAUAAACAGAAUGUGCUUUUAAGGAAGCUUAAACCUUUUUUUUUUAUAUAUUUUUACAGAAAGCGUGUUGGGAGACUGUUUAUACAGUUCUUGCCACACCUCCCUGCAUGUGACUUACAAAAAGUGAUUUAACUCCUAAAUGGAAGAGAAUUGAGUAGUGAGACUGCAGGAGAAUGGUCUAUACACCAAAACUGCUUUAAGAUAACGUAUUGAUGCCUAUUGUGUCUCUUUAAGUUUUGAGUUUGGUUUUAUUUUCUACUAAAGGAUAUAGUCAAUAAACAUAACAUAUAUAUUUGUAGUGGUUAAAUGCGUUGUCAAUGUAUUGACAAUUCUCUUUAGAACAUGUAGUUCAUGCUCUAACCCUACAGUUUAAGAUUUGGCUGUGUCAAUGGGAGAUGUACAAUCUGAAGCGGAAUAAUAAAGUGUAUCCCAAAAAGGAAUUGGUCCAUUGCUAAUGAUUUGUAUUCAAAUACAGGAAGAUAAACCAAUGUAUGUUCUUGAGAACAUGAAGAAUCCGGGUCAAAAUCAAAAACAACAAAGCUUUAAUUGUUAUAGAUUCAAUAAUUCAUAUCAAAGUGCUGAUGGUGAACAAACAGAGCUAGAGUUGCUAGUUGCUCUAAAAGAUUAGCUAAUCUGUAGCACUACAUUUAGUGUAUUGGGGAAAAUCUCAGGAGCUUCAAAUAACAUGAUCAUUAGAUCUAAUUCUAAAGCUAAGAAACCCUGAUUGAAAUGUAUAUCCUACAGAGUCACCCCGUGUGAGAUUUUCCCAGAUAUGUCUUUGCCCCUCUAACAAUUAAAGCUUUUUUUAAUUUUUGAUUUUGACCCUGAUUCUUCAUUUUCUCAAAAACAUACAUCUUAUUAACUGUGGCGAAAGUAACUUUGCCACUGGUUACUGGAGGGGACUGUUUGCCAGCCUCAGGACUAUGGGCCAUGCAAAAAGGCUUAUAAAAGACCUUGUUCGUGCCUUUUUGCUAUUCUGUUCGGUAGUUUGCAUUCUCCUCCUAUUCUAACAUUAUCCCGUUUGACUACCAAACAACCGCACAAACCAGGGGCCACCCGGGAGCUUGUUAACACCUAUUAACAGAACGGUUCUCACCGCAGUGUUCUAAUUGUUCAUCUGGGUGGCUGCAAUUCCUAGGGACAACCACAAGGUGGCGGCCAUCUUGUUCGCAUGAACGCAGGCAGCUGUGUUUGGUUAUGGAUCUAAUGGAACUAAAAUAGGACACAAACUGCUGAACACCGCUGGACUUCCAUCAUCGCCUGCGUUCAGUUCUAUACAAUUUAGAAGGGCACUGUUCGGUGAAAUCAUUAGUGUGGAUGAGGGGAACAAGCUCCAGGGUAAGAACAUUGACUAUUUUCGGUAGUUUGUUCAUUUUCUAACUACCGAACUAGACCAACCGCAAGCCCUGAUUCUAUGGAAUUGUUUUGGGCAUGGUACCAUGCGUGCAGUCGGUCAAAUAAAUUAAUCCCAGGAAAUCCUGAACCCCUGAGCUUAUCUGGGUGAUUUUUAGAUAGCCCUGAUCUGGGUGACCAAUAUAUCAGGGGAUGUAACCUUUGUAGGGGUUUUGUAUGCUUUAUAGGUAUAUUUAUUAAAAAGUGCUUGACUCCAUUAUCUCCCAGGUACCGAGGAGGGAUUGAUCUAUUAUGUGUGGGGGUUUCGUGGAUCUGAGAGCCAAUGUAAUUGUGUAUUUGUUUAUACUGUGGUUUACAGGUCCAGGGGGGAGUGCUCCUUGCAUGGGGACUUGCAUAUAAGGCCAGUUGUGGCUACCAUUAAACGAGUUCCUGCUUACCCUCAACAUAGUCAUCUCUCCUGUGUGGGGGAAACGCCUGUAUGUACCCCGGGGAUUGCUAUAUCUCUAUACUCCCCUGGGAUUAUAAUCACUAGCUCUUUUAAGAGCAUAUUGCUACACUCUUGGAGGAGAGAUCUGCCCACUGGAAGACCCCAAACAAGCUGUAACGCUGGAAGUGGGGACUACAGUGCUGAUGGUUUCUGGUGGAGUGCUUGGAGUACUCGGUGAGAACUAGGAGCAUCGAUUGGCGGAGGCACCCAGUCAUUCACAUUAACUAUCUAUACUAUCUGUAUAUGAAUACCAAUAAUUAGCAAUCGACUAAUUCCUUUUUGGGAUACUUUUUUAUUAUUCCGCUUCAGUUUUUGUCUGUUGAAUUCCCCCUAUUGAAUAGUGUUCCCUGAAAUAUUUGGCUCGUUAUUUUUUUCUUUUCUUCAGAGAUGUAGAUUCCCCUCGUUAUCUAAUCCCCUUUAUUCACAGCCACCAAGAAUGAUGUGAAAUCCACAGAAUUCAAGAAAACCACUACUACGAAAUCUCCUACAGGUAGGAAAUGGGCUCCAUCAGUUACUGAUUAAUACUUAUUAGUUAGUAUGGGAACACUUCUUUCCAUAUCCUGAGCUUUUUUUAAAAAAAAUUAUCUCUCCUUUUCUUCCCACAUUCUCUUGGCACGAAGUUGCUUACACACGUUAGAUGCACUGUGUAGGUUAGGUUACAGUUAGUUAUACUAGGUGGGUUUAUAUUAUUAAAGGAACACUCCAGGCUCCCACACACAUUAGAUGCACUGUGUAGGUUAGGUUACAGUUAGUUAUACUGGGUGGGUUUAUAUUAUUAAAGGGACACUCCAGGCACCCACACACGUUAGAUGCACUGUGUAGGUUAGGUUACAGUUAGUUAUACCGGGUGGGUUUAUAUUAUUAAAGGGACACUCCAGGCUCCCGCACACGUUAGGUGCACUGUGUAGGUUAGGUUACAGUUAGUUAUACCGGGUGGGUUUAUAUUAUUAAAGGGACACUCCAGGCUCCCACACACGUUAGGUGCACUGUGUAGGUUAGGUUACAGUUAGUUAUACUGGGUGGGUUUAUAUUAUUAAAGGGACACUCCAGGCUACCACACACGCUAGAUGCACUGUGUAGGUUAGGUUACAAUUAGUUAUACUGGGUGGGUUUAUAUUAUUAAAGGGACACUCCAGGCUCCCACACACAUUAGAUGCACUGUGUAGGUUUGGUUACAGUUAGUUAUACUGGAUUGGUUUAUAUUAUUAAAGGGACACUCCAGGCUCCCACACACGUUAGAUGCACUGUGUAGGUUAGGUUACAGUUAGUUAUACUGGGUGGGUUUAUAUUAUUAACGGGACACUCCAGGCUCCCACACACGUUAGAUGCACUGUGUAGGUUAGGUUACAGUUAUACUGGGUGUGUUUAUAUUAUUAAAGGGACACUCCAGGCUCCCACACACGUUAGAUGCACUGUGUAGGUUAGGUUACAGUUAGUUAUACUGGGUGGGUUUAUAUUAUUAAAUGGACACUCCAGGCUUCCACACAUGUUUGGUGCACUGUCUAGGUUAGGUUACAGUUAGUUAUAUUGGGUGGGUUUAUAUUAUUAAAUGGACACUCCAGGCUCCCUCACACGUUAGGUGCAAUGUGUAGGUUAGGUUACAGUUAGUUAUACUGGGUGGGUUUAUAUUAUUAAAGGGACACUCCAGGCUCCCACACACGUUAGAUGCACUGUGCAGGUUAGGUUACAGUUAGUUAUACUGGGUGGGUUUAUAUUAUUAAAGGGACACUCCAGGCUCACACACACAUUAGAUGCACUGUGUAGGUUAGGUUACAGUUAGUUAUACUGGGUGGGUUUAUAUUAUUAAAGGGACACUCCAGGCUCCCACACAAGUUAGAUGCACUGUGUAGGUUAGGUUACAGUUAGUUAUACUGGGUGGCUUUAUAUUAUUAAAGGGACACUCCAGGCUCCCACACCCGUUAGGUGCACAGUGUAGGUUAGGUUACAGUUAGUUAUACUGGGUGGGUUUAUAUUAUUAAAGGGACACUCCAGGCUCCCACACACGUUAGAUGCACUGUGUAGGUUAGGUUACAGUUAGUUAUACUGGGUGGGUUUAUAUUAUUAAAGGGAUACUCCAGGCUCCCACACACGUUCGCUGCACUGUGUAGCUUAGGUUACAGUUGGUUAUACUAGGUGGGUUUAUAUUAUUAAAGGGACACUCCAGGCUCCCACACACGUUAGAUGCACUGUGUAGGUUAGGUUACAGUUAGUGAUACUGGGUGGGUUUAUAUUAUUAAAGGGACACUCCAGGCUCCCACACACGUUAGGUGCACUGUGUAGGUUAGAUUACAGUUAGUUAUACUGGGUGGGUUUAUAUUAUGAAAGGUACACUCCAGGCUCCCACACACGUUAGAUGCACUGUGUAGGUAGGUUACAGUUAGUUAUACUGGGUGGGUUUAUAUUAUUAAAGGGACACUCCAUGCUCCCACACACGUUAGAUGCACUGUGUAGGUUAGGUUACAGUUAGUUAUACUGGGUGGGUUUAUAUUAUUAAAGGGACACGCCUGGCUCCCACACACGUUAGAUACACUGUGUAGGUUAGGUUACAGUUAUACUGGGUGGGUUUAUAUUAUUAAAGGGACACUCCAGGCUCCCACACACGUUAGGUGCACUGUGUAGGUUAGGUUACAGUUAGUUAUACUGGGUGGGGUUAUAUUAUUAAAGGGAUACUCCAGGCUCCCACACACGUUAGGUGCACUGUGUAGGUUAGGUUACAGUUAGUUAUACUGGGUGGGUUUAUAUUAUUAAAGGGACACUCCAGGUUCCCACACACGUUAGGUGCACUGUGUAGGUUAGGUUACAGUUAGUUAUACUGGGUGGGUUUAUAUUAUGAAAGGUACACUCCAGGCUCCCACACACGUUAGAUGCGCUGUGUAGGUUAGGUUACAGUUAGUUAUACUGGGUGGGUUUAUACUAUUAAAGGGACACGCCUGGCUCCCACACACGUUAGAUGCACUGUGUAGGUUAGGUUACAGUUAGUUAUACUGGGUGGGUUUAUAUUAUUAUAGGGACACUCCAGGCUCCCACACAUGUUAGGUGCACUGUGUAGGUUAGGUUACAGUUAGUUAUACUGGGUGGGUUUAUAUUAUGAAAGGUACACUCCAGGCUCCCACACACGUUAGAUGCGCUGUGUAGGUUAGGUUACAGUUAGUUAUACUGGGUGGGUUUAUACUAUUAAAGGGACACGCCUGGCUCCCACACACGUUAGAUGCACUGUGUAGGUUAGGUUACAGUUAGUUAUACUGGGUGGGUUUAUAUUAUUAAAGAGACACUCCAGGCUCCUACACACGUUAGAUGCACUAUGUAGGUUAGGUUACAGUUAGUUAUACUGGGUGGAUUUAUAUUAUUAAAGAGACACUCCAGGCUCCUACACACAUUAGGGGCACUGUGUAGGUUAGGUUACAGUUAGUUAUACUGGGUGGGUUUAUAUUAUUAAAGGGACACUCCAGGCUCCCACACACGUUAGAUGCACUGUGUAGGUUAGGUUACAGUAAGUUAUACUGGGUGGGUUUAUAUUAUUAUAGGGACACUCCAGGCUCCCACACAUGUUGGGUGCACUGUGUAGGUUAGGUUACAGUUAUACUGGGUGGGUUUAUAUUAUUAAAGGGACACUCCAGGCUCCCACACACGUUAGGUGCACUGUGUAGGUUAGGUUACAGUUAGUUAUACUGUGUGGGUUUAUAUUAUUAAAGGAACACUCCAGGCUCCCACACACGUUAGGUGCACUGUGUAGGUUAGGUUACAGUUAGUUAUACUGGGUGGGUUUAUAUUAUUAAAGGGACACUCCAGGCUCCCACACACGUUAGAUGCACUGUGUAGGUUAGGUUACAAUUAGUUAUACUGGGUGGGUUUAUAUUAUUAAAGGGACACUCCAGGCUCCCACACACGCUAGGUGCACUGUGUAGGUUAGGUUACAGUUAGUUAUACUGGGUGGGUUUAUAUUAUUAAAGGGACACUCCAGGUUCCCACACACGUUAGAUGCACUGUGUAGGUUAGGUUACAGUUAGUUAUACUGGGUGGGUUUAUAUUAUUAAAGGGACACUCCAGGCUCCCACACAUGUUAGGUGCACUGUGUAGGUUAGGUUACAGUUAGUUAUACUGGGUGGGUUUAUAUUAUUAAAGGGACACUCCAGGCUCCCACACACGUUAGGUGCACUGUGUAGGUUAGGUUACAGUUAGUUACACUGGGUGGGUUUAUAUUAUUAAAGGGACACUCCAGGCUCCCACACACGUUAGGUGCGCUGUGUAUAUUAGGUUAUAGUUAGUUAUACUGGGUGGGUUUAUAUUAUUAAAGGGACACUCCAGGCUCCCACACGCUAGGUGCACUGUGUAGCUUAGGUUACAGUUAGUUAUACUGGGUGGGUUUAUAUUAUUAAAGGGACACUCCAGGCUCCCACACGCUAGGUGCACUGUGUAGGUUAGGUUACAGUUAGUUAUACUGGGUGGGUUUAUAUUAUUAAAGGGACAUUCCAGGCUCCCACACACAUUAGAUGCACUGUGUAGGUUAGGUUACAGUUAGUUAUACUGGGUGGGAUUAUAUUAUUAAAGGGACACUCCAGGCUCACACACACGUUAGAUGCACUGUGUAGGUUAGGUUACAGUUAGUUAAACUGGGUGGGUUUAUAUUAUUAAAAGGACACUCCAGGCUCCCACACACGUUAGGUGCACUGUGUAGGUUAGGUUACAGCUAGUUAUACUGGGUGGGUUUAUAUUAUUAAAGGGACACUCCAGGCUCCUACACACAUUAGGUGCACUGUGUAGGUUAGGUUACAGUUAGUUAUACUGGGUGGGUUUAUAUUAUUAAAGGGACACUCCAGGCUCCCACACACGUUAGAUGCACUGUGUAGGUUAGGUUACAGUUAGUCAUACUGGGUGGGUUUAUAUUAUUAAAGGGACACUCCAGGCUCCCACACACGUUAGAUGCACUGUGUAGGUUAGGUUACAGUUAAUUAUACUGGGUGGGUUUAUAUUAUUAAAGGGAUACUCCAGGCUCCCACACACGUUAGAUGCACUGUGUAGGUUAGGUUACAGUUAGUUAUACUGAGUGGGUUUAUAUUAUUAAAGGGACACUCCAGGCUCCCACACGUUAGAUGCACUGUGUAGGUUAGGUUACAGUUAGUUAUACUGAGUGGGUUUAUAUUAUUAAAGGGACACUCCAGGCUCCCACACGCUAGGUGCACUGUGUAGCUUAGGUUACAGUUAGUUAUACUGGGUGGGUUUAUAUUAUUAAAGGGACACUCCAGGCUCACACACACGUUAGAUGCACUGUGUAGGUUAGGUUACAGUUAGUUUUUUUUUGUAAUUGAAACGAGUUUUGUCAAAUGCAACAAAAUUUAAAAUGAGGUAGAUAACAAAUUGUAUAUUUACACAAUGUAUGAAAGAAAACUUUCAUUGAAAGAAAUAUGUCCAACACUAAAUGGGAUACAGUAAGAGAGUAACUGCUCGAGUGCCCCAGAAUAGUGAACCGACAAAUUGAAUGUGGGUGUACAUUAUAUUUUAUAUUUUUAGAUGUCCUGACAGUCACCCAGCACCUCUUCAGAGAAAACCCCUCCACAUAUGCGUUUCAAUACAAAUAUUCCAUGCAGUGGGAAUAGUAAGCCUGCUUAGCUUUCUAAUCUGUUGAAACCCGCUAAACACAGACUUUUAUUUAUUUUGGGGGUUUCUAGAUUUGACUCGAACAAAACCUGUUUCCGCGGAUUCAGCCAAGAUCAAUGGAGCUGCUCCAGCUGGAACGACCACCGUCCCCACCCGUCCCAAACCAGCCGCUCCCAAGCCCAGCUCUGCUCCUGCUGUGACCUCUGAUACCAAGAAGUUGGCUCCUGCCAGAUCUGUCCCAGUGAGCAAACCUACUACAACUACGCAAAAUAAAUCCACCACUGCCGCGAAGCCCAUCACAGCUCCCAAGCAGUCACGUCCUCCCAGCGCAACCGCUCCGGACCUGAAGAACAUCCGUUCCAAGAUUGGAUCCACUGACAACUUAAAGCACCAGCCAGGGGGAGGCAAGGUAAGAUUGUCCGGAUCCCACCAUCAUGGGGUCAUUCAUUGACAUCCUGCUGCUUCCUCUCAUGUCAUGGACUGAUACUUCCACAUAUGUAAUGAGUGAACAGCAUCACUCUGUGUUACUGUUGUAAACUGGCCUAGAGCUGCUCUAAAAUUAAACCUGGCCGUUGACUUGUAGGGGCUUUGACCUGGAAGGAAAAGGAUGUCAUCUUCAUUUUUUUUGGUCAUGGUACAUGUCACACUGCAUGGAUUUGGUAAAUCGCUUUAUGGCUGCUGCAAACUGUGCCAGACUAAUCUUAUGUUGUCCUUUGUGACCAUACUGUAAGCAAUCACGGACCUGCGUUGCCGGGUUAUGAGGCUGUUGCAAGAGGUAAUUUGGACGUUAAAUUUAAAAGGCAUUGGUCCUCUGGUUAAAUACAUUUUGUAUUUGUAGAUCUUUCAUUCAGGCUAGGAGUCAAUAUGUCAUUAUCAUUAUUCGUGGACCGUUUUGCCCGUUGCAUUCACUCGGUUCACAGGACAUGCAUUUCUAAGUAAUGGUGCUGCCGUAAAGACCAAAAUCUAUACAAAAUACUGAUAUGCACAAAAUCCAGUUUUAAAUUUGUGUUGAGCCACAUUAAUUCCAGUCUGUGAUGAUGUGACACGUGGACAGAUCAAUUUACGGCUGAAUGUCCAGGAUCAUAGCACCAAAGAUACGUUUCCUGCUCUUGGUUAUGUGCUGUAACAGUGAUGGCUGAUGGUUUAUUAUGUAGCGUGCCCAAAUUAUUUGUGUACCUACACAGUUACCAGUGCUAUGUAUUGCAGGCAGCACUUUUUUGCCCAAUAACUUGUCUCUAAUUUUAUUUAAACCCAUUGCUGACCGUCUGCAAGUGGCUAGCUGGUCUGUUUCUGUAAAUUCUGCUUUGACCUAAGAAGUUAAAUGAUCUUUUUUUAUUUAAGUCCCAUCAAACUGCUCCCCGGUGUCUCCUGGUGCCAAGUGUGGCAGUUCAGUCUGGCAAUCUAGGCAGCUGGUCACUGGGCCGUGUAUCCAAUACGUGGGGAAUGGGGCUAUUUAACAUUACCGGAGCAAUGGUUAACCCACUGCAAGUCCUAGGCUUGUGCUUCCAGAUGCCUUAACCUGUUCACUCCCUGGGGAAAGCCGGCCUGGAUCUCUGUGAUGUUUUCAGUGUUUGAACGGGCUUUCCUGGAGUGAGCAGGUUAAUACAUCAUGUUAUUGCACUGGUACAUGUUUUCUAUGUUUCUGUUGCAUAUUCUCAUUUUAUUUGUUGCAAUGUGUUUUUUUUGGUUUUUGUUUGCUUGUUUUUCAAAACCCUACAUAUUUUUCCCCUUCAGGCUAAAGUAGAAAAAAAACCUGUGCCAGCCAGCACAACAGCCCGAAAACCUGUCACCCUCGCGGGUCCUAAAAGCACAGCCCCUAAACCUGCUGUCACUAAAGAAAGUGUCCCCAAGCAGUCCAAUGAGAAAGUGAGUGAACACGCUGUAAUGACCCUCUGUAGGCUGUACUCUCUCCUCCUUCCUCGCUCACGCCUUUUAUCGGGGCUCACCCUGAAAGCCCCUUUUCCUGCUACUUCAUAGAGAAUUACUGGCAACCUUCCCACUCUCCAUUUUUUAUUUAUUUAUUUUUUUGUGUGCGAUAUUUAAUAUAUUCUGAGUAAUUGUUAAUCAUAAGUAGGAAUUCUAAAUUAAAUAAUUUGUAAUAGUAGAAUGAGCUGCAAUGGUACAGUAAGCUGUAAUGAUGUAAUAAGCUGACAUAGUACAGUAAGCUGUAAUGAUACACUGAGCUGCCCUAGUACAAUAAGCUGUAAUGAUGCACUGAGCUGCCAUAGUAGAAUAAGCUGUAAUGAUAGACUGAGCUGCCAUGGUACAAUAAGCUGUAAUGAUAGACUGAGCUGCCAUGGUACAAUAAGCUGUAAUGAUAGAUUGAGCUGCCAUGGUACAAUAAGCUGUAAUGAUAGACUGAGCUGCCAUGGUACAAUAAGCUGUAAUGAUAGAUUGAGCUGCCAUGGUACAAUAAGCUGUAAUGAUGCAUUGAGCUGCCAUGGUACAAUAAACUGUAAUGAUGCACUGAGCUGCCAUGGUACAGUAAGCUGUAAUGAUGUAAUAAGAUGACAUAGUACAGUAAGCUGUAAUGAUACACUGAGCUGCCCUAGUACAAUAAGCUGUAAUGAUGCACUGAGCUGCCGUGGUACAAUAAGCUGUAAUGAUAGACUGAGCUGCCAUGGUACAAUAAGCUGUAAUGAUAGACUGAGCUGCCAUUGUACAAUAAGCUGUAAUGAUGCACUGAGCUGCCACGGUACAAUAAACUGUAAUGAUGCACUGAGCUGCCACCGUACAAUAAGCUGUAAUGAUGCACUGAGCUGCCACGGUACAAUAAGCUGUAAUGAUGCACUGAGCUGCCGUGGUACAAUAAGCUGUAAUGAUGCAUUGAGCUGCCGUGGUACAAUAAGCUGUAAUGAUGCAUUGAGCUGCCAUGGUACAAUAAGCUGUAAUGAUGCACUGAGCUGCCACGGUACAAUAAGCUGUAAUGAUGCACUGAGCUGCCACGGUACAAUAAGCUGUAAUGAUGCACUGAGCUGCCACGGUACAAUAAGCUGUAAUGAUGCACUGAGCUGCCGUGGUACAAUAAGCUGUAAUGAUGCACUGAGCUGCCAUGGUACAAUAAGCUGUAAUGAUGCACUGAGCUGCCAUGGUACAAUAAGCUGUAAUGAUGCACUGAGCUGCCAUGGUACAAUAAGCUGUAAUGAUGCACUGAGCUGCCACGGUACAAUAAGCUGUAAUGAUGCACUGAGCUGCCAUGGUACAAUAAGCUGUAAUGAUGCACUGAGCUGCCACGGUACAAUAAGCUGUGGCAUUUGCGUGGUUUUUUUAAUUAGGUGUCUCAGUGGAAGUUUGUGGUUAGUCUUACUCUGGAACAAUAUGCAAAACUCUUUGUAAAUUAUCAGAAGGAUCUUCAGAACAUUUAUUUGUGUUUUGCUAAAGUUAGUUUGCAUUUUUUUUGUUUGUUUGUUUGUUUAUUUGUUAUGGGGUUUUUCUUUUUUCCUUUCUGGUUACUGGCCACUGGAGUGUUUGUUCUCCCCAGACCAAUGGCUUCAGUCUGUAGAAAUAUGUAGCCUAUUCUCUGGGGUUUAUUUGUGGCUUCAAAUAUUGUUUUAUUAUAGCAUGCUUGGUAUUAUCUUCUACCUGUCCCUGGUAAUGCCAAGAUAAUCAUUCAUCUGUUCCCCUGUAAUGAACUUCAUACAUCACUGCUUUAACGUUCUCUAUAGUUUGUUCCCAGGGACCCUAAAGGUGUAGGCCAGCCAUAAUAGGAGAGCCUUGACUCUGUAUGUUUUGCAGGUCUUUGGGCUGGGGCUCUGUUAUGGUCUGUUCCGUGUAUCUGAUGGCUUUCCAAGCUGAGGUUCAGCUCUUUCAUUGAUUAUCAGUCGCUGUGAUUCCAAUCUGUUUUUCAAGCUGUAGUGUAGGCUGUUUAAAUCUAGUUUCAGCCCGUGGUGAGCUCAUUAUCUCUGGAAAAACAUAGAUUUUUUUUUCCUGAAGAGACGCAUGAUCCAGAGAUCCCCUCACUGAUGGCGAUACUCAUGGCGCAAGUCCUGAUCUAUGGAUAGAGUUGGCCGGUGUUUGUGCUCACUUUUUUGUGCUUUCUCCAUUUACUAAUGGAGUGGAUCCAAAGAUCUGCAUGGAAAAUGUUUUAAAUGUAUUUUAUUUACUACAUUGGUGUAAAUAACUGCAAAACAGUUUUCAUGUAAAGUUGAAUUUCCCAACAGUCCAUUGUUUCAAAAAUUUAAUAUAUAUUCUAAAAAAGAAGUACACCAGUUCCUUUAAUUUAACUUUCCGAUGCACUUAAUUAUUUAUUCCUCAUUACUCUCAUAAACAGCUUUUUGAAUCACUUUGAAAAUCUUAUUCGUUAUGGACUUUACCUCUGAGAUAAAAUAAAUAUAUAUAUAUAUGUGUGUGUGUGUGUGUAUAUAUAUAUAUAUAUAUUAAUUAAGGCAGUUUUGCCUGUAUUUGUGGGAGGGGCUUAAAUUAAUUCACUCCCCUAUAUAAGGGACACCCCUUACCUGACUCAUAUCGCUUGAGGUCAGCAUCAGAAUGAUUUCCACUUCCGGGUCAUCCAGACGCCAUUUUACCUGAUUACACCAUGAGGUUUUCUAAGCUGAGCUGUGUCAGGAAUCCAGCCACAGGCUUUUCCGGCCCACCACCUUCUUUCUUCAAUCUAUCGCCGUGGAUGGUGUCCAAGUGACUCACAAACCGUAAGUCGACCUACCCGUUACGCCAGGCAUCAGUCCCACGGCACCAUGCACGGGUCAGGUCCUCACUUUACUGCUGCAUUUUGUCUAAGUUUGUUCUAAAACCAUUUCAUGUUCAUGCAUAUCAUUCGUUUAAACCCCCUACCGGUCUUUGAGUGUACUACAGACUUCUUAGACAUUAUCGCAUUUCAUGUACAAACCAACGAACCACUGCAUUUUUGCCUACACACUGACCCCUACCGGUCAUUCGGUGUACUACAGGCUUCUCAGACAUUAUUGCAUUUCAUGUACAAACCAACGAACCACCGCAUUUUUCACCUACACACUGACCCCUAUUGGUCAUUCGGUGUACUACAGGCUUCUUAGACAUUAUCGCAUUUCAUGUACAAACCAACAAACCACUUAAUUUUUCACCUACACACUGACCCCUAUCAGUCAUUCGGUGUACUACAGGCUUCUUAGACAUUAUUGCUUUUCGUGUACAAAACAAUAAACCACUGCGUUUUUACCUACACACAGACACCUACCGGUCAUUCAGUGUACUACAGGCUUCUCAGACAUUAUUGCAUUUCAUGUACAAACCAACGAACCACGGCAUUUUCGCCUACAUGCUGACCCCUACCGGUCAAUCGGUAUACUACAGUUUUCUCAGACUUUAUUUCACUUCAUAAGCAAACAAACUAACUACAGCAUUUUCGCUUUUAUACUGACUCCUAUCUGUCAAACAGUAGGAUUAACCCCUUAAGGACACAUGACAUGUCUGACAUGUCAUGAUUCCCUUUUAUUCCAGAAGUUUGGUCCUUAAGGGGUUAAAGGGUAUUUUUACCAUACAAUCAGCAUUUAUGACCGCUACUGGUCAACAGCAAAACUGUCUUCACAUGUCAUAUACAAUUUACCAGCCAAUAUAAAUUACACAAAUUCCCUUUUAUUCCAGAAGUUUGGUCCUGAAGGGGUUAAACAUAACCAUAAACCAUAAAUGAAACUCCAGCACGGGCUCAAAUUCAGGUUUAAUUCACAAUAAUUUACAUUUCAUAUCAAGACCAACAGUGGUUCUAUCAACACUGCCACCUACAGGUCUGUCAAGUACAUUGACAAUUUUCAUGGGGUUUUACAAACCCCAAAACACUGACCCCUAUAGGUCAACAGACAAACAACAUUUCACAUACCAAUCAGUAUCCAACUACACUGCCACCUAUAGGGCACUCGGCAGAUCUCCAGUGCACUUGCCUUUUGCAACACCAUGUUCACUGACCCCUACCAUUCAAUAAGACAUACAACAAUUCACAUAGCAAGUACUAUAUCAAACAUCUGGUAUAAAUACAUAUAUUAUUACACAGUAGCAGACGCGUCUGUAUAUAUGUAACUGGUAAUAUAGUUCACAUACAUUUUCCACAGCACGCUGCUCACGCAACAGACUUUCCCCUAGCAAGGGGACAUACAACAUACAAGGUGGGGACAGACCACAUUUUCACUUGUACAUACGGCACUUAAUGGGUUAAGAUUGAUACAUAUUUAACCAGUAUGGCUACGAUGUUUAAUAUUUACACAUCAUGGCACUUUACUUUUCACAUAUACUGUACGUAUUAAGAUAAGCUUGGUCUAUGCCAUAUUUCCUUAUGCCAUACGGUUUUAUCCAUUCAGGUUACAGUUACUACUAAAAAACCUAUACGGAUUGUCAGGUUCAAUACCAUACUACCAGGUACAUACACCUGCUCACGUAGUUAUCCAUCUCUUACCUUCCCUGGAAUAGUAAUAGUGUACUGGCAAUUAGGGUUCUAGGGCCCAAUAGGUAUUACCCCCUUUUUUCUCUGCAUUAUGCUUCGGUUAGUGGUCCCGCGAGGCCAACACCCCGCCUCACACUCGGAGGCAUACACCCCUCGGGCCACUCGUGAGCUAGCCGCCUCGCAUUGUAUCAUAGAGAGGGCCUCACCUGUCACUCCCCUUCCUAUUUUCUGGUUACUGUCACCGAGAGGCCAACAUCCUGCCACAACGUUCGGUGGCCACACAAAAUCCCCUCGCGCCAAGCAUAGAUAGAGCCUCUCAAGCCACUUGGCAACUAGCAGGGCCUCACCAGUCACCAAAAAACAAAAAACACCAAGCCUAAUCGUUUCGCCUUACGGCUUAGCUAGCAAGCCAGUACAAGAACCCUGGGUACAAAUAAUAAUUGCAAUCUUUAUUGUUAUUUAAGUAUUUCUCAAAAAGAUGGUGAAGAAUCACCUCUUCCUAGCACCCCGGCUAGAUUUGAUACACCUUCAAGCAGAGGAGAUGUUGCUAGUCCAGCAGCAAUCAGAUCCUGGAUGAUCCCACACAUUACCACCGACCUAAGGAGGUGACAAAUCCCCUACCCUGCUACAGCAAGGAAAGCAGAGUUAUUCAAACUCCUCCAUACAUCAACGGACAACACGGAGGCAGGGGAAGGCCCAGCUACAUCAACUCAGGUGACACCCAGGCUAUGCUAGCCUCACUCAUAAACUCAUGAGCCAAAAAAUUUAUGACAGACUGGCAAUCUCGAGUUGGUCACCACAGCCCUCACAAGGCUGGGCCUCACGUUACUGUACAACCAGCACCAACCGAAACUCUGUUACCUGGUACAAUCAAUUCUUAUGACACACAAGAUGUUAACCCUGCACGUAUGAUCCCAGCACAUUGGGGAAGCAAGGCAUAUAUAUGUAUGAUGAUGUAUCUGUGAUGGUCAGAUCCAGGGAUUCCAGGUAAAUCGGGAACUGACCAUCUCUUGGAUGGGUUGGUAUUUGGAAUAUGUAGAGAUGUUUAUUUGUGCAGGUACCCAUACAGAAGGGAUUCUGUCCCAAACAAAUGGACGAGCACUCUCAGGCUCCAGGUACCAGCACCUCUGAACUACCAGAGACCAUUGAUAUGAGUAGUUGCAUUGCAUAUAGACUGUUGCAUAUAUGUUCAAAUGGUUCAGGGCACAUGACAAACCAUUUUGCCCAAUACAACUUACAAAUAACGUACUCACCAUCUGUACACACCAAUGCAUUUUCAACACUACUGACUCAUCACCCUUCCAGACUUGUAGUAGAUUUACUAAAGCUCUGGAGCUUCAAAGGGCUCCCAUACAGGUAUCAUAAACACACCUUCAAGGAAUAUAGCAUGCCCUCACUUACAGUCAGCACAACAAAACCAUUGGCUGAAAACACACUCAUAGCCAAGAUUUGCAGAGGGGUCUUCCAAUCUCCACCAUUUACAGCAUGGCACCAAACACAAACACAUUGGUAUUGUCACAAGGAAUCUUCUCUUAAACAAAGACUAACCAUAGACUUAUUGGCACCACACACCUCCGCUACCCCAAGUCUCAACUCCCUCAUACCCUCGAGGAUUUUUCUUACUAUACAACACCAUUGAUCUACCUUUACAGCUAUCACUCAAGGGUUAAAGCUUGGUUAAGUAAGACCAAUAUCAUCAACGCAGUAAACGGCUACCAUCUACCCUACACACUGGCACUUACAUGGCAUAAAUUGGGCAAUCCUUUCCCUGCUCAAGUUUCGAGCUACAGAUUAGCCUACUAUCGAUAUUCGCAGAUACUCUGUGCUGGUUAUGAUAACAUAUCCAGAGGCAUUACAGUCAUACACUAUCUAGAAGACUUCUUGUUGCUAAAAGAAAGCAUAUUUUUCACUAGAAGCCUCAUGGCAGCUUAGUCUGGUUGACCACUUGGGCGUCCCAGUACCCCAUAAGAAACAGAAGGCGCAGACACUAUCAUCACAUUACUGGGCAUAUGACUUGAGUUGGCAUCCAUACACGCAAGUUACCACAAGACAAAUAGGGAACAUUCUCAAAUAAAUCAAUCACUACCUCCUGCUUAGUACUUACAACUACAAGGAACUACAAUCCCUACCAGGUUCCUUAAUUUUGCCAUGCCAAUCAUACCACAAGACCACGCUUUCACAUCCAGAGUACUUUCCCCUUUUUUCCACACUUCCAACAUGACGAUCAGAGGAGGUGCCUAGACACCUCAGCAACAGCAGACCUGCACAUGGGGGGGGGAUUUCUUAACCACUUGGCAUGGUAAAAGCAUGUUCCUUCCAGGAUUGACUGACACUUCUCCAACCAGAUGGUCAGACGCAGCGUAUACCACUGGUUUGGCAGCGAUCUACCGGGAACAAUUGCUUUGGAGCUGUUGGCCAUGGCAUCCAGGUUUGGAAAUUUUUCCACCACUUCAGCCCCUUUGGGAGAUCUACCCCAUUGUAGCAGCUGCUGUGGCAUGGGGUAAAUCAUGGUUAGGGUCAUCAAUCCGUUGUUACUCAGACAACUAAGCACAUAUCAUAUCAUCAACAAACGCCACUACUCAUCCAUAAGUUCAUGAUGUUUCUGGGAAACUCACUUGGUUGGCCACUUAUCAUAUUUCACUUUCAUGUACCAGACGGGGGUAUACAUCCCUGCCGACAACUGUCUCAUUUAUAUUCCAGGCAUGUUCAUCAUACGCUUCCUACAGCCGCCCAUACAGUCACGUCCACUCUUUCGUUCCAGAGACAAAUCAUGGAUUAGACAUACUCAUGCAGCAUAGCAUGCACUAUCCCACCUAGCACUUUCGUCCCAUACUUGUAGAACGCAUAACACAGCUUUUCACCUGGCUUAAAGAAUCUCAUUGGAACACGACAUAGCUCAACCUGUGUCACAAAAUUUCUCCUAAGUUUUGCUUAUUUUUGCCACCUUAAACUUAAACUAUCUCAUACACCAUUAAUGAUAUAUUUUACAGGCAUUCAACAACACAGGAUAUGCAUUUAAGGAAAUGUCUGGUUAAUUUGUAUAUAUUUGUUGACUGUAUUAAAUCUUUGAUUAUUCAUUUUUGCCCUCUUUAUUUACAGGCCUACCGUAUCGUCGGUAUCGGCACACCACAACCGACUUGCUCCCUUUACACUAUCCUAAGCUUAUGCUGGAUCCUUACUCCAUAUACGGCUAUUUUGCCCCUUACACAAGUAUUAAGGCAGUUUUGCCUGUAUUUGUGGGAGGGGCUUAAAUUAAUUCACUCCCCUAUAUAAGGGACACCCCUUACCUGACUCAUAUCGCUUGAGGUCAGCAUCAGAAUGACCCUCCCACCCACUCCUCAUUUCAACACUUUCUCUUUUCUUUCCAUUUACUUUACUUUCUUACUCCUUGGUGGGCCCUCUUUAUUUACAGGCCUACCGUAUCGUCGGUAUCGGCACACCACAACCGACUUGCUCCCUUUACACUAUCCUAAGCUUAUGCUGGAUCCUUACUCCAUAUACGGAUAUUUUGCCCCUUACACAAAUAAAUAUAUAUAUAUAUAUAUAUAUAUAUAUAUAUAUAUAUAUAUAUAUAUAUAUAUAUAUAUAAUGUGUGUGUGUGUGUAUAUAUAUAAAAUAUAUAUAUAUUUUUUUUUUUUAUGAGCCCGUUAGUAUCCAGAACAAUCUAUUGCAACCAGAAACCACAGUAAAUCUAAUGUGUCCAAUGGUAAUGAAUAGUCGGAACGUCACCUGAUGCCUGCUAGCUAUCUAUUGUGAUUGGUUUAUUACCCAAGCAAUUAAGACAGUAGACUCGUUCAUUCUUCUGCUGGAUGGGGUAGUUUUUGGGCACCUGUGCUAUAUGACGGGGUGUAAUCAUGCAGAGCUGAUCCAUGUAUGGCCAGAUGUGGCUCUGCAGGCAAUGCUUUGAAUCUGAGAUCCAUUAGGGCAUAUGUGACUCGUGUGACUCUGAGAUGGAAUUAUAGGCUGAGGUUGACGAUGGCUGAAUGUUGACACCACAUCAUUUACCUACACUUUAACUGCCUGCUCCGCUCCUGCUUCUGCUCUCCCUCAUGGCGCUCAUUCAUGCUUCCCAUCGUGCACUGCCAUGUUAACAUUUCCUCCAUCUUUGUGUCUGCCAUGUGAUCUAUCUAACCGUGUCUCUCCACUUCUGUGUUGUUGUUUUUUUUGUCUUCCCAUUCUAUAAUGCUCUAGGUGCAGAUAAUCUCCAAAAAAGUGAACUACAGCCAUGUUCAGUCAAAGUGUGGUUCCAAGGACAAUAUUAAGCAUGUCCCUGGUGGUGGGAAUGUAAGUAUAGUCUGUGGGCUACUUUUAACACCUUCUCUGUCUAUUUCUUUAGUAUGUGCUUCUUGUGCUGCCGACACAUUAACUCUAACAGCAUACCAUUCAGUAAUUUGCCAGAGCCUGACUUUCACAUUAACUCCUGUUCUCCUCUGCUUGGACUUACUGUACGGGCACGGUAAUGGGAUCCACUGCGUCCCUGGUCGGAUUGGUGCAUGAGAGGCAGUUUAGGGAAAGGAUUAAUGCAGAUUACUUGUGUGAAUGAGGUGUAUUCAUGCUGUAUUUAAAGGACAUGAAAAAUAUUCUCCAUGUUGUGAUUUACAAAACAGAUUUAAGGAAAUAGUUUAUUACAUUGUGUAAUUGUUUUGUCCUUCCUACUGACAUUAAUUUUGUGUGCAUAUGCAAACUUCUGAUAAAUUAUUUGUUCCCAAAAUACAGAGUGCCUUUGGCAAUAUCACUGCUUAAAGUGUGAUGUAUUAAAACGAGUAACUCUGUUUCUAAGGAGGACUAUUUCAAUGUUAACCUCUCUGGCUUCUUGAUGUCGUCUGCUAGAGAUAAGAAAUGGCCGCUACCAGCAGUCUAUUGGUUAUAGUUACUGUGCACUUCGUAACUGUGGUUAGUCGCUUUUUCCUUUACUACUGUCCAACAGAAUGACCUAUCACCAAACCUUUUACAAACAAUGGAAGUCAAGCCCUGUUUAAUAACAGGCAAAUUGCCUAAACUGUGCAAUUGAUGGCUAGGAGUCAUAGAGCCGAGACAUAACUAGGACUAUUCUAAAACUGAAAUUAUGAAUCUUCCACUGUAUCUUGUACCACAUGAGUCGUGUGCAAGAUUCUUCAAAGGUCUCUCAGAUUAUAGCUGAACUGAAUAUUCCCAUAAUAUAAAAAUAAAAAGGUUAUGUGAGGUAGUGGAAGGUAAAUUGCAGUACCACCAAUAGGACAUUAACCCCUUAAGGACACAGUUUCACAAAUAAAAGGGAAUCAUGACUGAAUAUUUCCAUCAUGUGUCCUUAAGCGGUUAAAUAUCUUUCAGUACUUAGAGUGGUCUGAGAAACAUCCAGACAGCUGCCUGGAGAAAAUUUAGGAAUUAUGUCAAUGUCCCAUACUGAAGCAGUAGAAGGACUAGUGUCAGAGAAGCCGGCCUGAGUAAAGGAUACCACUUCUGCCUAAAAUAACUGCAUCUGAGGAAGGAGGUUGUACGUGCAACUUGGGUCUCCUCAAUUGGAGAUGCAAGUUGCUAAUAUUUUGUUACAUAGGCUGAAAAGAGGCAUGUGUCCAUCAAGUUGUUCUUUAAGCUUGGCAGGCCAUUUUUUAAAAUUGUAUUUAUUUGUAAUACCUUCUCCAUAUAGUUACCCUAGGGCUAAAAAAGAAACGUCAGCGGAGGAAUGAAAUUAUGCCAAGAUAGAUGGCACUCACGGACUACACUGCCAUAUGGUGACUGCGCCCACUUCAUUGUUGUCAUAGUGUAGGAUAUUGUGUGUGGGAUUCAACUGUUUGAGAUGAAUUGUAGAUUAUGCUAACUUUAGUGUACCUAUAAUCUUAAUUUUAUUAAUGACAGGAGGCAAGUAUUUGCUUAAGUCUCUCUUUACUAGAACUCCACAGCAGCACAGAAAAACAACCAAUCAGAAAAAGUUAGGUACUAUAAAACUCCCCUCCCCAUGCAUCAUUUCCUCUUUCAAGCUGCGACAAAAACAGAAUAAAAGGCAGAAAACAUAAUGGGGAAGAAACAAAGUCCUAGAUACGAUGUUACAAUGAUGUCCACCAUCCGAGAAGAACUGCCAAACCAGAUAGCGUUGAUGGACUGUAAACUGAAACGAGAGAAAAACAGAAUUGAACAGGUUGAUUAUCCAAUGAAAUGUACUCUGAAUAAACAUGUAGGUACCCAAUGUAGCAACCAAAAGUACCUGAAUUUGUAGAUAUCCCAACCCUACUUAUCAAAAAAACAGACAUAAGAACAGACGACAGGUAGCAGAGACAACAAGCAGAGUUGCAUACGUACCUGAUUAUUCCAAACUAUUAAAAUUAAACAAGGGAGGGAUAAGAAUGGGUGGGAAAUACUCGCCUCCUGUCAUUAAUAAAAUUAAGAUUAUAGGUACGCUAAAGCUAGCAUAAUCUACAAUUUUAUAACAUGACAGGAGGCUUCGUAUUUGCUGUUUUAAUGCUCAGUCAACAAAUCAAACGCUGUUUGUUUAGCUGGUACCUAUUCCGGAAGCUAUCAGAGCAAUCCUAAAUGGACUUUCCAACUGCGAUAAAUGACAAUAGACCGAUCGAUGAAAAUGCCAGUGGACGAAGCAUCCCAAAUACGGGGGGGAAAAAACCCCAUCCGCUAAUAGAUCCAUUGUAUGUGGGGUUGCGACCUGUUUCCUACCAGCCAGUCCAUGAGCUGCCAAGCUGACCUAUUAGCCAUUUCCCUGUAGUUAUAAAAUGUCGAAGGUCGUUUGCGGACUUAGGGCCACGAUAAGACACUGUCACCAUGUCUCAACUCUUGAUGUGUAAGGUUGCUCAACCGAUCGUGCCCGAAUCACCCGGCGAUGUGGUCUUGCAGGCAGAUCUUCAAUCUCAAGGAAUGCGCCUAAGUCCACCACCAAUUCCGUAAUAGAACCGAGUAGGAUAUUUCGUUCCCUGAUGGCCUACCCGGUGAGAUGUCUCAUCCGAGAAUACAUCUAUUAUGCAGGCAAGAGUGUGGCAAACUAGCUCUAUCCUAAGUGAUUCCAAUAUUCCAACUGGACCGUGUAAUCCACGGCUGAGGUAGAGAAAGGACUCCAAAUAUCAUCCAACACAUAUCGCGAACACAGGCAAGGCGUAAAGUCCCUUCGCUCAUGACAGGUGACUCCAGAGAGCAGAUAUAGCGAAAAAAGAAGGGUCUAGCUUCAGCCGUCCGACACAUGUGUUGUCCCGUUUGAGAAUGUUGGCAGCCCUAUCUGAGUCUGCUACACAUCCUGAGCCGUACUCCAGUGGUAGGUUGUGACCCGACUUUGACAUCUGUGUAGGAGUCGGGGCACACCAGGUUCCUCCGUAGAAUCUCGUAGGUCUCCUUGAUGGUAGUUGAAAAGGUGGGUUAGUGCGAACCCAAACCAAAACAGCUCCCAUGAGGGAUAUAUAGAGUAUAGACGGAGGGCCCUCCAUCUCCGAACUAUGUUCUCCAGGUAUGUGCUCAGAGGAGAUGGGGCAGUCCUGCCAUCUUAUCCCAAGAUUGUAAUGACCAGGGAACACAAGACAACCGGGGUUUCCGGUCUUACCAUGCAAUCCAUGCGUAUGGUGUACUUUCAGACCGGGUAGUAAGCCUUCCCUAGUCUUAAUACCCGAGCAAGGCAGUGCCCGUUUGCUCCAUGAAGGUCUCCGUAUCUCAUGUAAUCUUGAUAUGGGAAAAACUGUCUACGCAGUUUGUUCGCAAUGGUCCGAAUAUCCAAAGUAGAAUGCAAUUCUCUGUAUAAUAUAUAGCGCAGAAUAUACCAAAACCUGCACUCUUGUAAUACCUGAGGCUCAUCCGUUAGCUGUACUGUCUCUAGGAGUGUGUGUGUGUGUGUGUGUAAAUAAGUGGGAGUCUCCCCCCGUUAUACCUCUGUGAGUAUUUCUCGCGUGUGGUACAGUGGUCCGGAUCCAGUAUAUCCAUUACAGGAGAUAAAAUAGAGGGAUCCAGUCUAAAUACGUAUAUCCUGCAUGAUCAGACAGCCCUCUAUAACGAAAUCAGUAGCACGGUCGUUAGAUUUAAUUGAAUGCAGGAGGGACGCCCCUCUAUGCAGUCAUCAAGGUCUUGUACAGGUACAAGCCUGUGUGAUGAACAAAUGGACGGCACCAUAGAGCGUUGAGUGUAUGAGAGAGCCGCGCUCUCUAAUAAUGUGACCGAAUUCCGUGUCAGUGUCCGGCUGAUAGCCUGAGUGGGCCACACCCGUUAAUAACCAAACAAUAGAGUCUACAUCCGUGACUGGUUCUCUCUAUGAGAAUGUGUCACUCCAAACAUGUCUUCUGUAUCCAGCUCAGUAUCGGGCUGAGGUUGAGGGAGGGCCGCGCCCUCUCAUAACAAAUCAGUGUCCGGUUCUGUAUAUGAGAGGGGUUCGCUCUCUGUUCCUGAAAAUAAAAUAUCAUUCUCGGAUCGAGGUGAUGGAGGGCCGCACCCUCUUGUGAUCCAAACUAGAGUCCCUUAGAGACUCAGGGUGACCAACUGCAGGGGUACACCAAUUACUAAUAUCAGCAUAAGACCGAGGUCCUUAGGUGGGUCUCUCCCCGACCACGAGACCUCUCUCUGAAUCGCUCACCUGAAAAGGAAUCAACUGGUAGUAAACCAGACCAAUGGGAUAGUAUACAACCUCGGGCCGUGUCCAUUCUAAAUAACAGAAAGGGAUGGUGCGAAAAUGCAACCUUCGGAAACGAUGAUGGAAACUACCAACUGCCGCCCAGAUCCCGCGCGGGGUCCAGGAUGACCGUCGGUAGCCUGAGGAAAGCUGGAGACGUUCUCCGCAAUCCACGAGCGCCCGGGAGGUCGGAGAUGGUCAAGUCAGGCCUCUCGACGACCCGAGCGAUAGGAAAAGGAAGGCACAAAAACAAUAAAUGUAGAUACGGGUAAAUACGUAAAUUCUAACUCUGAUGGAAGGCAAAUAGCAGGCCGGAAGGCAAGUCAAGUAAGCCCCACUGAACAGGGCCAAGAGCUAACCUUAAGCAGGAAUAACUACCGAUAUCUAGAUGGAUACCGGGAGGCAGUUAGAGGGUUAGUUGUUAAAGACAAGGAAACACAGUGUCCCCCUGUAGGUGUGUGAGUACCGGUCCCUGCCUGUGCGAAGUUCUCCUUGGAGAUGUGCCGUUGCCGGGCUGGUGUAAACCAUGGAUGCGUGCCCGGUGUCUUCAUAAGAAACCUUGCCCUUCAGGCAUGAGGUUUAGGGCCUUCACCCUUCCCACCAUACUCAGGUGGCCGUAUAUUGGCGUCCUCUUGGAUAGUAUGGCAACGGUGCUUGCCUGGACACCUGCCUAUCUCCAUGUCACUAGUGGGUACUGGGUUUUCCUCAGUGAUAUUCCCCCAGGCCUGCGGCCAAAAGGGGGUUUGGCACCGAUAGAGCAGGCCCUUCAGAAGGGCACAGGCCCAGCAGGCCAAACAAAUGGGCACAGAAUAGUUGGCCAUUCAAAUAGGCACAGACAUAGCAGGCCAUUCAAAUAGGCACAGACACAGCAGGCCAAUCGAUGGGGCACAGACACAGCAGGCCCGUGAUAGCGUUCCGACAGCCGUAGAGCCCAUCUGCGUGUGUAGAGUCCAAUAUAUACAUAUGUAAUGAAACAGGGAAACCUUGGGUUAAAUAAUUUCAAUAUGUAAAACCCACUAGCAGGGUAGUAAAAAAAAAAAUACUGUGUGAUUAUUAUUAUUUUUACAUAAUAACUCUGGAUAAAGUUGCUAUAAUGUCUCCAGUCUAAUAUCACAAAUGUUACAGCUACUAGUGAUGAAGUGCUAUACCACUCUACAGGGAACUGGAAGACUUUAAUGUUUGGCCAAAGGCAGAAAACCAAACUGCAGGCAUCUCAGAGCAGUACAGGGUGUAUAAAAUUAUAUAAAUGUGGAGUCAUCUUGGGAUAUAGAUUAACCCUGAGCAGGGUGAAGGGCCCUCAUCUGAUAUAAAAAAAACUCCGGCCGUGACCGGAAUCCGGCCUUGAUUGAUAGAGGGGAGGAAAGCCCCUCAAACAGACCUCCAACCAGUUAGGAACAGAUGGGGGGGAGGGGCUGCAAGCGGUUGCACUCUCCCCCGCCUGAUCGGACAUAUGCGGUCCGCGGGCGGAGGCGGCCACGGCCACGUGGGAAAGGAGAUCCGGCCGCCGGGUGCUCGUUUCGAGCUCCCCUGCGACCGGAAAAAACACACGGAACCGCCGAAGAUGAACUCUGCGGUCCUGGAGCUCGGGGAUCGAAGGAGGCAGAUGCAGUCUGCCUCCUGAAGCCCCCAAGCGGCGCACACAGACACCGCCAGACAUAAGGACAAAGGCGGAACAAAAAAUAUAUAACGCGCAUGCACAAAGUUGGGAGACGGACAGGGGGGACAAGGCCAAGGGGAUAGAGGAGAUAGGAGGACCCCAAAGAUCCCCCAGAAAUUCAAACUAAAUAUGUAUAUAACAGUGAUAGCCUGAAGUUUCAAGUAAAAAUAAAGUCCAGGGGUUUUAACAAAACUGCAUGUGUAAGGAAAAUUUACACAUGGACCAAGGUAAUACUGCAUAUAAAAUGAAUCCCACAAGACCUAAAUAAAAAAUUCUGCUAAGAUAUUCAAUAUAUAAGCAUUAAAAUCAAACAAGGGAAAAUAAAAUACUGAAUAUGAAGAAAAAAAUCCCACAAGGAACAUAACAAUAUUGUAUUAUAAAAAUAAAAUCCUACAAGGAUUCUAACAAAACUGCAUUAUAAGAAUAAAAUCCCACAUGGAUUCUAACAAUAGUGCAUUAUAAAAAUAAAAUCCCACAUGGAUUAUAACAAUACUGCAUUAUAAGAAUAAAAUCCCACAUGGAUUCUAACAAUACUGCAUUAUAAGAAUAAAAUCCCACAUGGAUUCUAACAAUACUGCAUUAAAGGAAUAAAAUCCCACAUGGAUUCUAACAAUACUGCAUUAUAAGAAUAAAAUCCCACAUGGAUUCUAACAAUACUGCAUUAUAAGAAUAAAAUCCCACAUGGAUUCUAACAAUAGUGCUUUAUAAAAAUAAAAUCCCACAUGGAUUCUAACAAUACUGCAUUAUAAAAAUAAAAUCAUACAAGGAUUAUAACAAUACUGUAUUUAUAAGGCUAAAAUACUGAAUAUAAGCAAUAAAAUUCCAAAGCCCCCCACUAGAAGCAGGAGGCAGUGGUACUCUGACCUGUACUGACUGCAGAGCAGCAAAGAAAGAGGCAAUGCUGUAUGGGGAGGGGAGUUUUAUAGAACCUAACUUUAUUCUGAUUGGUUGUUUUUCUGUGCUGCUGUGGAGUUGUGGUAAAGAGAGACUUAAGCAAAUACGAAGCCUCCUGUCAUGUUAUAAAAUUGGCUGAUUCCAUACUUGGAGGCUGUCCACUCAUUACUUCUUUAAAAUACAAAAUGCCAUGUUAACCUGUAUUAGAAUUGAUUAUGCCAAGGAUGAGAAGUGAGGCAAUAAAGCUUGGUCGUGAAUCUUGUGAGUAGUAUCCGCUGUUUGACAAACCUGUGCAUUUAUUGUAGCUGAUUAAUGUCAUGUGUAUUAAGAUUAUUUCCGGUUUAUGUUUCAAAGUAGAGGGCAGUAAUUGUCCAAUUUUUUUUAAUUUUUUUUUUUAGAAUAUAAAGUUGGGGACUUACUAGACACACAUUGUGAAGGAGUAUGGGGAAUUGUAUUGUACAUGCUGUGAUAAGUGUUUGUUCUUGAAUUGCCCUUGUAUAAGGGAUUGUGGACAGGAUUGUUCUGAUGCUGUAGCUGGUACCUCUCCCCACCCCCCACCCCUUGAGAUUGCAUUCUGAGCUCUGAAUCCAAGGUUGUAGAUUGACCAAACACUGACGUCACUUAACCCAGAAUAGGGUAUAUAUUGUUAACCCUGCAUGAAGUAGCCGCAGACGGAGUGUAAUUACUGUGUAUAAAGUAGCCGCUGGCGGAGUGUAAUAAUAAUACUGUGUAUAAAGUAGCCGCUGGCAGAGUGUAAUAAUAAUACUGUGUAUAAAGUAGCCGCAGGCGGAGUGUAGUAAUAAUACUGUGUAUGAAGUAGCCGCAGGCGGAGUGUAAUAAUACUGUGUAUGAAGUAGCCGCGGGCGGAGUGUAAUAAUACUGUGUAUAAAGUAGCCGCAGGCGGAGUGUAAUAAUAAUACUGUGUAUAAAGUAGCCGCAGGCGGAGUGUAAUAAUAAUACUGUGUAUAAAGUAGCCGCAGGCGGAGUGUAAUAAUAAUACUGUGUAUAAAGUAGCCGCAGGCGGAGUGUAGUAAUAAACCCUGUUCCAAAUUAUUAUGCAAAUGAUAUUUUUCUCAUUUACCUAAAUAAUGGAUGUAAAUAAGUCAGCAUAAUUCUCAUGUUAUCAACUACUAAGAGUACAAUUCAAAUUUUAUUGAACAAACCUCCUAAUGAUAACAGUAUUUUUUUAAACAUACACUUACAAUGCACUGUUCCAAAUUAUUACACACAGUAAGUUUCAAAACACUUUAUAGGUUGUAAAGAACUGAAAAUUGUCAUUUGUUGUGUUUGCACAAGCUAUUUCAAUCAAACUUAUAACAACAUUUUAACUUUUUAAACAUUUUAACAGGUCACGUUACAUUUUAACAUAGGACCCCAUAUUUGAUAGCAGCUUCACAAGUCUUGCAUCCAUUGAACUUGUGAGUUUUUGGAAAGUUUCUGCUUGAAUUUGUUUGCAAGAUGUCAGAAUAGCCUCCCAGAGCUGCUGUUUGGAUGUAAACUGCCUCCCACCCUCAUAGAUCUUUUGCUUGAGCCAAAGCUUCUCAAUAGGAUUGAGAUCAGGAGAGGAUGGAGGCCACACCAUCACUUUCUCUCCUUUUAUCCCCAUAGCAGCCAUUGAUGCAGAGGUAUUCUUUGCAGCAUGAGAGGGUGCAUUGUCAUGCUUGAAGAUGAUUUUAUUACGGAAAGCAUAGUUUUUCCGUCUGUACCAGGGAAGAAAGUGGUCAGUCAGAAGUUCCACAUACUUUGCAGAGGUCAUCUUUAUGCCUGCGGGGACCCUAAAGGGGCCGACCAGCUCUCUUCCCAUGAUUCCGACCCAAAAUAUGACUCCACCACCGCCUUGCUGACGUGGCAGCCUUGUUGGAACAGGGUGGCCGUCCACCAACCAUCCACUACUCCAUCCAUCUGGACCAUCCAGGGUUGCACGGCACUCACCAGUAAACAGGACUGUUUGAAAAUUAUGUAAUGGUAUUUUAGCAGCUGCUCUCUUGAUCCGAUGCAUGGAUCUGGCAGAAAUCUUCCUCAAUGUGCCUUUAUCUGCACAAACCCGUCUGUGCUCUAAAUCAGCCACAAAUCUCUUAAUAGUGCGAUGAUCACGUUUAAGUUUUCGUGAAAUAUCUAAUGUUUUCAUACCUCGUCCAGGGCAUUGAACUAUUUCACUCUUUUCGGCAGCAGAGAGAUCCUUUUUCACCCCCAUAUUGCAUGAAAAUGGUGCUCUGCUUAAUAAUGUGGAACACCCUCCUUUAGUAGUUUUUCCUUGAAUUGGGCUCAUCUGGCAAUCUAAUUAUCACAGGUGUCCGAGAUUGUUUUCAGUGAUCAAAAGAGCCCUGAGACAUAAUGCCAUCCAUGAGUUAAACAGAAAAACAAAAUAUUUAAUCUAUGUGACACUUAAAUAGAAUUUGCAUAAUAAUUUGGAACAGGGUGUAACACCGUAUAUGAUGUAGCCGCAGAUGGAGUGUAAUAACACAGUGUAUGAAGUAGCCGCGGGCGGAGUGUAAUAAUAAUACCGUGUAUGAAGUAGCCGCAGGCGGAGUGUAAUAAUAAUACCGUGUAUGAAGUAGCCGCAGGCGGGGUGUAAUAAUAAUACCGUGUAUGAAGUAGCCGCAGGCGGGGUGUAAUAAUAACACUGUGUAUGAAGUAGCCGCAGGCAGAGUGUAAUAAUAACACUGUGUAUGAAGUAGCCAUUUAAUUGGUCUUUUGUAUAAUGCUGUGAUGUUUGAAUCUAAUUUUAGUUGCAUUAUUGCUGAGAUCUUCAUGAUUGUAUUGUGAAGGUCUUUACUGAUCACCUUGACUUCUUCUAAUCGAACAUUCCAGCUGAAUAGGCACAUUUUAUAACACGCAUGUUCUGAGAUCUUCACAUUCAGCCCUGUAAUUCCUUAUGUUUUCCUCAAACCUUAUCUUUAACCCUUGCAGAACACAGGGUUAAUCCAUUAGGCAGGAAUAGAGGUUAGUGUGUCCCGUAGUGUUUUUAUAUGUGAACACAGCCCGUUCUACUAACAGAUGUUACAUUACAUGUGAGAACACGCUCCAGCGCCAAAUUCCUGAUUUCUGUACAUAGAACAUUCCAUCUUGGUGCUGCGCUUUCUAAUGAGCAGAUGUACUGCUGGAGCAGUUCAAUCUAUUAGACAUUCAACCUGUUAUCAUUAUUAUUAUUAUUACUGGUAUUUAUAUAGUGCCAGCAUAUUCCGUAGCGCUUUACAAUUUUAUCAAAGGUGGAGAUUUACAAAAGACAAUUGCAAAACCUUACAGGAACAAUAGGUUGAAGAGGGCCCUGCUCAAACGAGCUUAGUCUAUAGGAGAUGGGUAUAAAACAUAAAAGGACAGGAAAUCGCAAUCAAACAAGGUGGGAGUUAAGCAGAGCUGGAGGAGAGAGUAGAGUGCUGACCUUUAGGAGAGAGCAAGGGUGGAAUCUACAGGAUUUGGUAACAGACCGGCUGUGAGGCUCAAAUGUGAGACCAGAAUCAAGUAGAACGCCAAGACAGCGCGCUUGCAAGGAUGGACUGAUGUGGGUACCACUCACUUGACGGGAGAGUGAAGGAGGUGGAUCAGUAUUAGGAGGAGGAAAGACAAGGAGCUCAGUUUUAGAGAGACUGAGUUUCAGAAAGCAAGAGGGCAUCCAGUCAGAGAUGGAAGAAAGGAAGCAGUUACCUGUUGCAGGACAGCAGGGAAGAGGUCCGGGGAGGAGUGGUAUAUCUGAGUGUCGUCAGCGUACAGGUGGUAGUGGAAUCCAAAUGAGGUAAUAGGUUUGCCAAGAGAGGCAGUAUAAAGAGAAAAUAGAAGGGGACCAAGCAUAAAGCCUUGGGGGACUCCAACAGAGACAUGACAAAGAGAGGAGGUAUCCUUUAAAAAGGAGACCCUGAAUGAGUGUUGGGAGAGAUAAGAGGAGAGGAAAGUGUCACAGAGACAGUGAUGAGUUUGAUACGGUUGACCAUGUUCUCCUUUUCCAAAGGUGGCAGAGAGGUUAAGAAGAAUUAGUACAGAGUAGUGCCCUUUGGAUUUAGCUGCGAUUAGGUCGUUGGUGACUUUAAUAAGAGCAGUCUCAGUAGAGUUGAGGAGGCGAAAGCCAGACUGAAGAGGGUCAGGGAGAGAGUUGGAAUUGAGGAAGCAAGUCAGACGGGUAAAGAAGAGUCUUUCUAGAAGCUUUGAGGAAAAAGGGAGCAGGGAUAUGUGGCGAUAGUUAGAAGGGGAGGACAGGUCAAGAGAUGUUUUUUUUUUUUUUAAGAUGGGGACUACAGUAGCAUGCUUAAGGACAGCAGGGACAACACAUCUUCCAUGCCACAAUCUCUAGAGGGAUUCCAUGUAGAAGAUAAAACUCAAUUGCUUCACAUUUUACAAGCUGGUACCUGAGCUAGCCAAAAUAUAAUUUUUAUCUCUUAAUAAAUCUUACCAUGUGAGAUUUUACCAGCAAAUGUUAAUUCAUCCAGCUCGACCUUUCUUCACCUUUCUCUGUCCCAUCUCUAAUGUGUUGUGUGAAUGAUGGAUAUCUGAUUUGGUGACAUCAAGCUUCCUAGAUUCUUCAGCUUUCUUUCUUACUGUAAAGAAUCCUUUCCUUUGUUUUAAGCUAAAUCUUCUUUCUUGGGGUCUCACCUCUUGUUCUAUGUACCGUCCUGUUGGUAAACCGGCUACCGCAGCUGUUACAAGUCUGUAUUUUAGACAAGUAGAUCUAGUAAUAGUCCUCCAAAGUAUUUAAUAUGUGUACGGGACGGACAAUAGGAGAGACUCUCAUUCUGGAAUGCUUUAUUUCUCCUUCAACUGUGUAUUGGUUGCGUUUUAGUGUAAAUUACUUUCUAUAUGUAUCUUUUUUUUAAGGCAAUCAAUGGAAACUAGAAAAAAAAUGUUUAUGUGAUAAAUGAUGUGUGGUGCAUAGGCUGAAUCUGCUGGAUGUACGUAGGAUUAUUCUGGGAGUGUGUCUUGCACGGAAGUCUUGUAGAGUGAUUCUGCUUGGUGUGGGGGCAGGAUUCUGCUGAUUGAGUGGGCUUGUGUGGGGUGAGUCUGGGUGCAGGGGGAUUCUGCUGGGUGGCUUGGCAUGGGUGCAGGGGGAUUCUGCUGGGUGGCUUGGCAUGGGUGCAGGGGGAUUCUGCUGGGUGGCUUGGCCUGGGUGCAGGGGGAUUCUGCUGGGUGGCUUGGCCAAUCUGCGGGUUGGCUUGCAGGGGAUUCUGCUGGGUGGUGGGUGCAGGGAUUCUGCUGGGUGGCUUGGCCUGGGUGCAGGGGAUUCUGCUGGGUGGAUUCUGCUGGGUGGCUUGGCCUGGGUGCAGGGGAUUCUGCUGGGUGGCUUGGCCUGGGUGCAGGGGAUUCUGCCUGGGUGCAGGGGGAUUCUGCUGGGUGGCUUGGCCUGGGUGCAGGGGGAUUCUGCUGGGUGGCUUGGCCUGGGUGCAGGGGGAUUCUGCUGGGUGGCUUGGCCAAUCUGCGGGUUGGCUUGGCCUGGGUGCGGGGCCAAUCUGCGGGUUGGCUUGGCCUGGGUGUGGGGUCAGUCUGCUGGGUGCGGGGCCAGUCUGCUGGGUGGCUUGUGUAUGGACAGGAGCGGGAUUGGAUUGUGUUUGGAGAAGUCACUGAGGAUAAUGAAGUGCUGGCAAGCUGUGGUCCGAUAUACUACUGACUGGUGUUAACUUCCCUCGAUAAGGGGAACAUUUGCACUUGAUAUUAGUUUUGCGUAAACCAGAAUGUCUAGUUAUCCCCUCUGUACUGUUGGAUUAAAUAAAUGCAGAGAGAGGGGAUGUCUCUUUCCGAGACGUUUUUAUAAAGCAAUUAAUCUGUAAUUGAGAACAUUUUUACUUUAUUUUAGCUUUACUACUUUUGAGCUUUAUUUUUCUUGGACGCUGGGGUUUUGCCACAGUAUCUCAGUCCAACCUUGUUUCUCUUCCCUGUCCCCUCUUUAAAUUCCAGCUCUAUGGCUUCAUAACAGGAAACUAAAAUACAUGUUGUUUUCAGGUCCCAAAUGCUGCCAAGCCAGCAGCAGGCAGUGCCCGCCCACAGGCACCCAGCAAUCACAAACCGGGCAGUGCCAAUGUGAGUAGAAGAUGUAAUAUCUGGGUUCUCACCUGCAACUCUCAAAUUCUCCCAUCACUGACUGGGCUGUGAAGUUGGCCACGUGCCUUCAGUUAAAUCUUCCUUUAUGGAGACCUGCGUGGGUUAUAGUGGGUGUCCUUUACUUGUGCCCCUGCAAGAGUGCCUAAUAUUUAAUGGAGACCCUCACAGCAAGCUGCUGUGAUCGGCACUCAAUGAUGCCAAAACAAGUGUAAUGGUAUAAGGCUGCAUGCUUCUUUUAAACAAGGAAACUUUAGCUGCAUGUUGACUACAGAUAGGGACGAUCACACGCCAAUAAAGCCUGGUACAAAGCUGUCAUCCUGGCGCCUUGCCCCAUUGAGCAAAUGCAAAUCAGAGCAGCGAUAAACACAGGGCUCUUUGUUUCCUUCCAAUAACUGGUCACCCAUUUUUAGUCCUUGCAGAAGGCAGUGGGUACCAAGCCCUAAACGAAGAUCACUACUUCUAGUGCAAUCGUUACACAGUUCCACCUUUUACCAUCAUAGAGUUUUAUCUUGGGUUCUCCGGUUUAAUUCUUCAAAUUAUGUGUUGGUUAUCUACUAUGGCUGCUCCAAAGCAUUAUAUCCCUUCCUUCAUGGAAAGAAAAGUUGGGAAUAUUUACAUAUAUUACUGUAAGGGUAAUCUGUCAGCAGACCUCAAAACUCAUGGUUACAUAAGGCAAAAAAUGUAAAAUAUUAAACCUGUGAAUCAAUCCUAUUUUCUUUCUAUUGUAUAUCAAUCUGUAAGUGCAUUGGAGUUAUGUGUUGGGGGUUUUAUAUAAAGAUCAGUUUUUUUUCUAAAAUGACGCAGUCACCAAAAACCCAAUGGAAUUUUCUGCCGAUUGCUCGACUUCUAGAGCUUUAACCCAAAAUGUGUCAUUACCCAGUACCUGCAAUGGCAUGGUAUGUUGGAGGAUAGAAAUGGCGUGUAGUAUGUGCAGAGUGAGCGAGGCACCCUCUCCUCGAAGCCGUGUUAUAUAUUUACAGAUUGCCUUUAUCUGGAUUACAGGUGCAGAUUGUAAACAAGAAGAUUGACGUUUCAAAAGUGUCUUCCAAGUGCGGCUCCAAAGCAAAUCUCAAGCCUAAAUCAGGUAAUAUGAUUCAUUUCUAAAUUGCAUAUGGUGACUAUCACAGUGCAGAGUGUGGGUCUGUAAUCUGAAGGCAUGCAAGUCCUGGCCUGCCUGAGAGUAGUGGGAAAUUGCAGUGUGCAGUAAUCUGUUAAUAGCCAGGCAAAAAGGAAAGGUCAAAAGACCUAUUCUUCCCUUGGUGAGACCGAUCUAAAAUAUACAAUCAUACAUGUAUACAUGCCCUCAGAAAGCUUGUAGUUCAUGAAAGCACAUAUUCAGAAUUGGAGAUGGGGGAUAUAAAACUUACAAGGAACUUAACAUGUAUAGCUUGGAGGAAAGACGAGACGGGGGGAUAUGAUAGAAACAUUUAAAUACAUAAAGGGAAUCAACACAGUAAAGGAGGAGACUAUAUUUAAAAGAAGAAAAACUACCACAACAAGAGGACAUAGUCUUAAAUUAGAGGGACAAAGGUUUAAAAAUAAUAUCAGGAAGUAUUACUUUACUGAGAGGGUAGUGGAUGCAUGGAAUAGCCUUCCAGCUGAAGUGGUAGAGGUUAACACAGUAAAGGAGUUUAAGCAUGCGUGGGAUAGGCAUAAGGCUAGGGACUAAUGACAGUAUUUAGAAAAUUGGGCAGACUAGAUGGGCCGAAUGAUUCUUAUCUGCCGUCACAUUCUAUGUUUCUAUGUUUCUGUAAGAUGCCUGCCUAAUAAUGUGUCUGGAACGAAUUAUACUGCUACAAUAGAUCCCCCUUAAGAUCAAAUGCAGUAAUAGCUGGCCCUAGAUGUAUUGUAGUAAACUCUGAAGCAACCGCAAUAAAUAAGCCGCUAGAGGCUAUAUAACUAGUGGGAUAAUAUGCCAGGAGGUAAGAACUAGCCAUUAAGGUGACAAUUCCCCCAUAUAAAGUGGUGAUCAGGCAUGUCUAAAGACCUUCUAGCUAAUAUAGGAAAUUACCUCCUGUGGUUGGUGGCAACACAAAGCAAAGAUGGUCUGCAGAAGUCACUAGGGUUGCUGCAUGUAAACCAAACUAUACAAAAUGGAAACUGAAACUGCUGGCUCUCCAGGGCAGCGGGAAUGGGACACUAGAGGGCAGUAGAGGGAGAAAUGGUGAGUAAAGUGUGAGACUCGGUAUAAAUUGAAAUCAGAGUAUUUUUAUUUGGUAUUAUUUAGACUGGUCUCUGGUUUUACAUUGCCAUUCAAAGUGAUUGCUGAAAUGGUUAUUAGGUGUUGAUAAAGCAGAGAUUGACUGUGAGUUGUGCCAGGAAUAGACCGGACGCACAGAAUGGAGGAACUAUUCGCGCUGUCAAUAUUAAUCAUGAUUUAUUUGUAGCUGCAUAGGGCCUACUGUCAGAAAAAAUAUCCUCCCGGAUCACACAUGCUGGGUGAGGCCACGAUUUCAGGGAUAUCUUCUUACCAGAGCCAUGUGUUUGUGUUCAGAGCACAAUGUGUCCUCUGUUGAACAUAAACUCACUUGGCCUCCGUUUACCUUAAAUAACCUUUGUUUAAUCCCCCGAUUAGAGCGGUCCGAUAAUCCCCACUCCUUAGACGAUGAUAACAUUUUGAGGUUAAACAUGCGGUUUAGGAAGCUAUUUCCAGGCCACCGUGGUGGAUCAGCUAUUACACCAUAGCAGCUGGAAUUUGGGGACUAAUGUAUGAGUAUCAGUCCUGUUCUGAUCCAUGCAAGUAGAAAGACCGGAGACCUUAACAGAUACAUUUUGUUUACAUUGUUUAAUGUGCUCUAGCUUGUUGCACAUUAUUUUGGUAAAUCUUGGCAGAUUAAACGAGGAAUCCUGGUGAUAAAAGCUGUUCCUGCUGCAAUUUCAGAGUGGGCUGAACUGUGCCAAGUUCUAACUACCUCCAUGUUGUAUUCCAUCUACUGCCUAUAGAAAUCUUCUUUCUCUAGCUUGUCAAGCGACUACCAUGCACAACCCGAUGGUACCCUACCUGCUUAUACCUGUUAUUGGACCCAUGUUGCUGCCCUCUAGUGGCAGACACACCAAAUUACCCUGGUAUUCCAGGAGUGUCUUAAAUAACCGUGCACCAUGAGAGUUAAGUGUACCCCUAGGCUUCUUCAGAUGGCUGCAGAAUGAUGUAACGGUUAGGAUUUUACUGUAUCUGCUCUGUUUUAAUAACAUUCUAAAUGGAGAAUUCUAAAAUCUCUCACCAAGGGACUCUGUGCUUUAGGUCCGAAGAUUGGGAAGGAGCCGCAAGCGUGUAUUCCAAGGGAAGGCAACCUUCGACGCUCUAGAUGUUGACUACGUCACCUGUAAUGCUCUUACAGCCAUACAUCUGGCAAAGCAUCUGGGGAGAUGUAGCCCAAAACAUCUUGAGUGCAGAAAGACUCCUUCCCCUGGUCUAUUCUAAAGGUGGCCUGUGUGUGGUGCAUGAGGAGAGAUUGCAGGGAAUGCCUAUAUUCACGGAUGUAUAAUUUUUAUACUGUGAAUAGAGCCAUACAAUCUUCUAAACACUACGUAAAUGUUUGCUUUUCUAAUUCCCCCCCCCCCCUUGCUAGGUGGAGGAGACUCCAAGACUGAAGCAAGCAAUGGAAACUCGAAAAAGCAGGAAGAGACCAUGUCUGCGCCAAAAGAAAAUAACGUAAGCCUUCUCAAAGGGCACUGAGCCCUUCCAAACAUCCGCCUCCCACAUGUCAGUCUAAGUACUCUCCCAUCCUCUUGUCUCACUGUCCUCCUGCUGCCCCAUGUCAUUUUAAGUACUCUUCCCACCUCUUGUCUCUCCCCUCCUGCCGCCCCCAUGUCAGUCCAAGUACUCUCCCAUCCUCUAUCACAGUCCUACUGCACCCAUGUUAGUCCAAGUACUCUCCCAUCCUCUAUCACAGUCCUGCUGCACCCAUGUCAGUCUAAGUACUCUCCCAUCCUCUUGUCUCACCGUCCUGCAGCACCCAUGUCAGUCCAAGUACUCUCCCAUCCUCUAUCACAGUCCUGCUGCACCCAUGUCAGUCUAAGUACUCUCCCAUCCUCUUGUCUCACCGUCCUGCAGCACCCAUGUCAGUCCAAGUACUCUCCCAUCCUCUAUCACAGUCCUGCUGCACCCAUGUCAGUCUAAGUACUCUCCCAUCCUCUUGUCUCACCGUCCUGCAGCACCCAUGUCAGUCCAAGUACUCUCCCAUCCUCUAUCACAGUCCUGCUGCACCCAUGUCAGUCUAAGUACUCUCCCAUCCUCUUGUCUCACCGUCCUGCAGCACCCAUGUCAGUCCAAGUACUCUCCCAUCCUCUAUCACAGUCCUGCUGCACCCAUGUCAGUCUAUGUACUCUCCAAUUCUCUUGUCUCUCGGUCCUGCCGCACCCAUGUUAGUCCAAGUACUCUCCCAUCCUCUAUCACAGUCCUGCUGCACCCAUGUCAGUCUAAGUACUAUCCCAUCCUCUUGUCUCACUGUCCUGCCGCACAACACACACAGAUGGAAUGUCAGUUCUGCUAGUACUGGGACAGGGUACAGGAGGAGAUGGCAAUACGCCAUGCCACAGAUCCAUAUCCAAGUACUGUAAGCUCUGAAAGUAGUGUUCUCAAUAAUCCCAGAAAGAUGUUUUUAUUUAACUCCUCUGCAGAAAGAUUUAAAGAGCCCAGAAAGCGAGUCGGUCAGUCCUCCACAGAAUGGACACCCUGCUACGCUCACUACAUCCCCAAGCGAGGAGGCACAAGAAAAUGGAGUAGGAGAUCUGGUUUCCUUGGAGGGUGGCAAUCCAAAGGAAAAUCAGAGCUUCAACACGCUUAUACCAGAAACGAGUAAGAUUAUCCACCCUUCUUUCCAUGCACCUCGUUAAAUUGUGAGACCGAGAACCAGCACCCGACCAGGGACAGGCUCCCGUUAAAUUGUGAGACAGAGAAUCAGCACCCGAUCAGGAAAAGGCUUCCAUUAAAUUGUGAGGAGAACCAGAACCCGAUCAGGGACAAGCUUCCAUUAAAUUGUGAGACAGAGAACUAGCACCCGACUAGGGACAGGCUCUCGUAAAAUUGUGAGACAGAGAAUCCGCACCCGAUCAGGAAAAGGCUUCUGUUAAAUUGUAAGACGCAGAACCAGCACCCGAUUAGGGACAGGCUCCCAUUAAAUUGUGAAAAAGAGAACCAGCAACCAAUGAUGGAAAGUGAGCGAUGGUAUAGAUUGCACACACUCUCUUACGUAAACUGCUUAAAUCACUUUAUGUUCAAUAUUAAAGGCAUUUUAUUGGCCCCUGGUAGCUGCAGUUGACAUUGCUGUUUUAUAAAGAUGCCAAUUCUAAUGAUCUUACUUUUAAAAUGAAAUAUGGCAUGGGAGCCGUAUUUCUAUUGUUAUAUGCAGAAAUAAUGACUUGGCCAUGCUAUGUAUUGUCCCAUUGCCUGUAUUUACAUGAUACAGGGACAGGGCAGCAAUGUGGUAAAUCCAUCCAUCUUUAAAGGACCACUCUAGGCACCCAGACCACUUCAGCUUAAUGAAGUGGUCUGGGUGCCAGGUCCCUCUAGGAUUAACCCUUUUUUUGUUGUUGUUAUAAACAUAGCAGUUUCAGAGAAACUGCUAUGUUUAUAAAUGGGUUAAUCCAGCCUCUAGUGGCUGUCUCAUUGACAGCCGCUAGAGGCGUUUGCGUGCUUCUCACUGUGAAAAUCACAGCGAGACGAUGCCAGCGUCCAUAGGAAAGCAUUGUGAAUACUUUUCUAUGAGACAGACUUCGUGCGCAGCUCCUGCCGCGCAUGCGCAUUCAGCCAAAGAGAAGGAGAGGAGGAGGAGAGCUCCCCGCCUGGUGCUGGGAAAAAGGUAAGAUUUAACCCUUUCCUCACCAUCCAGCCCGGCGGGAGGGGGACCCUGAGGGUGGGGGCACCCUCAGGGCACUAUAGUUUCCUGGCACUAUAGUGGUCCUUUAAAGUUUAUUAAAUUCUAUCAGAGAAGAUUAACUUUUGUGUAACAUGGAAGCUCUGGUUUUGUCCAGGAGAAAUAUACCCUUUAAAAGCUACAAGUCUCAUUAUUCCUAAAAUAUUUGCCAUUGUUCUGUAGCCGUAUCAGCUAAACUUGCUUCCAGUUGAGAUCAGAGUGCUUAUUAACCAAGCUUUGGCUAUUGUCUCGGAAGCGCCCCGCAUACCCCAACACAGAGCUCAGGUGAUCAUACCACUUUAGAGACUUUAUUCUAACACUAUGCUAGUGAUGAUAAUCAUCAAUUCUCUUUUUGUGCUCUCUUUAAAUUGUUAUGAAAUGUCCUUACUUCAUCAUUACUGGUUUGUCCGUAGAGGGAGUGUAGUAAAUUCUUGGAUACCUACCUAUCCCGUACACUGUAUUCGAACAGAUCGUACGAUCUCAGGUAUUCUACGUGUCCAUAAUGCUACAUUUAACAUAUUUACUUUUGGUAUUUUAUGAAUAUAAACUCAAACAUAUUCGUAAAUGUAUUAUAGAAGUUAUUUCAGAUAAGCCAAAAAUAACAAGAAAAAAAAACAAACAUGUCUUUAUUUUCCAGGCAUCUAA